UCGCCUCGGGUGUAGGGAUUGCAAAAAAACAAAACUACACUGUCAAGACUGUGUAGUUUUGUUUUUAUGAUUAGAGGCUCUACAAUUCUCAUGCUGGGAUUGUCUAAAAAAUCUUACUCUGGAUAAGGACGUCGUUCAAGAAGAUUUCGUUGGGCUUAGCCCACUCUUGCAGGCACUUUGAGAGAUCAGAGUGCCUGUAAAGAUGACGACAAAAGCACCAACAUUUACACAGCCAUUACAAAGUGUUGUGGCACUGGAGGGUAGUGCCGCAACCUUUGAGGCUCAUAUUAGUGGUUUCCCAGUUCCUGAGGUGAACUGGUAUCGGGAUGGCCAGGUUCUCUCUGCUGCAACCCUGCCCGGUGUGCAGAUCUCGUUUAGUGAUGGCCGCGCUAAACUGGUGAUCCCCGCCGUGACAGAAGCCAACAGCGGAAGAUACACUGUCCAAGCCACCAAUGGAUCUGGGCAAGCGACUAGUACUGCUGAACUACUUGUGACAGCUGGAACAGCGCCACCAAACUUCUCACAACGACUACAGAGCAUGACUGCAAGACAAGGAAGUCAAGUUCGACUUGACGUGAGAGUGACUGGAAUCCCUACACCUGUGGUGAAGUUCUAUCGGGAUGGAGUAGAAAUCAAAAGUUCCCCCGAUUUUAAAAUUGUACAAGAAGGAGACCUUUACAGCUUAAUAAUUGCAGAAGCAUAUCCUGAAGACUCCGGCACCUAUUCCGUAAACGCCACAAAUAAUGUGGGACGUGCUACUUCAACAGCUGAAUUGCUAAUUCAAGGCGAGGAAGAAGCCGUUCCUGCUAAAAAGACGAAGACAAUUGUUUCGACUGCUCAGAUUUCAGAAACAAGACAAGCCAGAAUUGAAAAGAAGACUGAAGCCCACUUUGAUGCCAGAUCACUUACAAGCGUUGAAAUGAUUGUAGAAGGUGCAACCACCCAACAGCUCCCACACAAGGCACCUCCACGAAUGCCUCCUAGACCUACAUCAAAAUCACCAACCCCAACAACUGCUGCAAAAGCACAAAUGGCACGACAGCAAUCACCAUCACCCGUUAGACAAUCACCAUCGCCCGUAAGACAUGUCAGAGCACCAACACCCUCACCAGUAAGGUCAGUUUCUCCUGCUGGCAGAAUCUCCACCUCACCUAUUAGACCAGUGAAAUCUCCAUCUCCAAUCCGUAAACCACAUGUAGUGACAACAGCUGGGGCUGAUGUCCUUCCUCCUUGGAAGCAGGAAGGAUAUACUGCAACCAUGGAAUCGCAGAUGAAGGAAACAAGAGUAUCUACAAGCACUACCCAAGUGACUGAAGAAAGAUGGGAGGGGAGAUAUGGGGUCCAAGAGCAAGUUACUGUUACUGGUGCUACUGCUGGCGAGGUGGUCACUGGUGCUAGAGAGGUGAGAAAGGACAGUGAAAAAACAGCAGCUAUUGCUACGGUGGUUGCUGCUGUGGAUCAAGCCAUGGUGAGAGAACCAGCUCCAGGUGUUGUGGAGCAAACUGCUAAAAGGACAGCAAUGACUGCAGUCCACGUUCAGCCUGUUCACGAGCAGAUGAAAAAGGAGGCAAUGGUAGUAGUUACCAGUGAUAAAGCCACAAAACAAACUAUGAUAUCAAGAACUAGAGAAGGAAUUGUCACUUCACAAGAACAAAGGCACAUCUCUCCUGAAAAGGUGAGAAAAGAACCAGAGAAAACUCCAGUACCCAAAGUAAUAAUUGCCACAGACAAAGCCAAAGAACAAGAAAGAAUAACAAGAGCUAGAGAAGAAAUAUCUACCAGACAUGAGCAAGUGCACAUUGCUCAUGAACAGAUAAGAAAGGAAGAUAUGAAACCUUCUGUACCUAAGGUAGUAAUUACUACUGAUAAACCUAAACCACCGGUCAUAAUAUCGAAAAGUAAAGAAAGAGUUGCCACCAAACAAGAACAAGUGAGCAUAACACAUGAAAAGACUCAAGCUGGGAAAAAGGCUGAAGCUGUAGCUACAGUCGUUGCAGCAGUUGAUCAGGCACGUGUUCGAUCACCCUGGCAACCAGAACAAGCAGAUGAAGCUUAUGUAAAGCAGAAAACUUUGGAAUAUGGUUAUAAAGAGCACACUGUAACAGACCACGUUUCUGAGGCCCCAGCAGAACGUCAUGUUGUCACUAAAGAAGUUAAAACAGUCUAUGUUCCUCCUGAGAAACAUAUCCCAGCUCCUGAAAAGCAGGAAGUUCAUAUAUCAAAAGAGAUAAAAAGAACAACAGAAAUUGAGAAAACAAUUCAUGUUGAACCCCCGCGACCUCGCACAGCAAGUCCUCACUUCACGGUCUCCAGAGUUGCUGUUCCUAAACCAGAUCAUACAUAUGAGGUUUCAAUAGCUGGGUCUGCCAUGGCUACUCUGGAGAAAGAGUUAUCAGCUACUUCUCCUGUGCAAAAGAUCACCAAGCCUGUGAAACCACCUCAGCUAAAGCCUCACGAAGUCAGGACAAAAGCAGAGCCAGUCGCCCCUCCACAGUUUCCCUUUGGAGAAGCUGCUGAGAAGUAUAAGAGUCACUAUGAUGUUGAGACUAAAAAGGAGACAAGGAUUAAAAGUGAAGCAGUGCGGACAGAACACUUGAUGCUGCAUAAAGAAGGUGAAGCAAAGGUGACAGAAACUGCCAGAGUUCCUGUGCCUGCAGAAAUCCCUGCUACUCCACCCACCUUAGUCUCAGGCCUCAAAAAUCAGACUGUGACUGAAGGUGAGUCUGUCACUCUGGAGUGCCAAAUAUCCGGUCAUCCUCAGCCUACAGUGACAUGGUACAGGGAAGACUACAAAAUUGAGAGCUCGAUGGACUUUCAGAUCACUUUCAAAGCAGGGCUUGCUCGCCUUGUGAUUCGUGAAGCCUUUGCAGAGGACAGUGGAAGAUUUACCUGCACUGCUACCAAUAAGGCUGGGAGUGUCAGUACUUCUUGCCACUUACAUGUAAAAGUUACUGAAGAAAUUGAGACUCGAGAAACCAUUUCUGAGAAGGCUGUUACAGAAGAGAAACGCUAUGUGGAGACAAAGGACAUUGUAAUGGAAGAUGUCUCUGCUGCAGCAGAGGAAGUAUCGGGAGAACCCGUACCUCCUUUCUUCAUAAGAAAACCCAUGGUGCAUAAAUUAAUUGAAGGUGGGAGCAUUAUUUUUGAAUGCCAAGUAGGGGGCAAUCCAAAGCCACAUGUCUACUGGAAAAAAGGCGGAGUUCCUCUAACAACUGGCUACAGAUACAAAGUGAGUUACAAAAAAGAAACUGGGGAAUGCAAACUUGAAAUUUCCAUGACUUUUGCCGACGAUGCCGGAGAAUACACUAUUGUUGUUCGUAAUAAACUUGGAGAAGCUUCUGCAACGGUCUCCUUACUAGAAGAAGCUGAUUAUGAAGCCUACAUAAAAUCACAAGAAAUGAUGUACCAAACACAAAUGACUGCAUACGUACAGGAACCUAAAGUGGCUGAGGUAGCCCCACCUAUUUCCUAUGGUGACUUUGAAAAAGAAUAUGAAAAAGAACAAGCUCUAAUCAGGAAGAAAAUGGCAAAAGAUACAGUGAUGGUCAGAACUUUUGUAGAAGAUGAGGAAUUCCAUAUUUCUUCUUUUGAAGAAAGACUUAUCAAGGAAAUUGAACUCAGAAUUAUUAAGACUACCUUACAUGAACUUCUUGAAGAAGAUGGAGAGGAGAUGAUGGUUGAUAUUUCUGAAUCCGAAGCUGUAGAAGCAGGAUUUGAUUUAAGAUUAAAGAAUUACAGAACCUUUGAAGGGACAGGAGUUACCUUCCACUGCAAGACAUCUGGAUAUCCAUUGCCAAAGGUUGCAUGGUACAAAGAUGGCAAACGUAUAAGGCAUGGAGAGCGCUACCACAUGGAACUUCUGCAAGAUGGCAGCGCCACUCUGCGUUUGCCUGUUGUUUUACCUGAAGAUGAAGGAAUUUAUACAGUCUUUGCCAGUAAUAUGAAAGGAAAUGCCAUUUGCUCAGCAAAACUCUAUGUUGAGCCGGUUGCACCUACAGCAACUCCAGGUUAUAUGCCAGGACCUGAAGUUAUGAGAAGAUAUAGGUCUAUCUCUCCGCGGUCUCCAAGCCGGUCUCCAGCCCGCAGUUCUCCUUCUCGUUCUCCUGCCCGGAGAUUAGAAGAAACUGAUGAAGGGCAACUAGAGAGACUGUAUAAGCCAGUUUUUGUGCUGAAACCUACGUCAUUUAAAUGUUCACAGGGACAGACUGCAAGAUUUGACUUAAAAGUUGUGGGCAGACCUAUGCCAGAGACAUACUGGUUCCAUAAUGGUCAACAAGUGAUUAAUGACUACACCCAUAAAAUAGUGAUUAAAGAGGAUGGCACCCAGUCAUUGAUCAUUGUUCCUGCAAUGCCUGAUGACUCUGGAGAAUGGGCUGUCAUUGCUCAGAAUAGGGCAGGCAAAGCUUCAGUCUCAAUGACACUGACUGUGGAAGCUAAGGAAGACCUAGUCAGACCACACUUUGUGGAAAGGUUGAGAAAUGUCAGCGUGAAGGAGGGCUCUAGACUGGAGAUGGCAGUGAAAGCUACUGGUAACCCUAAUCCUGAUAUUGUAUGGCUCAAGAAUAGUGACAUCAUUGUGCCUCAUAAAUACCCAAAAAUAAAGAUUGAGGGAACCAAAGGGGCAGCUGCCCUUAAAAUUGAAUCAACUGCCAGGCAAGAUGCUGCAUGGUAUACUGCUACUGCUAUCAAUAAAGCUGGGAGGGACACUACCCGCUGCAAAGUAAAUGUUGAAGUUGAACAUACAGAACCUGAACCAGAAAGGAAAUUAAUAAUUCCAAAAGGAACUUACAAAGCCAAGGAGAUUGCAGCACCAGAGUUAGAACCUCUCCAUCUGCGUUAUGGUCAAGAGCAAUGGGAGGAAGGAGAUCUCUACGACAAAGAAAAGCAACAGAAACCAUUUUUUAAGAAGAAGCUGACAUCUUUAAGGCUCAAACAAUUUGGACCAGCACACUUUGAAUGCAGGCUUACACCAAUUGGCGACCCAACCAUGGUGGUGGAGUGGUUGCAUGAUGGCAAACCCUUGGAAGCAGCUAACAGACUCCGCAUGAUCAAUGAGUUUGGUUACUGUAGCCUAGACUACGGGGUAGCCUAUUCCAGAGACAGUGGAGUGAUUACUUGCAGAGCAACUAACAAAUAUGGUACAGACCAUACAUCUGCUACUCUGAUCGUGAAGGAUGAGAAAAGUCUUGUGGAAGAAUCCCAGUUGCCAGAAGGCAAAAGGGGACUCCAGCGAAUUGAAGAGUUAGAAAGAAUGGCCCAUGAGGGUGCUCUACCUGCAGUUGCACUGGACCAAAAGGAAAAACAAAAACCAGAAAUCGUUUUGGUUCCUGAACCUGCAAGAGUCCUUGAAGGUGAAACAGCACGAUUCCGCUGCCGUGUGACUGGCUAUCCUAUGCCCAAGGUCAACUGGUACCUCAAUGGGCAGCUCAUCCGUAAAAGCAAAAGAUUUAGACUCCGUUAUGAUGGAAUCUACUACCUGGAUAUCGUGGACUGCAAAUCAUAUGACACUGGAGAGGUGAGAGUCACUGCAGAGAACCCAGAAGGCUUUAUUGAACAUAAGGUAAAACUUGAGAUCCAGCAGAGGGAAGACUUCAGAUCUGUUCUUCGUCGUGCUCCUGAACCCAAACAUGAGCCUGUUGUUACAGAACCUGGAAAACUUCUCUUUGAGGUACAGAAGGUAGACAAACCUGCAGAGGCAACAACCAAAGAAGUGGUGAAGCUGAAAAGGGCUGAAAGAAUCACUCAUGAAAAGCUUUCAGAGGAAUCUGAAGAGCUGCGAAGUAAAUUCAAGCGUAGGACAGAAGAGGGCUACUAUGAAGCCAUUACAGCUGUGGAACUUAAAUCUCGCAAAAAAGAUGAAUCAUAUGAAGAAAUGUUAAAAAAGACAAAAGAAGAACUUCUUCACUGGACCAAAGAGAUCCCAGAGGAAGAGAAGAAAGAACUUCCUCCUGAAGGCAAAAUCACCAUUCCAACAUUCAAACCAGAGAAGGUGGAGCUUAGUCCAAGCAUGGAGGCUCCCAAGAUACUUGAACGAAUUCAAAGCCAGACUGUAGCCCAAGGAACAGACGUGCACUUUCGUGUGAGAGUGGUGGGAAAACCAGAUCCUGAAUGCCAGUGGUUCAAAAAUGGUGUUCAGAUUGAAAGGACUGAUCGUGUGUACUGGUACUGGCCUGAAGAUAAUGUCUGCGAAUUAGUUAUCAGAGAUGUGACUUCUGAUGAUUCUGCCAGUAUCAUGGUGAAAGCAGUCAAUAUAGCUGGUGAAACUUCUAGCCAUGCUUUCCUGUUAAUACAAGCCAAGCAGUUAGUCAGCUUCACUCAGAAGUUACAAGAUGUUGUUGCUAAAGCAAGAGACUCCAUGGCAACAUUUGAAUGUGAAACAUCAGAACCCUUUGUCAAAGUGAAAUGGUUUAAAGAUGGAAUUGAGAUUCAUUCUGGAGACAAGUACAGGAUGCACUCAGACAGAAAGGCUCACUUUCUUUCUGUAUUAACAAUUGAUAUGUCUGAUGCUGAUGACUACAGCUGUGCACUGGUAGAAAAUGAAUCCAUAAAAACCACUGCAAAGCUUACUGUUGAAGGUGCUGCAGUUGAGUUUAUUAAAGAACUUGAGGAUGUUGAAGUGCCAGAAUCCUUAUCAGGUGAACUUGAAUGUGAGGUUUUCCCAGAAGAUGUGGAGGGGAAAUGGUAUCACGGUGAUGUUGAACUCACUUCUAAUCUUAAAUAUGUGAUUGCAUCCCGCCGUGGUCGUCAGAUCCUCACUAUUAAAGAUGUUAAUAAAGAUGAUCAAGGAGAGUAUAGUUUUGUUGUUGAUGGAAAAAGGACUCACUGCAAACUGAAGAUGAAGCCUCGUCCCAUGGCAAUUCUUCAAGGACUUACUGAUCAAAAAGUCUGUGAGGGAGAUAUCGUGCAACUUGAAGUUAAAGUCUCCCUAGAAAAUGCAGAAGGUGUCUGGAUGAAAGAUGGCCAAGAAAUUCAAUCAAGUGACCGCAUUCAUAUUGUGUUGGAUAAACAAUCACAUAUGUUACUCAUAGAAGAUGCCACAAAGGAAGACAGUGGAACUUACUCUUUUAGUGUUCCUGAUCUUGAGCUCUCAACCACUGGACAGAUCACAGUGUACAGUGUGGAAAUAGUGGUGCCUCUAAAAGAUAUUUGUGUAGUUGAAGGAACAAAAGCCAUCCUCGAAUGCAAAGUUUCAGCACCUGAUGUGUCUUCGUCCAAAUGGUACCUAAAUGAUAAUCAAAUAAAGCCUGAUGAACGUGUACAAGCUGUAUGUAAAGGCACUAAACAGAGGCUAGUGCUCACCACAACCCAUGCAUCAGAUGAAGGACGUUAUAAACUAAUGGUUGGCAAAGUUGAAACAGACUGCAAUGUCACAGUUGAACAAAUUGAGAUUAUUAGAGGUCUCCAUGACAUCACCUGCACUGAAACACAGAAUGUGUCCUUUGAGGUUGAGCUCUCCCAUUCGGGGAUUGAUGUAAUUUGGCAUUUCAAAGGCCAACACAUAAAGGCUGGUCCUAAAUAUAAAAUUGAAGCACAUGGCAAAAUAUAUAAAUUGACGGUGGUGAAGAUGAUGAAAGACGAUGAAGGAGAAUAUGUAUUUUAUGCUGGAGAGAAGAAAACAUCUGGGAAGCUUAUAGUAGCAGGUGGUGCCAUUUCAAAGCCUCUCCAUGACCUGACUGUGGCCGAGUCCCAAACGGCUGUUUUUGAGUGUGAGGUGGCAAAUCCUGAAUCAGAGGGCCGGUGGCUACAAAAUGGUAGACCAUUAGCUACGACAGAUCAGUAUCGUGCUGAAUCUGAUGGUGUAAAGAGGCGGCUUAUUAUCCCUGCGACAAAACUGGAGGAUAUUGGUGAAUACAGCUAUGAAAUAGCAAGCUCAAAGACAUCUGCCAAACUGAAGGUCGAAGCUGUUAAGAUAAAGAAAACACUGAAGAACUUGACAGUGACAGAAUCACAGGAGGCAGUUUUCAGUGUAGAACUGACCCACCCUGAUGUGAAAGGAGCUCUAUGGAUUAAAAAUGGUGUUGAACUUGAAUCAAGUGACAAAUAUGAAAUUACAGUGAAAGGCACUGUUCACACACUGAGAAUCAAACACUGUGCUGUCACCGAUGAGUCUGUUUACAGCUUUAAACUUGGAAAAAUAGGAGCAAAUGCCAGACUUCAUGUGGAAACUGUCAAGAUCAUCAAAAAGCCGAAGGAUGUGACUGCUUUGGAAAAUGCUGUUGUCUCAUUCGAACUGAGUGUUUCCCAUGAUACUGUACCUGUCCGUUGGUUCCAUAAAAAUAUUGAGCUUAAACCAAGUGAUAAAUACAAGAUGAUCUCUCAAAGGAAAGUUCACAAGCUUAUGCUGCAUAACAUAUCUCCUGAUGAUGCUGGGGAAUACACAGCUCUUGUUGGGCAAAUUGAGUGUAAAGCGAAACUGUUUGUGGAAAGCAUACACAUCACAAAGACCAUGAAAAAUAUUGAGAUCCCUGAGACCAAAACCGCCUCUUUUGAAUGUGAAGUUUCUCAUUUCAAUGUGCCUGCUGUCUGGUUGAAAAAUGGUGUGGAGAUUGAAAUGAGUGAAAAGUUCAAAAUAGUUGUCCAGGGGAAACUCCAUCAACUCAAUAUCAUGAACACAAGCAGUGAAGAUUCUGCAGAAUACACAUUUGUCUGUGGAAAUGAUAGAGUCAGCGCAACCCUGACUGUAAAACCCAUCCUAAUUACCUCCAUGCUAAAAGACAUCAAUGCCGAAGAGAAAGAUACAAUAACAUUUGAAGUUACAGUCAAUUAUGAAGGUAUCUCAUAUAAAUGGCUAAAGAAUGGCGUUGAAAUAAAAUCAACUGAUAAAUGCCAGAUACGAACAAAGAAGCUUACACACUCCCUCUCCAUAAGGAAUGUGCAUUUUGGUGAUGCAGCAGAAUAUACUUUUGUUGCUGGAAAAGCAGCUUCAUCAGCGACUUUAUAUGUGGAAGCUCGUCACAUUGAGUUUAGGAAGCAUAUUAAAGACAUCAAAGUGGUGGAGAAGAAGAGGGCUAUUUUUGAAUGUGAAAUUUCAGAACCUGACAUUCAGGUCCAGUGGAUGAAGGAUGGGCAAGAACUCCAGAUAGGUGAUAGGUUGAAAAUUCAGAGAGAGAAAUAUGUCCAUCGUCUCAUCAUUCCUUCCACAAAGAUGUCUGAUGCUGGUCAGUACACUGUAGUAGCAGGUGGAAACACAUCCAGUGCCAAUUUGAUAGUGGAAGGUCGUGACAUUCGUAUCAGAAGUGCCCAGAAAGAUAUUCAGGUCGUUGAGAGACAAAGAGCUGAAAUUGAAUUUGAAGUCAAUGAAGAUGACAUUGAACCACAGUGGUACAAGGAUGGUAUUGAGAUCAACUUCCAAUAUGAGGAAAGAUACAAGUAUGUGGUGGAAAGGAGAGUUCAUCGAAUGAGCAUCUUUGAAACCACUUACUCUGAUGCUGGAGAAUAUACUUUUGUUGCAGGACGGAAUAGAAGUUCUGUUGUUCUUUAUGUGAAUGCUCCAGAGCCACCCCAGAUUAUUCGGGAGCUACAGCCGACUACUGUGGAGUCUGGCAAACCUGCCCGCUUUUGUGCUAUUGUAUCAGGCAAACCCCAGCCCAAAAUUUCCUGGUACAAAGAUGAUCAACAGCUUUCUCCAGGUUUCAAGUGCAAAUUUCUCCAUGAUGCACAAGAAUAUACUCUGUUGCUGAUUGAAACUUUCCCUGAAGAUGAAGCAGUGUACACCUGUGAAGCAAAAAAUUACUAUGGAGUAGCUACAACUUCAGCUUCACUUUCAGUUGAAAUCCCAGAAGUUGUUUCUCCCGAGCUAGAAAUGCCAGUGUACCCACCUGCUGUCAUAAUACCACUACGUGAUACUGUUACAUCUGAGGGACAUUCUGCUUGUUUUCAGUGCAGAGCUACUGGGACAGAUCUGAAAGUCUCUUGGUACAGCAAAGAGAAGGAGAUCAAGCCAUCACGGUUUUUUAGAAUGACUCAGUUUGAAGACACUUACCAGCUGGAGAUUGCUGAAGCUUAUCCAGAGGAUGAAGGAAUCUAUACCUUUGUGGCGAGUAAUUCUGUAGGCCAAGUGACCAGCACUGCUACCUUGAAGUUAGAAGCUCCUGAAAAAAUUGUUCAUGAGAAGCUAGAGGAAGAGGUUGAAAUGGAACUGAAAGUUGCACCAAUCCUGAGAAGAAGGCUUGAACCCCUGGAAGUGGCUGUAAAUCAUGUGGCCAAGUUUACCUGUGAGGUAGAGAUGGCUCCCAGUGUCAAGUUCCAGUGGUACAAAGCCGGACGAGAGAUAUAUGAUGGGGACAAAUACUCCAUUCGCACCUCCAACUACCUCUCCACACUGGAGAUCCCGAGGCCUCAAGUUGUUGACUGUGGAGAAUAUAGCUGUAAGGCUUCCAACCAGCAUGGCAGUGUAAGCUCUACAGCUGUUUUAACAGUAACUGAGGCAUUUCCACCAACGUUUCUUACCAGACCUGAAUCUAUCACUACUUUUGUUGGCAAAAGUGCCAAGUUCCUGUGUACUGUUUCGGGCACUCCAGUCAUCGACGUCACCUGGCAGAAAGAUGGAACAACUAUUUCACCUUCAGACCACCAUAAGAUCUCCAAAGUGGAAAAUAAACAUGUUUUAGAAAUUUCCCGUCUUAACACUAGUGACAGAGGGGCUUACACUUGCAAAGCUUCCAACAAGUUUGGAGCUGAUAUUUGCCAGGCUGAAAUGGUCAUUAUAGACAAGCCCCACUUCAUUAAAAAUUUGCAGUCAGUACAGUCAGCAGUUAACAAAAAAAUACGCCUUGAAUGUCAGGUAGAUGAAGACAGGAAAGUAACUGUAGGGUGGACAAAGGACGGAAACAAAAUCCCUCCAGGCAAAGAUUAUAAGAUUUACUUUGAAGACAAAAUAGCCUCGCUUGAGAUUCCUCUGGCUAAGGUCAAGGAUUCAGGCCACUAUAUGUGCACUGCUUCAAAUGAGGCAGGAAGCAGCUCCUCUUCUGCCAGCGUCACAGUCAGAGAGCCACCAUCCUUUGUGAAGAAGGUCGAUCCAUCUUAUUUACUGACGCCAGGUGACUCUGCACGCCUUCAAUGCAAAAUCAAAGGGUCUCCUGAAAUCCAGGUUACUUGGUUCAAGAACAAUAAGGAAAUACAUGAAAGUAACACACACAGGAUGUCCUUUGUCAAUUCUGUGGCUGUGUUAGAUAUUUUGGAAAUGAAAGUUGAUGACACUGGGACCUACUCAUGUGAAGCUGUCAACGAGGUUGGAAGUGACAGCUGCACCACCGAAGUGGUUGUCAAAGAGCCGCCAUCUUUCAUCCGAACACUUGAACCUGCAGAGCUAGUGAAGGGAACAAACCCCAUUCUUCAGUGUGAGGUUGCUGGCACUGGACCCUUUGAGAUUAGCUGGUACAAAGACAAGAAGCAGAUUCGCAGUAGUAAAAAAUACAGGUUGACCUCUCAGAAGGCUGUUAUUUCUUUGGAGGUGUCCUCAUUUAAUAGUGCAGAUGUCGGUGAAUACGAGUGUGUGAUAGCUAAUGAAGUCGGGAAAUGCAUGUGCAGUGCCACAUACAUCUUGAAAGAACCACCAUCUUUUGUUAAGAAAAUUGAAAACGUGACUGCUCUGGCUGGAGAUAGUGUUACGUUACAGGCUGUGGUGAAAGGGUCAGAGCCUAUUUCUGUGACAUGGAUGAAGGGCAAAGAUAUUAUUAAAGAUGAUAAAAAUAUGAGAGUGACAUUUGAUCACGGUCUAGCAACACUACAAAUUACCGGUGUCCAGCUGAGCUCUGGUGGCAAAUACACCUGCGUGGCUGAGAAUGAUGCAGGAAGUCAGUCCUGCUUUGGUGAACUAGCAGUGAAAGAACCCGCCAAAAUAAUUGAAAAAGCCGAAAUGAUCCAGGUUACAGCAGGAGAACCAGCUAUUUUGGAGUACACUGUCACAGGCACUCCAGAGCUGAAAAUCAAAUGGUUCAAAGAUGGAAACCCACUACCUGCCAGCAAAAAAUAUAGGAUCAGCUUCAAAAAUAACAUUGCCCAGCUCAAGUUUUAUGCCACUGAAAUGCAGGACAGUGGUGAAUACACCUUUGAGAUAUCCAAUGAUGUGGGCAUCAGCUCUUGUACUACCAGCUUCACUGUGCUAGAUCGCACUCUUCCUCCCUUCUUUACUAAACCACUGAAGAAUAUUGACAGCAUCAUUAGCACCUCAUGCCGCCUAGACUGCAAAAUUUCAGGCUCUCUUCCAAUGACUGUCUCAUGGUUUAAGCAGGACACUGAGAUCACUUCAAGUGCCAAGUACACAUUACACUUUGCAGAAGGCUCAGCAUCUUUGGAAAUAAAUCACCUAGAUGCAAAUGACGCUGGGGUCUACAUUUGCAGAGCCACAAACUCUGCUGGUAGCAAAGAGAGCAGUAGCACUUUGUUUAUAAAAGAGCCACCCAGCUUCACUGUAAAACCAGAGUCUCAAGAUGUACUGCCUGCAACAACUGUACAUUUCAAAAGCACCUUUAAAGGCACAACACCACUGACAGUGAAAUGGUUUAAAGGUGAUACUGAGCUGGUGACAGGAGGAGCCUGCUACAUUAUGACAGAAGCAUUAGCAAGUUACUUGGAGCUUUAUGCAGUCAAACCAACAGACUCUGGAAAAUACACCUGCAAAGUCUCCAAUGUAGCUGGUUCAGUAACAUGCAGUGCAAACUUAUUUGUGAAAGAACCUGCUGCCUUCAAGGAGAAGCUAGAGCCAACCCAUCUGGUAAAGAAAGGUGGAUAUGCUGAGCUGACCUGUGAAGUCACUGGUACUCCUGAGAUUAAAAUCACAUGGUUCAAGGAUGAUAGAGAGCUGAAAGAAAGUGACAAAUACAGGAUAUCUUUUACAAAAUCUUUGGCAAGACUCCAUGUUUCAGAGGUUGAUACAGAAGACAGUGGGGAAUACAUUUGCGAAGCCAAAAAUGAUGCUGGAAAAGAUAUCUGCAGCAGUGUUGUUACAGUCAAAGAGUCACCUUAUUUUACCAAGGAGUUUCAGUCCAUGGAAGUCUUGAAGGAUUCUGAUGUGGUUUUGGAGUGUGAGGUGCUUGGCACGCCUCCCUUUGAAGUGUUUUGGGUGAAAGACGAUAAACCGGUGCGGAGCAGUAAGAAGCACAGAAUAAGUAUUGAGAAAUCUUUGAUUAGCCUCCACGUUUUCAGGUUUGAUGCUUCUGAUGUUGGCGAGUAUCAGUGUAGAGUUACAAACGAUGUUGGGAGCUGCCUCUGCCAUUCAGAGGUCACGCUGAAAGAGCCUCCUCAGUUUUUGAAGAAGAUAGAAAAUAUUAGCUCCCUUCGAGGGGGCACAGUUGUGUUUCAGGCUGCUAUUAAAGGUUCCUUGCCCAUCACUGUGUCCUGGUUGAAAGACAAUGAUGAAGUGAUUGAAGACAACAAUAUCAAAAUGACCUUUGUGAACAAUGUUGCCACUCUUAUGGUGAGAUCUAUUGAGCUGAAACAUGAUGGGAAAUAUUUCUGUCAGGCUAAAAAUGAGGCAGGAAUUCAGAGGUGUUCUGCUCUGCUGACUGUCAAAGAACCUGCUACAAUUGUGGACAAGGCUGUGUCAAUAGAUGUGACUGAGGGAGACCCAGCAACCUUGCAGUGUAAAUUUUCAGGAACAAAACCUAUUACAGCCAAAUGGUUCAAAGAUGGCAAGGAACUGACAUUGGGCCCAAAAUAUAAGAUCAGUGUUACAGAUACCGUCUCAGUCUUAAAGGUGCUUUAUGCAGAAAAGAAAGAUAGUGGAGAAUACAUUUUUGAGGUUCACAAUGACGUUGGGAGCAGUAGCUGUUCUGCCAGCAUUAAUGUCCUAGAUCUCAUUAUACCACCUAAAUUCACAAAAAAACUCAAGAAAAUGGACAGCAUUAAGGGGUCUUUUGUCCACCUGGAGUGCAUAGUGUCUGGUUCGCAUCCUAUAAGUAUCCAGUGGUAUAAGGAUGGCCAAGAAAUAACGCCAAGUGAAAAGCACAAAUACUCUUUCCAUGAUAAUACUGCAUUUCUGGAAAUAAAUCAACUGGAAGGCACAGACAGUGGCUCUUACACUUGCGAAGCAACAAAUAAAGCAGGAAGCAACCAAUGCAGCGGGUUCUUAACAGUCAAAGAACCGCCAUAUUUUGUGGAAAAACCCCAGUCUCAAGAGGUUGUGCCCAAUGCUAGGGUUCAGUUCAAAGCACUGGUGAAAGGGUCUACUCCUCUGCAGAUAAAGUGGUUUAAAGACAGCCAGGAGCUCCUGUCUGGAGCCAGUCGAUCUGUCUGGAAGGAUGACACUUCUAGUGUUCUGGAGCUCUUCUCAGCUAGGACAUCUGAUUCUGGGAACUACACUUGUCAGAUAAGCAAUGAUGUGGGGACUGCAACCUGCAAAGCAACUCUGUUUGUAAAAGAGCCCCCCAGAUUUAUUCAGAUGCCAACUUCUGUAGUAGCUUUGCGUGAAGGACAGUCCACCACUUUCGAGUGCCAGGUAGUAGGCACACCAGAGAUCCAGAUUACAUGGUACCUGGAUGGGAAUGAAGUGACUGACCAAGCUAAGUAUGGCAUCUCCUUCAUAGACGGUUUAGCCACUUUGAAAGUCACUCAAGCCAGAGUGGCAGAUAGUGGGAUUUAUGUUUGUGAAGCCCACAAUGAUGCAGGUAGUGAGAGCUGCAGCAUCGAGCUGAAAGUAAAAGAGCCUCCAACCUUUGUUCGGGAGUUGCGUCCCACCGAGGUAGUGAAGGGUUCAGAGGCCACACUAGAGUGUGAGGUGACUGGUACCCCUCCAUUUGAGGUGAAGUGGCUGAAGAACAAUAAGGAGAUGUUCAGCAGCAAGAAAUACGCCAUCUCCGCCAAAGAAUCAGUAUUUACUCUUAAUGUGACUAACUGUGAUGUCUCGGAUGUUGGUGAAUAUCAGUGUAUUAUAUCAAAUGAAGGUGGGAGCUGUUCUUGCAGCACAAGACUCAGCUUAAAAGAACCACCAUCCUUCAUCAAGAAGCUGGAGAACGUCACUAGCAUUUUGAAAGGUGAUGCAUUUUUUCAGUGCGUCAUAGCAGGUGCUCAACCCUUGUCUGUGUCAUGGAUAAAAGAUGAGAAAAUACUAGAAGACGAUGAGCACCACCACAUUACCUUCAAGAACAGCGUGGCCACACUGAAACUUGCUAAUGUUGACCUCAGCCACAGAGGGAGAUAUACCUGUCAGGCAAAGAAUGAAUCUGGCGUGGAGAAGUGCUUUGCUUUGCUUUUUGUACAAGAGCCUGCACAGAUCAUAGAAAAGGCUAAAUCACUUAAAGUCACUGAAAAAGACCCCGUGACUUUGGAGUGUACUGUGGCUGGGACACCAGAGCUUCGGAUAAGAUGGUACAAAGAUGGCAAGCAGCUCCUGCCCAGUAGAUACUACACAAUGAGCUUUGAAAACAAUGUGGCCAGUUUCAGGAUUGAACCUGUAUCAAAGGAGGAUAGUGGUACAUACAGUUUUAAGGUCGAAAAUGACUUCGGAAGUAGCACCUGUGAAGCUGUUCUGACUGUGCUAGAUCAAUCAAUUCCUCCUGUAUUUAUCAAAAAGCUAACCAAAAAGGAUACCAUUCUGGGAUCUUCUAUCCAAAUGGAGUGCAAAGUCUCUGGGUCACUCCCCAUUAUUGCAAAAUGGUUUAAGGAUGGAAAAGAGAUAACUGACAGUGCAAAAUAUAGAAGCCUGUGCCAUGAGAACACUGUGUCACUUGAGAUUGCUAAUCUGGAGCUGGCAGACAGUGCAAAUUAUACGUGCAGUGUCUCUAAUGUUGCUGGAAAUGAUUCUUGCAGUGCUGUCCUGACUGUGAAAGAGCCACCAAGCUUCUUAGUAAAACCUGAAAGCCAGCAAGCCAUACCAGAUUCUACAGUGGAGUUUAAGGCCACACUAAAAGGAACACCACCCUUUACAAUAAAGUGGUUCAAAGAAGACUUAGAACUUGUAUCUGGUCCAACUUGUUUCAUUGGUAUUGAAGGUUCAACUGGGUUCUUAACCCUCUAUUCAGUGGAUUCUUCUAGGAGUGGGCACUACACUUGCCACAUUUCAAAUGAUGUUGGCAGUGACUCUUGCACUACAACACUGAUGGUAACAGAACCACCCAAGUUUGCUAAGAAGCUAGAGGCAGCAAAAGUAGUCAAGCAGGGUGACUCAGCCCGGCUCGAGUGCAAAGUAAGUGGAUCUCCAGAGAUGAAAGUAGUGUGGUUCAGAAAUGACCAUGAAAUUGUUGCCAGUGAAAAAUUCCGGACUUCAUUCAUUGACUCUGUGGCCGUGCUUGAAAUGAAUCAUCUCAGUACUGAUGAGAGUGGUGACUACAUCUGUGAAGCUCACAACCCUGCCGGCAAGGCCAGCUGUAGCACCAAAGUCACAGUGAAAGAACCUCCUGUCUUUAGCAGGAAGCCUUCUCCAGUAGACAUUGUCAAAGGAUCUGAAGUUAUCCUGGAAUGUGAGAUUUCAGGAACACCUCCAUUUGAUGUUGCCUGGUUCAAAGACAGGAGACAAAUCCGCAGUAGUAAGAAAUACAAGGUUACAGCCAAAAACUACCAUACAGGCGUGCGCAUUCUUAAUGUCGAAGCUGCAGAUGUUGGUGAAUAUCAGUGCAAAGCACAGAACGAUGUAGGAAGUGACACUUGUGUUUGCACUGUGAAGCUGAAAGAACCACCAAAAUUCUUGACUAAAAUAAACAGCAUGACUGUUGUGGUUGGUGAACCAGUAGAGUUACAAGCAAGAGUGGAGGGCUCCCAGCCAAUUUCUGUUCAGUGGCUUAAAGACAAAGAGGAAAUUAUUAGAGAAAGUGAGAACACGAAGAUCACAUUUACGGAAAAUAUUGCAACUUUACAAUUUUUGCGUACAGAGACAAGCAGUGCUGGAAAAUACACCUGUCAGAUAAGAAAUGAUGCUGGAAGUCGCGAGUGUAUGGCUACUUUAACCAUUCUAGAGCCUGCAGUCAUUGUAGAGAAAGCAGAGCCAAUGAAAGUUACUAUAGGUGAUGCCUGUACUUUGGAAUGCAAAGUAGGAGGCACACCACAGCUUUCCACUGGGUGGUUCAAGGAUGGCAAAGAACUGACCAGCAGCCAAAAAUACAGAAUCACUUUCCUCAAUAAUGUAUGUACACUUAAAAUUAUGGAUGCAGAAAAGGAAGAUGGUGGAUUAUACACUUUUGCAGUGCAAAACGAUGUGGGGAAAAGCAGUUGUACAGCAUCGGUUGAUGUUUUAGAUCGAAUCAUUCCUCCUUCUUUCACAAGAAAACUAAAAGAAACCCUUGGUGUUCUGGGUUCCUCAGCACUGCUGGAAUGUAAAGUGUCAGGUUCACCUCCUAUUUCUGUUGCCUGGUUCCACAAUGGACUUAAGCUAGUCAGUGGAGAAAAACAUCAAAUCUCCUUUUCAGAUAACCUAUGUAUUUUAGAAGCUAAUUCACUGAGCCACUCAGAAACUGGCACUUACACCUGCAAAGCUACCAACACAGCUGGCUCAGAUGAAUGCAGUGCUGUAUUGAUUGUACAAGAGCCACCUUCUUUUGAGAGGACACCAGAGCCUCUGGAUGUAUUGCCAGGCACAAGCAUCACUUUCACAUGUGUUGUCAGAGGAACCCCUCCUUUUAAGGUCAACUGGUUUAGAGGGGCCAAUGAACUUGUGCCAGGGGACAAAUGUAAUAUCUACUUGGAGGAGUCUGUUGUGGAGCUUGAGUUAUAUGAUGUAACUCCUUCCCAAAGCGGAGAGUACACUUGUCUAGUGACUAAUGAUGCUGGCAGGGUAAAUUGUACAACACACCUUACAGUAAAAGAGCCAGCUGUCUUUGUGAAGAAACUGAGUGAUCAGUAUGUGGAGCCUGGCAAGCCCAUCAUCCUAGAGGGCACUUACACAGGCAGCCUGCCCAUCUCUGUGACAUGGAAGAAGAAUGGCCACACCAUCGCACAGUCUCAGAAGUGUAGCAUCACCACCACAGAGAAAUCCUGCAUCCUGGAAAUACUUGACAGCACCAAAGAAGAUGCAGGAGAAUACUCUUGCCAUGUUGAAAAUGAGGCAGGAAGAGAUGUUUGUGAGGCUGUAGUCUCUACCCUAGAACCUCCGUACUUUGUUACUCACUUGGAACCUCUUGAGGUGUCAGUUGGGUCUUACACAACACUGCAAUGCCACGUUGCUGGAACACCAGAAAUUACUGUGUCUUGGUACAAAGGCGAUACAAAACUCAGGUCUACCCCUGAGUACAAAGUGUUCUUUAAAGACAAUGUUGCUACACUUAUUUUCAACAAAGUGGCUAGCAACGACAGUGGAGAAUAUAUCUGCAAGGCAGAAAACAGUGUAGGAACUGCAUCUACAAAGGCUCUCUUAACAGUUCAAGAGCGCAAACAACCACCUUCCUUUGCAAGAAAACUAAAGGACAUCGAGCACCCUGCUGGUUUACCCCUCAAGCUUAUGUGUCGGCUCAAUGGCUCAGAGCCCAUUACUGUCACUUGGCACAAAGAUGGUGUGCUGCUAAAGGAUGACCACAGUGUGCACACAUCCUUUGUAGAUAAUGUUGCAGUGCUGCAGCUGGUGCGAACUGAGAUGAAUCACACCGGGCAAUACUCCUGCACAGCCACCAAUUCUGUGGGUACUGCCACCUCAAGUGCUAGGCUCACAGUGGCAGAACCCAAGCAAGCACCUGUCUUUGAUAUCAAACCAGAAUCUAUUGAUGUGCCUUUUGGAGAAAGUGCUGACUUUGAAUGUCAUGUUACGGGAGCCCAGCCAAUACACAUAACGUGGUCCAAGGAUGGUCGGGAGAUCCGAACUGGAGGAAAUUUCAAUAUUACAUUCACAGCCAACACAGCUCACCUUCGCGUGCUCAGAGUGGGUAAAGGAGACUCUGGCCAAUAUACUUGCCAAGCUAGUAAUGAAGCUGGGAAAGACUUCUGCUCAGCCCAACUCAGUGUCAAAGAACCUCCCAAGUUCAUCAAGAAGCCGGAAGCUUUGCGGUUCGUGAAGCAGGGUGACACAGUUCAACUUGAAUGUAAAAUCAGUGGCACACCAGAGAUUAGAAUCGUGUGGUACAAAAAUGAUCAGGCACUCCAGGCAAGCGACAGGCUGCACAUGUCCUUUGUAGACUCUGCAGCAACGCUGACCAUCUUGGGUGCCACUGCUGAAGAUGCUGGGGAUUACAUCUGUGAAGCCCACAACUCUGCGGGCACAGCCAGCUGCAGCACUUCAGUCACAGUGAAAGAACCACCCAUUUUUAGCAAGGUGCCAAGCCCUGUGGACACUCUUAAAGGCUCAGAUGUUAUCCUUCAGUGCGAGAUAGCAGGGACCCCACCCUUUGAGGUGGCUUGGUUCAAGGACCGGAGGCAGGUCAGGAGCAGCAAGAAAUUCAAGGUGACAGCAAAGCACUCCGUUGCCAGUCUUCAUAUUCUCAAUCUGGAAUCUCAAGACACUGGAGAAUACCAAUGUAAAGCUAUGAAUGAGGUGGGAAGCGACACUUGCACCUGCCCAGUGAAAUUCAAAGAACCUCCACGGUUUGCCAAGAAGCUGAGUGACACUGCAAUCUUCAUCGGGGAGCCAACAGCCCUGCAGGCAGUAGUGGAAGGAUCCCCACCAAUUUCUGUUGUCUGGCUCAAGGAUAAGGGUGAAGUUAUUAGGGAGAGUGAAAAUGUUCAAAUGUGGUUUAUGGACAACAUUGCAACUCUUGAGAUUGCCAGUGCAGAGGGAACUGACGUUGGAAAGUACAUCUGUCAGAUCAAAAAUGAUGCUGGCAUGCGGGAGUGCUCUGCCUUUUUACAGGUCCUAGAACCAGCAGUCAUCUUAGAGAAGACCGAACCGAUCACAGUAAUGGCUGGCAAUCCUUUUACCCUGGAGUGCAAAGUAGGAGGAACACCUGAGCUUAUCACCAAGUGGUACAAAGACGGCAGAGAACUAAAGAGUGACCGCAAAUACCAAAUUACCUUUUUCAACAAUAUAUCCACUUUGAAAGUCUUUUCUGCAGACAGGGGAGACAGGGGCUUGUAUACUUUUGAGGUGCAAAAUGAAGUAGGGGACAGCAGCUGCACUUCUUCAGUUGAUGUUUCAGAUCGCCUUGUUCCUCCUUCAUUCUCAAGAAAACUAAAGGAAACAAAUGGGGUGCUGGGAUCCUCCGUGCUGCUGGAGUGCAAAGUGUCUGGCACAGCUCCCAUAUCUGUGUCCUGGUUUCAAGAUGGAAAUGAGAUUGUUAGUGGAGAAAAAUAUGAAAUCUCAUUCUUGGAUAAUGUUUGUGCUUUGAAGUUGAAUGCCCUGGAUGUCACAGAUACAGGGUCAUAUACAUGUAUGGCAGCCAACGUGGCUGGAUCUGAUGAAUGCAGUGCCUUCUUGACUGUACAAGAACCACCUUCUUUUGUGAAGACACCUGAUCCCCAGGAAGUUUUGCCUGGAUCAAAUGUGACAUUCACCAGCUACAUCAAGGGCAGUACUCCCUUCAAAGUGACCUGGUUCCGAGGCAUCAGGGAGCUGGUGCCAGACAGCAACUGCUCAAUCUCUCUCAAUGAGUCUGUGGCACAGCUGCAGCUGUACAACGUGGAGCCAGGCCACAGUGGGGACUAUGCCUGUGUGGUCACAAAUGAUGCUGGCAGUGCCUCAUGUACAACACAGCUCUUUGUGAAAGAGCCUGCAGUCUUUGUGAAGAAAUUAAGUGAUUUCAGUGUGGAGCAGGGGAAGUCCAUUGUGCUGGAAAGCAGCUACAUUGGCACCCCUCCCAUCUCUGUCACCUGGAAAAGAAAUGGCAUGCCCAUUGCUCAGUCUCAACGCUGCACUGUUACAACUACUGAAAAAUCUGGCAUUCUUGAAAUCUUCAACAGCACAAAGAAUGAUGAAGGCGAAUAUACCUGUGAGGUGGCAAAUGAGGCGGGUGGGGAUGUUUGCCACAGCCUUGUAUCCAUCUUAGAACCACCCUAUUUUGUCACGCACCUGGACCGUGUGGAGGUGAAGGUUGGCGAGCCCUUGACCUUAAAAUGCCAGAUUGGCGGUUCACCAGAAAUCAAGGUGUCCUGGUACAAAGAUGACACCAAGCUCAGAUCAACACAGGCUUACAAAAUGCACUUCAAGAACAAUGUGGCAACACUGGCGUUUUCUGCUGUAGAGGAUAGCAACAUUGGAGAAUACGUCUGCAAAGCAGAAAAUAGCAUCGGCUUUGCCACCUCCACAGCUUUGCUUGUUGUUAAAGAACGUCAACUUCCCCCUACAUUCACCAGAAAACUAAAAGAUAUUCAGGAGGUGGUUGGUGCCCCAGUGACAUUUGACUGCCGCAUAACUGGCUCAGAGCCUAUCCAGGUGUCUUGGUACAAGGACGGGGUUCUCUUAAGCGACACUGAUAACGUGCAAUCAGCCUUCUUAAAUAAUGUUGCAACUUUACAGAUCUUGGAAACUAGUAUGGAUUACUGUGGCCAGUAUACUUGCUCAGCCCAAAAUGCUCUGGGGACUGCCUCUUCCAGUGCCAAACUUCUCCUCACAGAACAUCUACAACCUCCCUUCUUUGACAUCAAGCCGGUAUCUAUUGACGUGGCACUAGGGGAAAAGGCAACCUUUAAGUGCCACGUGACUGGUUCUGCUCCCAUGAGGAUUACUUGGACUAGAGACAACAGAGAGAUUCGUCCAGGUGGAAACUACAAAAUGACACUGGUGGAAAACAUGGCCAGCUUGACCGUCCUAAAAGUUGGUAAAGGGGAUGCUGGACUCUACACAUGUACUGCCAGCAACAGUGUUGGAAAGGAUGCGUGCGCAGCUCAGCUGGCUGUACAAGAACCACCAAGGUUUAUUAAGAAACUAGACUCCUCAAAACUUGUGAAACAGCACGAUUCCACAACGUAUGAAUGCAAAAUAGGUGGAUCUCCAGAAAUUAAAGUCACCUGGUACAAAGGAGAAACUGAAAUCCAUCCCAGUGAAAAAUACAGAAUGUCCUUUAUGGAUUCAGUGGCAGUCAUUGAAAUGCACAAUCUCAGUGUUGAAGACAGCGGUGACUACACUUGCGAAGCUCAGAAUCCAGCGGGUAGCGCAAGCACCAGUACUACACUGAGAGUAAAAGCACCUCCCAUUUUUACCAAGAAGCCCCAUCCAGUUGAGACCUUGAAAGGGUCUGAUAUUCAUCUGGAGUGUGAGCUGCAGGGCACUCCUCCAUUCCAGAUUUCGUGGUAUAAAGACAAACGAGAAAUUCGGAGCAGCAAGAAGUAUAAGGUCAUGUCUGAGAACUACAUAGCUAGUCUUCACAUUCUCAGUGUGGAUACUGCAGAUGUUGGUGAAUAUCACUGUAAGGCUGUAAAUGAUGUGGGAAGUGACUCCUGUAUUGGCUCUGUAGCACUAAGAGCACCACCAACCUUUGUGAAGAAGCUGAGUGAUCUCACUGUCGUAGUCGGGGAGUCGAUUGAACUGCAGGCUACAGUACAAGGAUCACAGCCCAUUUCUGUACUGUGGUUAAAAGACAAAGGGGAAAUCAUCAGAGAAAGUGAUAAUCUUUGGAUCUCCUACUCAGAAAAUAUUGCAACUAUGCAGAUUGGAAAUGCAGAACCAACCAAUGCUGGAAAAUACAUUUGUCAGAUAAAAAAUGAUGCUGGAGUUCAGGAAUGCUUUGCCAUGCUGAAAGUGCUAGAGCCUGCAGUCAUUGUAGAGAAGCCAGGCCCAGUCAAGGUUACAGCUGGAGACUCUUGUACUCUGGAAUGCACAGUAGAUGGCACACCAGAGCUUACUGCUAGGUGGUUUAAGGAUGGUAAUGAACUGUCCACUGACCAUAAAUAUAAAAUCAGUUUCUUCAACAAAGUAUCUGGGCUUAAGAUCCUCAAUGCAACACUAGAAGACAGUGGAGAAUAUACUUUUGAGGUGAAAAACAGUGUUGGUAAAAGCAGCUGCACAGCCUCAGUGCAUGUUUCAGAUCGUAUUAUACCUCCUUCUUUCACAAGAAAACUGAAAGAAACAUAUGGUCAGCUGGGUUCUUCUGCUGUACUGGAGUGCAAAGUUUAUGGGUCACCACCUAUUCUGGUUUCCUGGUUUCAUGAUGGACAAGAGAUUACCAGUGGAGAGAAAUAUCAGGCUACUCUUACAGACAAUACCUGUUCUCUGAAAGUGAAUGGACUUCAGGAGUCUGAUAUGGGAACUUAUUUGUGCACAGCUACUAAUGUAGCUGGCUCUGAUGAAUGCAGCGCAUUUUUGAGUGUUAGAGAACCACCAUCUUUUGUGAAGAAACCUGAACCACUGGAUGUUUUUUCUGGGGCAAACAUAGCCUUUACUAGUAUCAUAAAAGGUUCCCCCCCACUGGAAGUUAAAUGGUUCAGAGGCAGUGUUGAGCUAGUACCAGGACCCAGAUGCAAUAUCACCUUGCAAGAUUCAGUUGCAGAACUGGAGCUGUUCGAUGUACAUCCACUUGAGAGUGGAGACUACACCUGCCAGGUCUCUAACGAGGCAGGGAAAAUCUCUUGCACAACCCAUCUUUUUGUCAAAGAACCAGCCAAAUUUGUGAAGAAGGUGAAUGAUUUAAGUGUAGAGAAAGGGAAAAAUUUAAUCUUGGAAUGCACAUAUACGGGUACUCCACCGAUUUCAGUGACAUGGAAGAAAAAUGGAGUGAAAAUAAUGCACUCUGAAAAGUGUAGCAUCACCACUACAGACACAUCUGCCAUACUGGAAAUCCCUAGCAGCAAACUAGAAGAUCAGGGGCAAUAUUCUUGUCAUAUUGAAAAUGAUUCUGGGAAAGAUAAUUGUCAUGGUACAAUCACAAUACUAGAACCACCUUACUUCAUUACACCCUUGGAGCCAGUGCAGGUGACUGUUGGGGAUUCUGCAUCCUUACAGUGCCAGCUUGCUGGAACACCAGAAAUGAUUGUGUCAUGGUACAAAGGCGAUACAAAGCUGAGAGGAACUGCUACUGUGAAAAUGCACUUUAAGAACCAAAUUGCUACUCUGGUUUUCAGCCAGGUAGACAGUAGUGACAGUGGGGAGUACAUCUGCAAAGUAGAAAACUCUGUUGGGGAGGCUUCUUCAUCAUCUUUGCUUACAGUUCAAGAGCGUAAACUUCCUCCUUCUUUUACACGAAAAUUAAGAGACGUUCAUGAAACUGUUGGCUUACCAGUUGUGUUUGAUUGCGGCAUUGCUGGCUCAGAACCUAUCGAAAUAUCUUGGUUUAAAGACGGCGCGCGUGUGAAAGAGGACUACAAUGUUCACACGUCCUUUGUAGACAAUGUAGCAACUCUCCAGAUUUUGAAGACAGAUAGGAGAUUUAUUGGGCAGUACACCUGCACAGCUGCCAAUGCUAUUGGGACUGCUUCUUCUAGUGGCAGGCUUGUCCUUACAGAAGGGAAGACUCCUCCAUUCUUUGACAUCCCACUUACAUCUGUGGAUGGCAUUAUUGGAGAAAGUGCUGAUUUUGAGUGUCACGUUUCUGGAACACAGCCCAUUAGAGUCACUUGGGCAAAAGAUAACCAAGAAAUUAGAACAGGAAAGAACUAUCAGAUCAGUUAUGUAGACAACACAGCCCAUUUGACCAUCUUGAGAGUUGACAGGGGGGAUUCUGGAACAUAUACAUGCUAUGCUAGCAAUGAAGUUGGAAAGGACUCUUGCACAGCUCAACUGGCGGUUAAAGAACGAAAAAUUCCACCUACUUUUACUAAGAAACUAUCUGAAGCAGUAGAAGAAACAGAAGGGAAUGAACUUAAACUUGAGGGUCGUGUUUCUGGCUCUCAGCCUUUGACUGUUGCUUGGUAUAAGAACAAUCAGGAAGUCCAUUCAAGUGCUCACUGUGAAAUAUCUUUCAAGAACAAUACCCUGCUUUUGCAUAUAAAGGCUGUAGAGCAAUCAGAUGCUGGUUUAUACACCUGUAAAGUGUCCAAUGAAGCAGGAAGCAUAUUGAGUACAUCUUCCAUUGUUAUCAGAGAACCUAAAAAGCCUCCAGUUUUUGACCAGCCUCUUCAGCCAGCAGCAGCAGAGGAAGGUGAUACCCUACAGCUUAGCUGUCAUGUCCAGGGAUCACAGCCAAUCCGAAUUCAGUGGCUGAAGGCAGGAAGAGAAAUAAGAGCUUCAGAUAGAUGCAACUUCAGCUUUGCUAAUGGAGUAGCUCUUCUAGAACUUGCUGCAGUUACCAAAUCAGAUUCAGGAGAAUAUGUAUGCAAAGCUUCAAAUGCAGCUGGCACUGAUACUUGCAAAUCUAAAGUGACAGUCAAAGAAAAACCGACAGCUGCUCCAGCAGCUAAGAAAGCAGAAGUGGAAGGCAAACUUUAUUUUGUGUCAGAGCCUCAGAGUAUCAAAGUCAUGGAAAAGACCGUUGCAACAUUUAUUGCAAAAGUUGGAGGAGAUCCAAUUCCAAAUGUUAAGUGGAUGAAGGGAAAAUGGAGGCAACUCAACCAGGGAGGCCGCAUUAUAAUCCAGCAGAGAGGAGAUGAAGCCAAACUAGAAAUAAAGGACACAAUAAAAACUGAUUCUGGCAUGUACAAAUGUGUAGCUUUUAACCAACAUGGUGAAAUUGAGAGGAGUGUAAAUCUGCAAGUUGAAGAAAGAAAGAAAGAAGUAGUUGAAGGAGAUCUCAGGGCAAAACUAAAAAGCACUCCAACAAAAACAAAAGAGGAAGAGCAACCUAUCGAUAUCUUGGAACUUCUCAAAAACGUAGAUCCCAAAGAAUAUGAGAAAUAUGCUCGCAUGUAUGGAAUUACAGAUUUCCGUGGCCUCCUGCAAGCCUUUGAGUUACUAAAGCAAACCCAAGCAGAAGAAAGUCAUAGAUUGGAAAUUGAGCUCACAGAAAAAGCUCAAAGGGAAGAUCAGGAGUUUGAUGAACUCGUAGCUUUUAUUCAGCAACGACUCACACAAACAGAGCCUAUUACUCUGAUCAGAGACAUUGAAAAUCAGACGGUUUUAGCAGAUGAGGAUGCUAUCUUUGAAUGUGAGAUUAAGAUUAACUAUCCAGAAAUUAAACUAUCAUGGUACAAGGGAACCCAGAAACUGGACUCCAAUGACAAAUACGAAAUUAGAAUUGAAGGUGAUCGCCACAUACUAAGAAUUAGAAACUGCCAGCCUGAGGAUCAGGGAAAUUUCAGAAUAGUGUGUGGACCACAUAUUGCCAGUGCCAAGCUAACUGUGAUUGAACCUGCAGUAGAGCGGCAUCUUCAUGACACUACUUUCAAGGAAGGAAAAACAUGCACACUGACUUGUCAGUUCUCUAUCCCAAAUGCCAAGUCUCAGUGGUAUAGAAAUGGGAGACCUAUUAAGAUAGGAGGGAGAUAUUCAACACAAGUCUCUGACAAAGUGCACAAACUCAUCAUCAAGGAUGUUAGAACAGAAGACGAGGGACAGUAUACCUGCAAGCUUGACAGUCUAGAAACAACAGCAGAUCUGGCCAUUGAAGCGGAACCAAUUCAGUUCACGAAAAGCAUACAGAACAUUGUUGUGAAUGAACACCAGUCUGCAACCUUCGAGUGCGAGGUGUCUUUUGAUGAUGCAGUUGUGACAUGGUAUAAAGGCCCCACCGAACUGAGAGAGAGUCCCAAGUACAGCUUCAGAAGUGAAGGUCGUUGUCAUUACAUGACUAUUCACAAUGUUAAUGCAGAUGAUGAAGGCGUGUAUUCUGUAAUUGCUCGUCUUGAACCAAGAGGAGAAGCAAGAAGCACUGCAGAGCUCUAUCUGGUAACCAAAGAAAUCAAAUUGGAGUUGAAGCCACCAGAUGUUCCUGAUGCCAAGGUUGCAGUUCCACCUCAAAAACCAGCUGAAGCUGCCCCUAUUCCUAUUCUUCUGCCUCUUGUUCCACCUCCAGAGGAGAAAAAGCCAGCAGAGAGAAAAGUUCCAUUAAAGAAAGUCCCCCAAAAGGUGGUUAAAAAAGGUCCUGAAGAAGUCCCACUACCUAAAGUUCCUGAGGUGCUACCAGAGAAGCCCAAAGAGAUCAAAAUAACAUCCAUGGCAAGGAGAGAAGAGAUACAUGAAGAAAAGAAAAUACAUGAAAUGCCCAAAGAAAUUUAUGAAGAAUGGGAAGAAGAUUAUGGCGAAGACCAUGACUAUUAUGUCAAGGAAGAAGGCUAUGAUGAAGGGGAAGAGGAAUGGGAAGAAGCUUAUGAGAAAAGAGAAGUGACUUAUGAAGAAAAAAGAAUAAUUCAUGAAGAAGUGACUGAAGUUCCUAAGAAACCUGUGCCUGAGCGAAAACCACCAGCGAUUACAGCUGAAAAGAAGGAAAAGAAGGAAGUAACUGUUCAAAAAGUUGUCAAGAAACCUGUUGAUGAAAAAGUGGAGGUAACAACUCAGAGAAUUGCAGAAGAAAAAGUCAAACGGACUGAGGUGCCAGAGGUGCCCAAGAAAAUUCCAGAAGAGAAAGUGCCCACUGCUGUCCCUAAAAAACCAGAACCACCACCAGCCAAAGUGCCUGAGGUGCCCAAGAAAGUGAUUUCAGAAGAAAAAAUACACAUUGAAGUUCCUAAAAAACCAGAACCUCCACCACCCAAAGAACCUGAGGUGCCGAAGACAGUUGUUCCAGAAAAGAAAAUACCUGUGCAAAAAAUACCAGAACCUGUGAUUGUCCCAGAACCAGAGGCUGCACCUGAAGAACCAGAACUCCCACCAAAGGAAGCUCCUGAAGCAAGGAAGAAAGUUGUGGCUGCAAAACCUGGUGAGCCUCCAAAACUGGAACCCCCACCUGCUAAAGUGCCUGGACUUGUAAAGAAACCUCGCAGAGUAAUUCCUGAGGUCACUCCCCCACCAAAAGAAGAAGUUGUUUUGAAAAGAGUUCUUAAAAAGAAACCUGAAGAGGAAGAACCUAAACCAGAAAAAGAGCCUAAACCAGAAGUUAAACCAGUACCUACACCAGUAGAAAAAAUUAAGAAACCUGAAGUCCCAGAAGUUCCUACGAAGAAAACUGAGAUACCUGUCAUAAAAAAAGAGGAGAAACUUGUGCCUGAACCACCAAAAGAAACUAAGCAAGCAUCUGUCCCAGUUCCUGGGCCUGAACCUAAACCUGCAGUAGCUCUAAAAUCUCCAAAACCAGCUGCAGAACCUGCACCUGCUGUUACUGCUCCAGUGGCAGCUCCAGUUGUUGGAAAGAAAGCAGAGGCCAAGCCACCAAAAGAAGAAACUCCAAAGGGUAUCAGUCCAGUCAAAGCCAAGAAGACACCUUCACCAGCAGAUGCAGAAAGAAGGAAACUCAGGCCAGGCAGCGGUGGUGAAAAACCUCCUGAAGAGCCUCCAUUUACUUACCAACUCAAGGCUGUGCCACUGAAGUUUGUCAAGGAGAUGAAAGAUAUAGUGCUAAAAGAAGCUGAGUCUGUUGGGUCUUCUGCAAUCUUUGAAGUCCUUAUUUCACCAUCCACUGCAAUUACCAGCUGGAUGAAAGAUGGAAGUAACAUCCGAGAGAGCCCAAAACACAAGUUUAUUGCUGAUGGCAAAGAUAGGAAGCUGCAUAUUAUUGAUGUCCAGCUGUCCGAUGCUGGUGAAUAUACUUGUGUAUUACGACUGGGGAACAAAGAGAAGACCUCUACAGCCAAACUUAUUGUUGAAGAACUCCCAGUGCGGUUUGUGAAAACGCUUGAAGAAGAAGUGACUGUCGUUAAAACCCAGCCACUGUACUUAACAUGUGAGCUUAACAAAGAAAGAAAUGUGGUCUGGAGAAAGGAUGGUAAAAUCAUUCAAGCCAAGCCUGGGAAAUUUGCUCUGGGUGUUAUUGGUUUGUCACAUUCCCUCACGGUCGCAGAUUCAGAUGAUUUUGAUGCUGGCACUUACACUGUUACUGUGGAAGACUCUGAACUAUCAUGCUCAUCUUGUGUUAGGGUAGUAGAAGUUAUAAGGGACUGGUUAGUAAAACCCAUAAGAGACCAGCAUGUUAAACCAAAAGGAACAGCUACUUUCAGCUGUGACAUUGUCAAGGAUACACCAAACAUUAAAUGGUUUAAAGGAGAUGAGGAAAUUCCUGCUGAGCCCACUGACAAGACAGAAAUCUUGAAAGAAGGAAAUAAAAUUUUCCUGAAAAUCAAGAAUGCUGGUCCUGCUGAUAUUGGAGAAUAUGCAGUGGAAAUUGAAGGUCGCAGAUACCCAGCUAAGCUGACCCUUGGUGAUCGUGAAGUUGAACUUCUGAAGCCAUUAGAGGAUGUUACAGUUUAUGAGAAAGAGACAGCAAACUUUGAUACAGAAAUAUCUGAAGAUGAUAUUCCUGGUGAAUGGAAGCUGAAAGGAGAAGUCCUGAGACCUUCACCUACAUGUGAAAUCAAAGCUGAAGGAGGAAAACGCUUCCUAACCUUACACAAAGUCAAAUUAGAGCAAGCUGGCGAAGUCCUUUACCAGGCCUUUAAUGCCGUCACUACAGCUAUCCUGACAGUAAAAGAAAUAGAAUUGGACUUUGCUGUGCCUCUAAAAGAUGUCACUGUUCCCGAGAAGCGCCAAGCAAGGUUUGAAUGUGUCCUUACCAGAGAGGCCAAUGUUAUAUGGUCUAAGGGCACUGAUAUACUCAAGAUUGGAGAAAAAUUUGACAUCAUUGCAGAUGGAAAGAAGCACAUUCUUGUCAUCAAUGAUUCACAGUUUGAUGAUGAGGGAGAAUACACUGCUGAAGUUGAUGGCAAGAAGAGCACAGCAAGACUGUUUGUGGAAGGUGUGAGGCUGAAGUUCAUAUCACCUCUACAGGAUCAAACAGUAAAAGAAGGGGAAACAGCUCAGUUUCAGUUUGAGCUUUCUCAUGAAGACAUGCCUGUGAAAUGGUACAAAAAUGACAAGAGACUUCACACAAGCAGAACAGUUUUAAUUACUUCAGAGGGCAAAGUUCAUAAACUAGAAAUAAGAGAAGUAACACUUGAUGAUAUCUCAGAAAUAAAGGCCGUAGUCAAGGACUUGAACACACAAGCCAACCUAAAAGUCUUAGAGGCCGAUCCAUAUUUCACUGUGAAAUUACAAGACUACAGUGCUGUAGAGAAAGAUGAUAUUACUCUGGAGUGUGAACUUAGCAAAGAUGUGCCAGUAAAAUGGUACAAAGAUGGUGAAGAACUAGUAGCUUCCAACAGAAUUUCCAUAAAAACAGAUGGUUUGCGCCGUAUUCUGAAGAUCAAGAAGGCUGCAGAGAGUGAUAAGGGUGUUUAUGAGUGUGACUGUGGAACUGAUAAGACAAGUGCCAAUAUCAGCGUUGAGUCUCGCUUAGUUAAAGUGGAGCGCCCACUGUAUGGAGUGGAAGUAUUUGUUGGUGAAACAGCACGCUUUGAAAUUGAAAUUUCUGAGCCUGAUGUCCAUCCUGUAUGGAAGCUAAAGGGAGAAACCCUAACACCUUCACCUGACUGUGAAAUCAUUGAAGAUGGGAAGAAGCAUAUUCUUGUCCUUCAUAACUGCAAACUUGAUAUGACUGGAGAAGUGUCUUUCCAAGCUGCCAAUGCUAAAAGUGCUGCUAAUCUGAAAGUGAAAGAACUGCCUCUUAUCUUUAUCACUCCACUAAGUGAUGUGAAGGUCUUUGAGAAGGAUGAAGCUAAGUUUGAAUGUGAGGUAUCCAGAGAACCCAAGACUUUCCGCUGGUUGAAAGGAACAGAAGAGAUCACUCCUGAUGAAAGAAUUGAAAUUAUUUCAGACGGAACAAAGCAUGCUCUGAUUAUUAAAUCUGUUGCCUUUGAGGAUGAAGUAAAAUACACAUUUGAAGCUGAGGAUAAACGAACAAGUGCCAAGCUAAUUAUUGAAGGUAUCCGCCUGAAAUUCCUUACUCCUCUCAAGGAUGUAACAAAGAAGGAGAGAGAAACUGCAGAGUUCACUGUGGAACUCUCCCAUGAAAACAUCUCUGUGGCCUGGUUCAAGAAUGACCAACGAUUACAUACCAGCAAAGUGGUUUCAAUGACAGACGAUGGCAAAUUCCAUACGCUCACAAUCAAAGAUCUUACUAUUGAUGAUACUUCUCAGAUUAAAGUAGAAGCUAUGGGAAAAUUCUCAGAAGCUAAACUCACUGUUCUUGAGGGAGACCCUUACUUCACUGGGAAGCUGCAGGAUUACACUGCUGUAGAGAAAGAUGAAGUAAUCUUACAAUGUGAAAUCAGCAAAGCAGAUGCCCCAGUGAAAUGGAUGAAGGACGGCAAUCCAAUUACUGCAUCAAAGAAUGUUGUUAUUAAGGCUGAUGGUAAAAAGAGAAUCCUUAUUCUCAAGAAAGCUUUGAAGAAAGACAUUGGACAGUACACUUGUGACUGUGGUACUGAUCAAACCUCUGCCAAACUUGAUAUUGAAGACCGGGAUAUUGAGAUUGUACGGCCACUAUACAGUGUGGAGGUGAUUGAGACAGAGACUGCCCAUUUUGACAUUGAAAUCUCUGAGGAAGGUGUCCAUGGCAAUUGGAAGCUAAAAGGAGAACCCCUGACUGAAUCAGCCGAAUGUGAAAUCAAGGAGGAAGGAAAAAAGCACUUCCUUACACUGUACAAUGUACGCUUAGAUCAAGCUGGUGGAGUAGAUUUCCAAGCAGCAAAUGCCAAGUCUGGUGCUCACCUUCGAGUGAAACCUCGAGUAAUUGGCUUGCUGAGACCCCUCAAGGAUGUAACAGUGACAGCUGGGGAAUCAGCAACCUUCGAUUGCGAACUCUCUUACGAGGGAAUCCCAGUAGAAUGGUUCCUGAAAGGAAAGAAACUGGAGCCCAGUGAUAAGGUUGUGACCCGUGCUGAAGGGAGAGUUCACACGCUUGUUCUUAGAGAUGUCAAGUUAACAGAUGCAGGAGAGGUAUCACUGACAGCAAAAGAUUUCAGAACUCAAGCAAACCUUUUUGUGAAAGAACCCCCAGUUGAAUUUACUAAACCACUUGAGGACCAGACUGUUGAAGAGGAGGCCACUGCAGUACUGGAAUGUGAAGUUUCCAGGGAAAAUGCAAAAGUUAAAUGGUUCAAAAACGGAGAAGAAAUUCACAAAUCAAAGAAGUAUGAUAUAAUUUCUGAUGGCAGGGUCAGAAAACUCAUCAUCCACGGCUGCACACUGGAUGAUGCAAAAACAUAUGCCUGUGAUGCUAAGGACUUUAAGACAUCAUGUUUUCUCAAUGUGGAGCCUAUUCGCGUUGAGUUCCUGAAACCUCUGACUGACCUUGAGGUUAAAGAAAAACAAUCUGCUCGGUUUGAAUGUGAGAUUUCUCGUCCAAAUGUCAAGGUGAAGUGGUUUAAGGAUGGCGUGGAAAUUAGAAAAGGCAAAAAGUAUGACAUAAUUUCUAAAGGUGCAGAACACAUUCUUGUCAUCAGUAAAUGUGUCUUUGAUGAUGAAGCUGAAUAUUCCUGUGAAGCAAAAACAGCUCGAACUUCUGGCCUACUUACAGUGAUAGAGGAAGAGGCCGUUUUCACAAAAAAUCUUCCUGACCUUGAAGUAAAUGAAGGUGACACUGUAAAAUUGAUCUGUGAAGUUUCAAAGCCUAAUGCUGAAGUUACUUGGCUUAAAGGAGAUGAAGAGGUGCCUGAUGGUGGUAGAUUUGAACACAUUGCUGAUGGUAGAAAGAGAAUUCUUGUUAUACAUAAUGCUCAUCCUGAAGAUGCUGGCAAAUACACUUGCAAGCUCCCAAGCUCAAGUACGACAGGGAAACUUACUGUACAUGAACUUGCAGCAGAAUUUCUUACCAGACCACAAAAUCUUGAGGUGCUUGAAGGAGAAAAAGCUGAAUUUGUCUGUUCAGUAUCCAAAGAAGCCAUUACAGUACAGUGGCUGAGGGGUGACACAGUCCUGGAGCCUGGUGAUAAGUACGACAUCAUUUCAGAUGGCAAAAAGAGAACACUUGUGGUUAAAGACUCUAUUCUAGGAGAUACAGGAAUGUAUACUGUGAUGGUUGGUGAUGCUAAAGCUACAGCACACUUAGCAGUGAUUGAAAAACUCAAGAUUAUAACUCCUCUUAAGGACCAAGAAGUUAAUGAGUGUCAAGAAAUUAUCUUCAACUGUGAAGUCAAUAAAGAGGGUGCCAAAGAGAAAUGGUACAAAAAUGAUGAGGCAAUAUUUGAUAGUGCAAAGUACAUUAUUGUUCAGAAGGGUGUAGUCUACACUCUCAGAAUCAGAGAUGCAGAGUUGAAAGAUCAAGCUACCUACACCAUCUCACUGACAAACCAGAGAGGUGAACACGUUAAAAGCUCUGCUGCCUUAAAAGUAUUAGAGGAGGAUCUCAGAAUUGUUGAGCCCCUUGAAGACAUUGAGACCAUGGAAAAGAAAACCGUCACAUUCUGGUGCAAAGUCAAUCGCCUUAAUGCAACUCUCAAAUGGACAAAGAAUGGAGAAGAGAUCACGUUUGACAGGCGCAUUUUGUACAAAAUUGAUAAAUUCAAGCACUCAUUGAUCAUUAAAGACUGUGGGUUUAUAGAUGAAGGUGAAUACACUGUUACUGCUGGACAAGACAAAUCAGUUGCAGAGCUUAUCAUCACAGAAGCGCCAGCAGACUUCACUGAACAUCUUCAGGACCAGACUGUCACUGAAUUUGAUGAUGCUGUCUUUACGUGCCAGCUUUCCAAAGAGAAAGUCAGUGUAAAAUGGUACAGAAAUGGAAGAGAAAUCAAAGAAGGCAAAAAAUACCAAUUUGAAAAGGAUGGAAAUCUGCACAGAUUAAUCAUAAAAGACUGUAGACUAGAUGAUGAGUGUGAAUAUUCCUGUGGAGUGGAUGACAGGAGAUCUAAGGCAAGACUUUUUGUUGAAGAAAUCCCCGUUGAGAUUAUUCGACCACCACAAGAUAUUUAUGAAGCUCCUGGUGCAGAUGUCAUCUUCAUGGCUGAAUUGAACAAAGAUGGUGUGGAGGUCAAGUGGUUGAGAAACAACAUGAUUAUCAUCCAAGGUGACAAACAUCAGAUGAUGAGUGAAGGGAAGGUCCACAGGUUGCAGGUGUGUGACAUAAAGCCCCGUGACCAAGGGGAAUACAGAUUUAUCGCCAAAGAUAAGGAAGCUAGAGCUAAGCUUGAAUUAGCUGCUGCACCUAAAAUCAAGACUGGUGAUCAAAACCUUGUGGUUGAUGUUGGGAAGCCUUUAACUAUGACUGUCCCGUAUGAUGCCUACCCAAGAGCAGAAGCUGAAUGGUUGAAAGCAGGGGAAAGUCUGCCCACAACAACUGUUGAUACAACAACUGACUGCACUACCUUCAAAAUUCAUGAAGCAAAGAAAUCAGAUAAGGGAAGGUACAGGGUUGUGCUUCGAAACAAACAUGGCCAGGCAGAAGCAUUCAUCAAUGUAGAGGUCAUUGAUGUUCCAGGUCCAGUUAGAAACUUGGAAGUCACUGAAACUUAUGAUGGUGAAGUUGGUCUCGCAUGGCAAGAACCAGAAAGUGAUGGUGGAAGUAAAAUCAUAGGCUACGUCGUUGAAAGACGUGAUAUCAAGCGUAAGACCUGGAUUGUGGUCACAGAUCGUGCUGAAAAUUGUGAAUACACUGUUACUGGACUUCAGAAAGGAGGAGUUGAAUACCUCUUCCGUGUUAGUGCACGCAACAGAGUGGGCACUGGUGAGCCAGUGGAAACAGACACACCUGUGGAAGCUAAGAGCAAAUUUGAUGUUCCUGGUCCUCCUCAAAAUGUAGAAGUUACUGAUGUGAACAGGUUUGGAGCCACACUUAGCUGGGAACCACCUGAGUAUGAUGGAGGAUCUCCGAUUACUGGCUACGUUAUUGAACUGCGUAACAGAGCUACCAUCAGAUGGGAGCCGACUAUGACCACAGGGGCUGAUGAACUGUCAGCUGUCCUGACUGAUGUUGUGGAAAAUGAAGAAUAUUUCUUCAGAGUAAGAGCUCAAAACAUGGUUGGAGUUGGCAAACCAAGUCCUGCUACACGUGCAGUAAAAAUCAUGGACCCAAUAAAGAGACCAAGUCCUCCCAUUAACCUUGAGCACUCAGAUCAAACUAAGUCAUCAGUUCAGCUCACAUGGGAACCUCCUCUCGAAGACGGAGGAAGUCCAAUCUUAGGCUAUAUUGUUGAAAGGCAAGAGGAAGGAACAGACAAGUGGAUUCGUUGUAAUCCUAAACUAGUACCUGCUCUUACUUUUAAGGUAACUGGAUUGAAACAAGGAUCCAGUUAUUACUACAGAGUCUCAGCAGAAAAUGCAGCUGGUGUGUCUGACCCAGCAGAGGCUAUUGGGCCAUUAACUGCAGAUGAUACUUUUGUUGGACCUACAAUGGACCUAAGUGCAUUUAAGGAUGGGCUGGAAGUUAUUGUUCCAGAGCCAAUCAAGAUCCAUGUUCCCACCACUGGGUACCCUGUGCCAACUGCCACAUGGUCUUUUGGUGACCAAGUCUUAGAAGAGGGUGAUCGUGUGAAAAUGAAGACCACUGCCUCCUUUGCAGAACUUGUAAUUACUCCGAGUGAGCGCCCAGACAAGGGAAUUUAUUACUUAACAUUAAAAAACCCUGUGUCAUCUGUUUCAGGAGAAAUUAAUGUUAAUGUCAUUGCCUGUCCAAGUGCACCAAGAGAACUCAAUGUUUUAGAAGUACUCAGGAGUACAGUACAGCUCGCAUGGGAACCUCCAGAAGAUGAUGGCGGAAGUCCAGUUACUGGCUAUAUAAUUGAAAAACGUGAAGUAAGCCGGAAAACAUGGAUCAAAGUUAUGGAUCAUAUUGUUGACCAAGAGUUCACUGUACCUGACCUUGUCCAAGGGAAAGAAUAUUUAUUCAGAGUUUCUGCAUGCAAUAAAUGUGGCCCUGGAGAACCUGCAUAUAUUGAUGAACCUGUAAAUAUGUCAAUACCAGCAACGGUUCCCGACCCACCAGAAAAUGUUAAAUGGAGAAAUCCAACAUCAAAAGGAAUCUUCCUAACAUGGGAGCCUCCCAAAUAUGAUGGUGGUGCCCGCAUUAAGGGUUAUCUGGUAGAAAAAUGCCAACGUGGUACAGACAAGUGGGAGAUAUGUGGGGAGCCUGUUAUUGAAACAAAAAUGGAAGUAACAAAGCUCAAGGAGGGAGAGUGGUAUGCUUAUCGGGUUAAGGCUUUGAACAGAAUGGGAGCAAGUAGGCCAAGUAAGCCAACUGAUGAUAUUCAGGCCAUUGAUUCAAAAGAGGCUCCAGAAAUUUUCUUAGAUGUGAAGCUUCUUGCUGGACUCACUGUGAAAGCUGGAACCAAAAUUGAGCUGCCAGCUAAAGUAACUGGAAAGCCUGAGCCCCAGAUUACUUGGACCAAAGCUGAAAAAAUUUUGAGACCUGACAACAGAAUCACCAUUGAAAGCCAGCCUAAUCAUUCUACAGUCACUAUUACAGACAGCAAGAGGAGUGACAGUGGAACCUAUAUUAUAGAAGCUGUGAAUUCCAGUGGACGUGCUACUGCUGUUGUUGAAGUUAAUGUUCUUGAUAAACCUGGUCCACCAGCUGCAUUUGAUGUAUCAGAAAUUACAAAUGAAUCCUGCCUUCUGACAUGGAAUCCUCCACGAGAUGAUGGGGGUUCUAAAAUUACCAACUACGUCCUUGAGAAAAGAGCUACAGACAGUGAAAUAUGGGACAAGUUGUCAUCGACUAUUAAAGACACAAAAUUCAGAGCUACUAAUUUAACUCCUCAUAAAGAAUAUGUGUUUCGAGUCAGUGCUGAGAACAUGUAUGGUGUUGGGGAGCCAGCACAGUGCAGCCCCAUCAUUGCCAAAUAUUCAUUUGAUCCACCAGGCCCUCCAACAGGUCUCAAGCCUACAGAGGUCACUAAAGAUUCAGUCACUUUAACAUGGAAUGAACCAGAUGAAGAUGGUGGCAGCCCCAUAACUGGAUACUGGGUUGAAAGAUAUGAUCCUGAGCAGGAUAAAUGGAUAAAAUGCAACAAAAUGCCAGUGAAAGAUACAACAUUCAAAGUUAAAGGUCUUACAAAUAAGAAGAAAUAUAAGUUCCGAGUCUUGGCAGAGAAUCUUGCAGGACCUGGAAAACCAAGCAAGGAAACAGAGCCAAUCUUAGUGAAAGAUCCAAUCGAUCCACCAUGGCCUCCCGGAAAGCCAACUGUGAGAGAUGUUGGCAAGACAUUCCUAACCCUGAAUUGGACAAAGCCAGAACACGAUGGAGGGGCAAAGAUUGAAUCUUACGUUAUUGAACUGCAGAAGACUGGAACCGACGAGUGGGUGAGAGUGGCUGAAGGAGUUCCCACAACUGAACACUUCCUCAAAGAUCUUAUGGAGAAACAAGAAUAUUCAUUCCGUGUAAGAGCUGUGAACAGGGCUGGCGAGAGUGAGCCCAGUGAACCCAGUGACCCUGUGCUGUGCAAGGAGAGGCUCUACCCUCCUUCACCACCCCGGUGGCUUGAAGUUAUUAAUAUUACUAAAAACACAGCAGAUCUUAAAUGGACAGUACCAGAAAAAGAUGGGGGUUCCCCAAUUACCAACUACAUUGUUGAAAAAAGAGAUGUAAGGCGGAAAGGUUGGCAGACAGUUGACACGACAGUGAAAGAUACCAAGUACACAGUGAGCCCACUGACUGAAGGCUCAUUGUAUGUGUUCCGUGUGGCUGCUGAAAAUGCCAUUGGACAGAGUGACUACUGUGAAAUUGAGGACUCAGUGCUUGCUAAAGAUACCUUCACAACCCCUGGACCUCCAUAUGCCCUUACAAUAGUUGAAGUGAAAAAAGGCCAUGUUGAUUUAAAAUGGGAGCCACCUAAGAAUGAUGGUGGCAGACCGAUUCAAAGAUAUGUUAUUGAAAAGAAGGAAAAGUUAGCCACUCGCUGGGUAAAAGCUGGGAAGACAGCUGGUCCAGAUUGCAAUUUCAGAGUGACAGAUGUCAUUGAAGGUACAGAUGUACAGUUCCAGGUUCGUGCAGAAAAUGAAGCUGGAUGUGGUCAUCCCAGUGAACCAACUGAACUUGUCCAUAUUGAAGAUCCAACAAGCCCUCCUUCACCUCCUCAGGAUUUACAUGUCACAGAUGCAGGCCGAAAGCACAUUUGCAUUGCAUGGAAACCUCCUGAGAAGAAUGGUGGUAGUCCUAUUAUUGGAUACAAUGUUGAGAUGUGCGAAGCAGGAACAGAAAAAUGGAUGCGAAUCAAUUCUCGUCCAAUUAAAGAUCUAAAGUGUAAAGUGGACGAGGGUGUUGUUCCAGACAAGGAAUAUGUGCUAAGAGUCAGAGCUGUCAAUGCUGUUGGAGCUAGUGAGCCAUCAGACAUCUCAGAAAAAGUUGUUGCCAAGGACCCAGACUGUAACCCAACCAUUGAUCUAAAAACUCGUGACAUUGUUGUUGUUAAAGGACAGAAACUAAGUAUCCCUGUACCCUUCAGAGCUGUUCCAUCCCCAGCUAUAACAUGGCACAAAGACGGCAGAGAGUUGAAAGCUGGUGACAGAACAACAAUGAAGAGUGACUAUACCUCUGCAUUGCUUGAAGUGAUAGACAGUGUUCAUGCUGAUGCUGGUGUUUAUACUAUUACACUCGAGAACAAGCUGGCAUCAACAACUGGUUCAGUCAAUGUCAAAGUCAUAGGUCCACCUGGACAGUGUAAAGACAUUAAGGCAAGCGAAGUAACUAAGAAUUCUUGCAAGGUAUCCUGGGAGCCUCCAGACUUUGAUGGUGGUACUCCUAUUUUGCAUUAUGUUCUGGAACGCAGGGAAGCAGGUCGUAAAACAUACAUCCCAGUCAUGUCUGGUGAAAAUAAGCUUUCAUGGCAAGUCAAAGAUCUUAUCCCCAACUGUGAAUAUUACUUCCGUGUUAAAGCUGUCAAUAAGAUUGGAGGAGGUGAUUAUCUUGAACUAAGAAACCCAAUCAUUGCAGAAGACCCGAAACAGCCCCCAGAUCCACCUGUCGACCUUGAAGUCCAUAAUCCAACAUCAAAAUCAGUAACUCUUACAUGGAAACCACCCCUGUUUGAUGGUGGAAGCAAGAUCAUGGGCUAUAUAAUAGAAAAGCUUGCUAAGGGCAAGGAGAGGUGGGAGAGAUGCAAUGACUAUCUGGUACCCUUACUAACUUACCCAGUGAAAGGCCUUGAGGAAGGAAAGGAAUAUCAGUUCCGUGUUCGUGCUGAGAAUGCUGCUGGCAUCAGCGAGCCUUCUCGGAUUACUCCUUUUGUGAAAGCUGUGGAUCCUAUUGAGGCUCCAAAAGUCUUUCUUGCUGCAAACCUACAGUCUGGCCUUGAGGUGAAGAGAGGUGAUGAGAUCAUACUUGAGGCACAUAUUUCAGGAUCACCCUAUCCAUCUAUCACUUGGCUGAGGAAUGAUGAAGUUAUCAGACCAGAGGAUAUCAAAAAGAGAGUAAUAGUACCUAAAAAGAAGAAGGGUGAAGCUGAAGAAGAGAAACCUUUCCAGCUUUCACUGCCAGAACGUAUGAGUGUAGACAACCAUAAGGAAGGAGAGUCUAUACUAUCAAUUCGUGACUCCAUCAGAGCUGACCAUGGCACAUUUACAAUUAAAGUAGAAAAUGAUCAUGGAGUUGCAAAAGCCUCAUGUGAAGUCAAUGUGUUGGAUACACCCGGGCCUCCAGUCAACUUUGUAUUUGAAGAUUUGAGGAAAAAUUCUGUCAUUUGCAAGUGGGAGCCUCCCCUUGAUGAUGGUGGAAGUGAAAUCCUGAACUAUGUACUGGAAAAGAAAGACAAUACAAAAGCUGAAAUGGGCUGGGUAACUGUCAGUGCAACACUCAGGCAUUGCAAAUUCCAUGUAACAAAACUGAUUGAAGGAAAAGAAUAUCUAUUCCGCGUAUUUGCUGAAAAUAGAGUUGGAGCAGGACCACCAUGUGUUUCAAAACCAAUGACAGCUAAAGAUCCUUUCUCUCCACCAGAUGCACCUAAUAAGCCUGAUGUGGAAGAUGUAACCAGCAACAGUAUGCUGGUUAAGUGGAACGAACCAAAAGAUAAUGGCAGCCCUAUCAUAGGAUACUGGAUUGAAAAACGUGAAAUUAAUAGUACUCAUUGGGCUCGGGUCAACAGGAACCUUGUGAAUGCUCUGGAAGUAAAAGUUGAAGGACUGUUGGAAGGUUUAACUUAUAUCUUUAGAGUAUGUGCUGAAAAUGCAGCUGGCCCUGGUAAAUUUAGUCCACCAUCAGAUCCAAAAACUGCACAGGACCCAAUAAUGCCACCUGGUCCACCGAUUCCAAGGAUUGCUGAUACAAGUGCAACGUCUAUUGAGCUAGAAUGGGCACCUCCUGUGUACAAUGGUGGUGGAGAUAUCACCGGUUACCACGUGUACAAACAACUGGUGGGAGUAAAUGAGUGGUCACGAUGUACAGCGAAACCCAUUAAGGUUCUACAGUUUACUGUUGGAGAAGUCAGAGAAGGUGCAGACUAUAAACUCCGUGUUACUGCACUCAAUGCAGCUGGCGAAGGACCACCUGGGGAAACUGAACCCGUAACUGUUGCAGAACCUAAAGAACCUCCCACUGUUGAGCUGGAUGUUUCUGUGAAAGCAGGCAUUCAGGUCAUGGCUGGGCAGACUAUUAAAAUUCCUGCUACUGUGACAGGGCGUCCUACUCCCACCAUUGUAUGGGCUGUGGAGGAGGGUGAAUUAGACAAAGAUCGAGUUGUUAUUGAAAAUGUCGGCACAAAAUCUGAGUUAACCAUUAAGAAUGCAUUGAGAAAAGACCAUGGAAGAUAUGUAAUUACUGCUACCAAUAGCAGUGGUUCAAAAUCUGCAGGAACCAGAGUAGAAGUAUUUGAUGUUCCCGGACCAGUCCUUGACCUAAAGCCAGUGGUCACAAACAGAAAGAUGUGUUUGCUUAACUGGUCUGAUCCUGAAGAUGAUGGUGGCAGUGAAAUCACAGGCUUCAUUGUUGAAAGGAAGGAUGCCAAAAUGCAUACAUGGAGACUGGCUGUAGACACAGACAGAUCUAAAUGUGAUAUUACAGGUCUAAUUGAAGGGCAGGAAUACAAAUUCCGUGUUAGUGCCAAGAACAAAUUUGGUACUGGUCCACCUGUUGAAAUAGGACCCAUUCUUGCAGCUGAUCCAUUAGGUCCUCCAACAGCACCUGAGAGGUUCAUGUACACAGAGAGGACAAAGUCAUCCAUUACACUUGAUUGGAAGCCACCACGCAGUGAUGGUGGCAGUCCCAUCUUAGGUUAUAUUGUUGAGAAGAGGAGACAUGAUUCAAAAGAUUAUGAAAGAGUUAAUGCAAGGCUCUGUCCAAAAACAUCUCUUCUCGUUGAUAAACUGGAUGAACUUCAUAUGUAUGAAUUCCGUGUGAAAGCUGUCAAUGCGAUUGGAGAAAGUGAGCCAUCACUGCCCCUCAAUGUAGUUAUACAGGAUGAUGAAGUACCUCCAGCUGUUACGUUGCGUUUGGCUGUGAGAGGAGAUACUAUCAAAGUCAAGGCAGGAGAACCAGUUAACAUUCCUGCUGAUGUAACAGGUCUGCCAAUGCCGAAGAUUGAAUGGGACAAGAACGAAGUUUUAAUUGACCAAACAUCCGAUGCACUUAAGAUAACCAAGGAAGAGAUAUCUAGAAGCGAGGCAAAAACUGAACUUAUCCUGCCUGCAGCAGUGAGGGAUGAUAAAGGCACUUACACUGUGAGAGCGUCCAAUCGUCUUGGCACUGCAUUUCGCAAUGUGCAUGUCGAAGUGUAUGAUCGUCCUUCUCCACCAAGAAAUCUUGCAGUUUCUGAUAUUAAAGCAGAAUCAUGCUAUUUAACAUGGGAUGCACCUCUUGAUAAUGGUGGUAGUGAAAUUACCCAUUACAUUAUUGAAAAACGUGAUGCUAGUAAGAAGAAAUCUGAGUGGGAAGAAGUCUCCAAAGGCGCUGUUGAGAGAAGAUUUGGGGUAUGGAAUCUUGCAACAAAUGAAAAAUAUCAGUUUAGAGUCCGGGCUGUAAACAAAUAUGGAAUAAGUGAUGAAUGCCUCUCAGAGAAAGUUGUUAUUAAGGAUCCCUAUGGUCUUCCUGGACCUCCUGGAAAGCCAAAAGUUUUAGAUCGCACCAGAUCAUCUAUGUUGGUGACUUGGGAGCCUCCUUUGGACAAUGGUGGCAGCCCAAUAACUGGCUAUUGGUUGGAGAAGAGAGAGGUGGGAGGCGUCUACUGGACACGUGUCAACAGGGCUCCAGUAACAAAACCAUCAGUAAAAGGUCUAGAGCACAAUGUGCUUCGUUUGGCUGAAGGUGUCGAAUACCAGUUUAGAGUUAUGGCUGAAAAUCUUGCUGGAAUUGGCCCUCCCAGUGAACCAUCAGAUCCAGCUUUGGCAGCAGAUCCCAUAUUUGUGCCUGGUCCACCAUCUUGCCCAGAGGUCAAAGACAAAACCAAAUCAUCUGUAGCACUUGCAUGGAAGCCUCCCCAAAAGGAUGGUGGGAGUCCUAUAAAAGGAUAUAUUGUUGAAAUACAAGAUGAAGGUAGUACUGAGUGGAAGAAGGUGAAUGAAGGAGACAAACUCUUUCCUACUUGCGAAUGUGUUGUUCCCAACUUGAAAGAGCUCAGAAAAUACCGAUUUAGGGUGAAAGCUGUAAAUGCUGCUGGAGAAUCAGAACCAAGUCCUGCAACAUCAGAGAUACCUGUCCAAGAUAUUCUAGAGGAACCAGAAAUCUUCCUUGAUCUUGGAGCACAGGAUUUGCUCUCUUGUCGUGCUGGCACAACAAUUAAAAUCCCAGCUGUUAUCAAGGGUCGUCCAGUUCCUAGAACAUUUUGGGAGUAUGAAGGAAAAGCAAAAACAGCAGCAAAGGAGGGAGGUCAUAAUGUACCUGAAGAAGCUCAGGUGAAAGCAACUGAUACACGUUCAGAGAUUAUCAUCCCUGACUGCAACAGAAGUCAUUCUGGACGAUACAGUAUUACAGCAAAGAACAAAGCAGGACAAAAAACAGUGCACGUCAGAGUCAAUGUGCUUGAUGUCCCUGGUCCACCAAAAGACCUAAAAGUAAGUGAUAUCACAAGAGGUAGCUGUAAACUUUCAUGGAAGAUGCCAGAUGAUGAUGGUGGAGAUAGAAUCAGAGGCUAUGUUAUAGAGAAAAGAAAUAUUGAGGGGAAGGCCUGGACUAAAGUCAAUCCAAACUGUGGCAGUACUUCCUUUGUGGUACCUGAUCUCAUAGCUGGCCAAGAGUAUUUCUUCCGGGUACGUGCAGAAAACCGUUUUGGAGUUGGCCCUCCUGCAGAAACCAUCCAGCGGACCACAGCCAGGGAUCCAAUUCAUCCUCCUGAUCCACCUAUUAAACUGAGGAUUGGCCUUGUAACCAAGAACACAGUGAGCCUGACGUGGAAACCACCAAAGAAUGAUGGUGGAGCUCCUGUUACACAUUAUAAUGUUGAAUGUCUCCGCUGGGAUCGUACUGGAGAAGUGAAAGAGUCUUGGAAGCAAUGCAACAGACGUGAUGUGGAAGAAACAAAGUUUACUGUUGAGGAUCUUGUAGAAGGUGGAGAAUAUGAAUUCAGAGUCAAAGCUGUAAAUAUAGCAGGUCCUAGCAGACCUUCAGCCACUGUUGGCCCACUUGUUGUCAAAGACCAGACGUGUCCACCAUCUAUUGAGCUCAAAGAAUUUAUGGAAGUUGAAGAGGGAACAGAUGUUAAAAUUGUGGCCAAGAUAAAGGGUGUACCCUUCCCCACAUUAACAUGGCUAAAAGCUUCUCCAAAGAAACCAGGUGACAAAUCACCAGUGGUGUAUGAUCAACAUGUCAACAAGAUCGUUGAUGAAGAUACUUGCACUUUAUUGAUCCAACAGUCUCGUAGAAAUGAUACAGGCUUAUAUACUAUAACAGCUGUAAAUAAUUUGGGAACUGCUUCAAAGGAGAUGCGGCUGAAUGUUCUGGGUCGUCCUGGACCUCCAGUAGGACCUAUUAAAUUUGAAUCCAUUUUGGCUGAUAAAAUGACAAUAUCAUGGCUUCCUCCAUUAGAUGAUGGUGGUUCUAAGAUUACGAAUUAUGUUAUAGAGAAAAAAGAAGCAAAUAGGAAGACAUGGGUACCUGUUACUAAUGAGCCUAAGGAAUGCAUAUUCACUGUUCCCAAGUUGAUGGAAGGCCAUGAAUAUGUGUUCCGCAUUAUGGCACAAAACAAAUACGGUAUUGGAGAACCUUUGGAUAGUGAGCCAGAAACAGCACGAAACCUUUUCACUGUCCCUGGACCUUGUGACAAGCCAACAGUUAGCAGUAUAACACGUGACUCAAUGACUGUAAACUGGGAAGAACCAGAGCAUGAUGGUGGCUCUCCUAUUACUGGUUACUGGUUGGAGCGCAAAGAGACCACCGGAAAGAGAUGGACCAGGGUUAACAGAGAUCCUAUCAAGCCUAUGGCACUGGGGGUUUCAUACAAAGUUACAGGCCUUAUUGAAGGCUCUGAAUAUCAGUUCCGUGUUUCAGCUAUCAAUGCGGCUGGUGUUGGCCCACCAAGCAUGCCAUCUGAUCCAGCACUUGCUAGAGAUCCUAUUGCCCCACCUGGCCCUCCUAUACCAAAAGUGACUGAUUGGACAAGGUCUUCUGUAGACUUGGAGUGGACUCCACCAGUAAAGGAUGGUGGUUCUAGAGUCACUGGCUACAUUGUUGAGUUUAAAGAGGAAGGAAAGGAAGAGUGGGAACGGGUAAAAGAUAAAGAAAUUAGAGGAACCAAGUUUGUUGUGACAGGAUUAAAAGAAGGCUGUUUUUACAAAUUUAGAGUUAGAGCAGUAAAUGCUGCUGGCAUUGGAGAACCUGGAGAAGUUACAGACAUUAUUGAAAUGAAGGACAGAAUUGUGGCUCCUGAUAUUAAUUUGGAUGCAAGUGUCAGGGACAGAAUUGUUGUUCAUGCUGGAGGAGUAAUUCGGAUCAUAGCAUAUGUCUCAGGAAAACCACCUCCAACGGUGACUUGGAGCAGGGAUGAGCAUGCUCUGCCAGAAGAAGCCAAAAUUGAAGAAACAGCUAUUAGUUCUUCUUUAGUCAUCAAGAAUUGCAAAAGGAGUCACCAGGGUUUAUACACUCUUCUUGCUAAAAAUGACGGUGGUGAGAGGAAGAAGACAAUUAUUGUUGAUGUGCUAGAUGUGCCAGGCCCAGUUGGAAUGCCACUCCUUACGGAGAAUCUAACCAAUGACUCUUGUAAAUUGUCAUGGUUUGCUCCAGAAGAUGAUGGUGGUUCUCCUAUUACCAACUAUAUAAUUGAAAAACGUGAAUCUGACCAUAGAGCUUGGACUCCAGUGACCUGCACAGUUACAAGACAGAAUGCUACUAUUCAGGGACUCAUUCAAGGGAAAGCCUACUUUUUCCGAAUUGCAGCUGAAAAUAUAAUUGGCAUGGGUCCUUUCACAGAAACAACAAAAGAGAUUCUCAUUAGAGAUCCAAUAACUGUUCCUGACCGUCCAGAAGACCUGGAAGUAAAAGCAGUCACCAAGAACUCUGUUACACUAACUUGGAACCCUCCAAAAUAUAAUGGAGGCUCAGAUAUCACCAUGUACGUUCUAGAGAGCCGUCUCAUUGGAAAAGACAAAUUCCACAAAGUUACAAAGGAGAAAAUGCUUGAUAGGAAAUUCACUGUAGAAGGCUUGAAAGAGGGUGACACCUAUGAGUAUCGUGUGAGUGCUUGCAAUAUUGUAGGGCAAGGCAAGCCAUCAUUUUGCACUAAACCAAUCACGUGCAAGGAUGAAAUUGCUCCUCCCACACUUGACCUUGACUUUAGAGACAAACUUAUUGUCCGAGUUGGUGAAGCUUUCAGCUUGACUGGACGUUACUCAGGCAAGCCUGCACCAAAGGUUACUUGGCUAAAGGAUGAUAUUGUUGUGAAAGAAGAUGACCGAAUAAAGAUCAAGACAACUCCUACAACUCUUUGUUUGGGAGUACUAAAAUCUGUCCGCGAAGACACAGGCAAAUAUUGUGUUACUGUAGAGAACAGCACAGGAUCAAGAAAAGGAUAUUGUCAAGUUAAUGUUGUUGAUCGCCCAUCACCUCCAGUAGGCCCAGUUAUAUUUGAUGAAGUCUUUAAAGAUCAUAUGGUAGUUUCCUGGAAACCUCCGUUAGAUGAUGGAGGCAGUGAAAUUACAAAUUACAUAAUUGAGAAGAAGGAUGCACACAAAGACGUGUGGAUGCCAGUUACCUCUGCCACAGUGAAGACAACAUGCAAAAUUCCCAAGCUGCUUGAAGGAAGAGAAUACCAAAUUCGAAUUUAUGCUGAAAAUCUUUAUGGCAUAAGUGAUCCUCUCAUCUCUGAUGAGAUGAAAGCCAAGGACCGUUUCCGUGUUCCUGAUGCACCUGAGCAACCAAUCAUUAAGGAUAUAACCAAAGAUUCUGCAGUAGUGGUUUGGAACAAGCCAUAUGAUGGAGGCAAGCCAAUAACAAACUAUAUUGUAGAAAAGAAGGAAACAAUGGCUACAAGAUGGGUCAAAGUUACCAAAGACCCAAUUUUCCCCGGUACAAAGUUCAAAGUACCUGAUCUCCUUGAAGGCUGUCAAUAUGAAUUCCGUGUUUCAGCAGAAAAUGAAAUUGGCGUUGGUGAUCCUAGUCCACCAUCAAAGCCAAUUUUUGCUAGAGAUCCAAUCGCAAAACCAAGUCCACCGGUUAAUCCAGAAGCAGUAGAUAAAACUAAAAAUUCAGUUGAUUUAUCUUGGCAACCACCUCGCCAUGAUGGAAAUAGCAAGAUAAUUGGCUAUCUUAUAGAGUAUCAGAAAGUUGGAGAUGAAGAGUGGAAACAGGCUAAUCUUACAGCAGAUUCUUGUCCUGAAACAAACUACAAAGUCACUGGUCUUACUGAGGGAUUAACGUAUAAAUUCAGGGUCAAGGCAGUCAAUGCAGCAGGCGAAUCUGAUCCAGCGCAUGUUCCUGAUCCGGUGGAAGUAAAGGACAGGCUUGAACCUCCUGAGUUAAUACUUGAUGCUAAUAUGGCCCGAGAACAGCAUGUAAAAGCUGGAGAUACCCUGAGACUUAGUGCUGUUAUUAAGGGUGUUCCAUUCCCAAAAGUUACUUGGAAGAAAGAAGAUCAUGAGGUGUCACCCAAAGCUGAUAUUGAGGUUACAGGAGUUGGCAGUAAACUUGAAAUCCGUAACACUGUCCAUGAAGAUGGUGGAAUGUACUCCCUGACAGUUGAAAAUCCAGCUGGUUCAAAGACCGUUUCAGUAAAAGUUGUGGUCUUAGAUAAGCCUGGUCCACCCAGAAAUCUGAACGUCAGUGAUGUUAGAAGUGACUCCUGUUAUAUCACUUGGAUGGAACCAGAAGAUGAUGGCGGCUCUGUCAUUACCAACUAUGUGGUGGAGAGGAGAGAUGUAGCUUCUGCACAGUGGGUAGCCAUCUCAUCAUCCUCCAAGAAACGCAGUCAUAUGGCUAAAUAUCUCAUGGAAGGCACUCAGUAUCUCUUCCGAGUUGCAGCUGAGAAUCAAUAUGGUAGAGGUCCAUAUGUGGAAACGCUUAAACCUAUCAAAGCUAUAGAUCCACUGCAUCCUCCAGGGCCACCAAAGAAUCUGCAUCAUGUAGAUGUUGACAAGACUGAAGUUUCCCUUGUUUGGAAUCGACCAGAUCGUGAUGGUGGUGCUGAGAUAACUGGGUAUUUGGUGGAAUAUCAAGAAGAUGGUGCAGAUGAAUGGACUAAGUUCCAGACAGUCCCUAUGCUAGACUGUGUUGUUACAGGCCUACAGAAAGGAAAAAUAUACAAAUUCCGUGUGAGAGCUCAGAACAUUGUUGGUCUUAGCCUUCCAGAUACAACUAUACCAAUAGAGUGCCAAGAAAAACUAGUACCUCCAUCUGUGGAUCUAGAUGUGAAGUUAAUUGAAGGUCUCGUUGUUAAGGCUGGCACCACAGUGCGCCUUCCAGCGAUUAUGAGAGGUGUGCCAGUUCCCACAGCAAAAUGGGUUACUGAUGACACUGAAAUUAAACCAGAUGGCAAAUACAAGAUUGAGACUGACAAUUACUCAACUGUGCUUACUAUCAAAGACUGUGUAAGAAAAGAUACGGGAGAAUAUCUACUCACAGUAUCUAAUGCAGCUGGCAGCAAAACUGUGGCUCUGCACCUUACAGUUUUGGAUGUUCCAGGCCCACCAACUGGUCCUAUUAAUAUUCUUGAAGUAACACCGGAAUAUAUGGUUAUUUCUUGGCGUCCUCCUAAAGAUGAUGGUGGGAGUCCUAUAAUUAAUUAUAUUGUUGAGAAGCGUCAAUCAAAGAAAGAAACCUGGGGAGUGGUUAGCUCUGGAACAAGUCACACAAAAAUUAAGGUACCACGACUGCAGAAGGGCUGUGAAUAUAUUUUCCGUGUUCGUGCUGAAAAUAAGAUAGGCAUUGGUGCACCUCUGGAUUCAGAACCAACAGUUGCUAAAUACAUGUUUGAUCCACCAUCCCCACCUGGUAAACCAACUGUUUAUGAUAUUACAGAAAAUGCUGCAACAGUGUCUUGGACUCUACCAAAAUCUGAUGGUGGAACUCCAAUAACUGGUUAUAUACUUGAACGUCGGGAAGCAUCUGGUAAAUGGGUGCGUGUCAAUAAGUCACCUAUACUUGAUAUGAAAUACAGAGUCACUGGUCUUUUUGAAGGCAACACAUAUGAAUUCAGAGUUCUUGCAGAAAACAUGGUGGGCUUAAGCAAACCAUCUCCAAGCUCUGAUCCAAUAAAAGCAUCACGUCCUAUCACUCCUCCUGGACCACCUAUAAAUCCAAAGUUAAAAGACAAAACUAAAGAAUCAGCUGAUCUUGUGUGGACAAAGCCCCUCAAGGAUGGUGGCAGCCCAAUUCUGGGAUACAUUGUGGAAUGUCAGAAAACUGGAACUACACAGUGGAAUAGGAUUAAUAAGGAUGAACUCAUUAGACAGUGUGCUUUCAGAGUACCUGGAUUAAUAGAAGGAAAUGAAUAUAAGUUCCGAAUAAAAGCUGUCAACAUUGUGGGAGAGGGAGAACCAAGAGAACUACCAGAAACUGUACUUGCAAAGGAUAUUCUUGCUCCUCCAGAAGUAAGCCUAGAUGUGACCUGUCGAGACUUAAUUACUGUCCGAGUAGGUCAAACAAUACAUAUUACUGGUAAAGUAAAAGGUCGACCAGAUCCUGAAAUAACAUGGUCUAAAGAUGGCAAAGUAUUAGUCCAAGAAAAGCGUGUUGAAAUACUUCAUGAUCUACCUAAUGUUGAACUGCAAGUGAAAGAAGCCAAAAGAUCUGAUCAUGGCAAAUAUAUAAUAGCAGCUAAGAACAGCUGUGGACACGCUCAAGCUUUUGCUGUUGUUAAUGUACUUGACAGACCUGGACCAUGUCAGAACCUGAAAGUAAGCUAUGUCACAAAAGACUCUUGUAUGAUCUCUUGGGAGAGUCCAGUGGAUAAUGGUGGCUCUGAAAUUACAAAUUACAUAGUAGAAUACCGUCAACCAAAUCAGAGGGGAUGGUCAAUUGUCUCCUCUGAUAUUACUAAACGACUAGUAAAGGCAAAUCUUAUAGAGAACCGGGAAUACUUCUUCAGAGUUUGUGCAGAGAACAAAAUAGGUCCAGGUCCUUGCAUUGAGACCAAGACUCCUAUCCUUGCUAUUAAUCCUAUUGACAAGCCUGGAGAGCCAGAAAAUCUUCACAUUGCAGAGAAAGGAAAGACAUUUGUAUAUCUAAAAUGGAGAAGGCCAGAUUAUGAUGGUGGAAGUCCCAAUUUAAGUUAUCAUGUUGAGAGAAAACCGAAAGAUUCAGAUGAAUGGGAAAGAGUUCACAAAGGCAGCAUUAAGGAAACACACUACAUGGUAGAUAAAUGUGUGGAAAAUAAAAUUUACCAAUUCCGAGUUCAAACCAAGAAUGAGGCCGGUGAAAGUAACUGGGUAAAAACAGCUGAAGUUGUCGUGAAGGAAGAUCUCCAGAAACCAGUGCUAGAUUUGAAAUUAAGUGGGGUUCUAACUGUGAAAGCAGGUGACACAAUUAGAAUUGAGGCUGGAGUCAGAGGAAAACCACAGCCUGAAGUUGUAUGGACAAAAGACAAAGAUGCCACAGACCUCACCAGAUCUCCAAGAGUCAGUAUUGAAACAACUUCUGACACAUCUAAGUUUGUUCUCACAAAAUCAAGGCGUACUGAUGGUGGGAAAUACGUGAUUACUGCAACUAAUGCAGCUGGUAGCUUUGUAGCAUAUGCUACUGUUAUUGUCUUGGAUAAACCAGGUCCUGUACGAAACUUGAAAGUCACUGACAUUUCAAGUGAUAGAUGUACUGUUACUUGGGAUCCUCCAGAAGAUGAUGGUGGCUGUGAAAUACAGAACUACAUCCUGGAAAAAUGUGAAAGCAAACGUAUGGUUUGGUCUACAUACUCUUCCUCUGUCCUUACAAACUAUGCAAAAGUGACACGCCUCAUUGAAGGUAAUGAAUAUAUAUUCAGAGUGCGUGCAGAGAAUAAAAUAGGCACUGGCCCACCAACAGAAACACAUCCAAUUAUUGCAAAAACAAAGUAUGAUAGACCUGGACGCCCCGACCCUCCAGAAGUUACAAGAGUUAGCAAAGAAGAGAUGACUGUAGUUUGGAAUCCACCAGAAUACGAUGGUGGCAAAUCAAUUACAGGAUACAUUUUAGAGAAGAAAGAGAAACGGUCACUAAGAUGGGUUCCUGUUACUAAAACGCCAAUCCCAGAGAGACGCAAGAAGGUUACUAAUCUCUUCCCUGGUCAUGAGUACCAGUUCCGUGUCAGUGCUGAAAAUGAAGUCGGACUUGGAGAACCAAGCUUGCCAUCAAGACCUGUAAUAGCCAAAGACCCAAUAGAACCACCUGGUCCUCCAACAAACCUGAGAGUGGUUGAUAGCACAAAGACUUCCUUAACCCUUGGCUGGGGAAAACCAGUGUAUGAUGGUGGUGCUCCAAUUAUUGGGUAUGUUGUGGAAAUGAGACCAAAAGUUGAGGGUGCUGAUCCUGAAGCAGGAUGGAAACGAUGUAAUGUUGCUGCUCAAGUUAUUCAUACAGAAUUCACAGCUACCAGCCUGGAUGAGAAACAAUUGUAUGAGUUCAGGGUUUCUGCCCAAAACCAGGUUGGCCUUGGCCGACCAGCAGAAUUGAAAGAAGCUGUGUCUCCCAAGGAAAUUCUUGAACCUCCUGAGAUUGAGUUGGAUGCAAGCAUGAGAAAGUUAGUCAUAGUCAGAGCAGGAUGCCCUAUUAGACUUUUUGCCAUUAUUAGGGGUCGCCCAGCACCCAAAGUCACCUGGAGGAGAAUGGGCAUUGAUAAUGUUAUCAGAAAAGGACAAGUUGAUCUGGUUGACACUAUGGCCUUCUGUGUCAUUCCCAAUUCAACACGUGAUGACUCAGGCAAAUAUUCAUUGACACUUGUUAAUGCAGCUGGAGAAAAGGCUGUAUUUGUGAACGUCAGAGUUCUGGAUACUCCUGGACCUGUGUCAGACUUCAAGGUUUCAGAUGUUACCAAGAUGUCAUGCCAUCUUUCAUGGGCACCUCCAGAGAAUGAUGGGGGUAGCCCAGUGACUCAUUACAUCCUGCAGAAACGGGAGGCUGACAGGAAGACCUGGGCAACAGUCACAGCAGAACUAAAGAAAACUAGUUUCCAAAUAGCGAACCUUGUACCUGGAAAUGAAUAUUACUUUAGAGUAACAGCAGUAAAUGAAUAUGGGUCUGGUGUUCCAAGUGACAUACCAAAACCAGUUCUAGCAUCAGAUCCACUAAGUGAACCUGAUCCACCAAGAAAACUUGAAGUUACUGAAAUUACAAAGAAUAGUGCUACUUUAGGCUGGCUGCCACCACUUCGUGAUGGAGGCUCUAAAAUUGACGGAUACAUUGUUAGCUAUAAAGAGCAUGAUCAACCAGCAGAUCGCUGGACAGAAUAUUCAGUUGUUAAAGAUCUCUCCAUUGUUGUAGCUGGUCUGAAAGAAGGAAAGAAGUACAACUUUAGAGUGGCAGCUAGAAAUGCUGUAGGAGUAAGCUUGCCAAUAGAAGCUGCAGGAGAAUAUGAAAUUAAAGAACAACUCAUCCCACCUAAGAUUCUGAUGCCUGAUCAUGUUCACGUUAAAGCUGGAAAGAAACUGAGAAUCGAAGCUCAUGUAUAUGGGAAGCCUCAGCCAGUCUGUAAAUGGUUGAAAGGAGAUCAAGAUGUAGUUACAUCUAGUCGCCUUGCUGUGCACAAAGCAGAAAAGUCUUCUGUUCUUAUCAUUAAGGAUGUGACUAGAAAAGAUACUGAUUUUUACACUCUUACUGCAGAAAAUAGCUCUGGUACUGAUAGUCAGAAAAUCAGAGUGACAGUCAUGGAUAAACCAGGUCCGCCACAGCCUCCAUUUGAUAUUUCUGAAAUAGAUGCUGAUGCUUGCACUCUUUCAUGGCAUAUACCUCUUGAAGAUGGUGGCAGCAACAUUACAAACUAUGUAGUUGAGAAAUGUGAUGUAAGCCGAGGAGACUGGGUAACAGCUUUAUCUUCUGUCACAAAGACAAGCUGCAGAAUUGGAAAACUGAUUCCUGGAGAGGAGUAUAUGUUCCGUGUUCGUGCUGAAAAUCGUUUUGGGAUUUCUGAGCCACUUCCUUCUGGCAAGAUGAUCGCAAGGUUCCCAUUUGAUGUUCCCAGUGAACCAAAGAAUGCACGUAUUACCAAGGUCAAUAAGGACUGCAUUUUUGUUGCUUGGGAUAAACCAGACAGCGAUGGAGGCAGUCCAAUUACUGGUUAUCUCAUUGAGCGCAAAGAAAGGAACAGUUUGCUGUGGGUGAAAGCUAACGACACAGCUGUGCGCUCCACAGAAUACCCUUGUGUGGGCCUCAUCGAAGGUCUUGAGUAUGCUUUCAGAAUUUAUGCUUUGAACAGAGCUGGAGCAAGUAAACCUAGUAAACCAACUGAGUUUGUCACAGCAAGAGCACCAGUUGAUCCCCCUGGAAAACCUGAAGUUAUUGAUGUCACUAAGAGUACUGCAUCACUGGUAUGGACAAGGCCAAAGCAUGAUGGUGGUAGCAAACUUAUUGGCUACUUUGUGGAAGCUUGCAAAUUACCUGGUGAUAAAUGGGUUCGGUGCAAUACAACUCCACAUCAAAUACCCCUAGAAGAGUACACUGCAACUGGUUUGGAAGAAAAUGCUCAGUACCAGUUUAGAGCAAUUGCCAAGACAGCAGUUAACAUUAGCCAACCUUCUGAACCUUCUGAUCCAGUGACCAUUCAUCCAGAAAAUGUUCCUCCCAGAAUAGAGUUGGAUCUGUCUAUGCAAUCACAGCUUACAGUAAAAGCUGGAACUAAUGUGCGUCUGGAGGCAAACGUAUAUGGCAAACCAAUGCCAGCAAUCACCUGGAAGAAAGAAGGAGAAAUUUUAAAGCCAUCUGAAGGUGUUAAGAUCACCACAAAGAGAAAUCUUGCUACAGUUGAGUUGUUCAGUGUUAACAGGAAGCAAACAGGAGACUACACUAUUACUGCUGAAAAUGCAAGUGGAUCAAAGUCAGCAACCAUUAGGCUUAAAGUACUUGAUAAGCCUGGCCCACCAGCCUCUGUCAAAAUCAAACAUAUGUAUGCAGAUCGUGCGAUGCUUUCUUGGGAGCCUCCUCUGGAAGAUGGAGGUUCAGAAAUUACUAACUACAUUGUAGACAAGCGUGAAACAAGCAGACCUAACUGGGCCCAAGUCAGUGCCAAUGUACCCAUUACAAGCUGCACAGUGGAGAAACUAAUAGAAGGACAUGAGUAUCAGUUCCGCAUUUGUGCUGAAAACAAAUAUGGUGUUGGAGACCCCAUCUUAACUGAACCAGCAGUUGCUAAGAAUCCAUAUGAUGUACCUGGACCUUGUGAUCCACCAGUAAUUAGCAAUGUAACAAAAGACUUUAUGACUGUUAGCUGGAAGCCACCAGCUAGUGAUGGUGGAUCCCCAAUAACUGGUUAUAUACUGGAGAAGCGUGAAACGAAGGCUCUUAACUGGACAAAAGUUACCAGAAAGCCUGUCAUUGAGAGAACGGUUAAAGCUACUGGACUCCAAGAAGGAACAGAAUACGAGUUCCGGGUGAUAGCAUUGAAUAAGGCUGGACCUGGCAAGCCUAGUGCACCAUCAAAAGCAGUGUAUGCUCGUGAUCCUCAAUAUCCUCCUGGCCCACCUGCUUUCCCAAAAGUGGUUGAUACUACACGCAAUUCAAUAAGCCUGUCAUGGAGCAAACCAGCAUAUGAUGGAGGAAGCCCUAUUAUUGGUUAUCUAGUGGAAUCAAAAAGAGCUGACACAGACAACUGGGUCAGAUGCAAUCUACCCAAGAAUUUACAGGCUACACAAUUUGUGGUAACAGGGCUGAUGGAAGAUACAGAGUACCAGUUCCGUGUUUAUGCUGUCAAUAAGAUUGGAUACAGCGAUCCUAGUGAUGUUCCUGAUAAACACACUGCCAAAGACAUUUUAAUUCCACCUGAAGGAGAACUUGAUGCAGAACUAAGGAAAGUCCUUGUGUUGCGUGCUGGAGUCACAAUGAGACUUUAUGUGCCAGUAAGAGGACGUCCACCUCCUAAGAUUUCAUGGUCUAAAGUGGGUGCCAACCUAAGAGAUAGACAAGGAUUAGACAUCAAGUCAACUGAUUUUGAUACCUUCCUGCGUUGUGAAAAUGUAAAUAAAUAUGAUGCUGGAAAAUAUGUCCUCAGUCUGGAGAACAGCUGUGGCAAAAAGGCAUACACCAUUGUUGUAAAAGUACUUGAUACUCCAGGCCCACCUAUUAACCUGAUUGUAAAGGAAGCAUCUAAAGAUUCUGCCUUCAUUACAUGGGAACCUCCUCUAGUAGAUGGGGGCAGUCCAAUCACAAAUUAUGUUGUUGAAAAACGUGAUGCAGAAAGAAAGUCGUGGUCCACUGUAACAACAGAAUGUCCAAAGACUAGCUACAGGAUAACUAACUUAGAGGAAGGCAAAUCUUACUUCUUCAGAGUUUUUGCUGAAAAUGAAUAUGGUAUUGGUGAUCCUUGUGAAACUCGUGAUGCUGUCAAAGCUUCUGAAACACCUGGGCCAGUUGUGGAUCUAAAAGCUUCAGUUGUAACAAAAUCCUCAUGCAAUUUGGUAUGGAAGAAACCUAUCAGUGAUGGUGGAAGCCGUAUUUCUGCAUAUAUUGUUGAAGUCCUGAUUGGUGAAGAUAAAUGGCAAGAAGUCAUGCGGGGAAAGAACCUCCAUUUUUCAAUGAGAGACUUAAAAGAAGGACAAGAAUACACUUUCAGAGUGAGGGCCCAAAACGAUGCUGGAUAUGGAACUCCAUCAGAGAUCACAAUUGUAGCAAGAGAUGAUGUUGUGGCACCUGAACUUGACUUAAGAGAUCUACCUGAUUUGUGCUAUACAGCUAAAGAAGGUAGCAAUUUCCGUCUUAAAAUCCCUAUGAAAGGCAAGCCUGUCCCAACCGUAACUUGGAAGAAGGAUGAAGACCAGGCAAUUACUGAGAGUGGAAGAGUUGCAUUUGAAUCUACAGCAGUUAACACCACUCUUGUAGUACAUGACUGCCAGAAAGCUGAUGCUGGGAAAUACACAAUAACUCUGAAGAAUGUUGCUGGCAGCAAGGAAGGCACUAUUUCUGUGAAAGUUGUUGGUAAACCUGGCAUACCAAGAGGUCCGGUGAAAUUUGAAGAAGUCACAGCCGAUGCCAUAACCUUAAAGUGGGGCCCUCCAAAAGAUGACGGUGGUUCAGAAAUCACUAACUAUGUUCUAGAGAAGAGAGAUAAUGUAAACAAUAAGUGGGUAACUUGUGCCUCUGCAGUCCAGAAAACCACAUUUAGAGUUACGAGACUUCAUGAAGGAAAUGAAUAUACAUUCAGGAUCAGGGCUGAGAAUAAGUAUGGAGUAGGGGAAGGUCUUAAAUCAGAGCCUAUCAUUGCAAAACAUCCAUUUGAUGUCCCAGAUGCUCCUCCACCUCCCAAUAUUGUUGCUGUUCGGCAUGACUCUGUAGCUUUGACUUGGACUGAUCCCAGAAGAACUGGAGGUUCACCAAUCACAGGUUAUCACAUUGAAGUUAAAGAAAGAAAUAGUCUUCUGUGGAAGAGAGCAAAUAAAACUCCAAUAAGAAUGAAAGAUUUCAGAGUGACAGGGUUAACUGAAGGUCUGGAAUAUGAAUUCAGAGUAAUGGCAAUCAAUAUGGCUGGAGUAGGUAAACCAAGUCUUCCAUCUGAGCCAGUUGUGGCACUUGAUCCUAUUGAUCCUCCUGGGAAACCUGAAGUUAUCAAUGUAACCAGGAACUCAGUAACACUCAUUUGGACAGAACCAAAAUAUGAUGGUGGACAUAAGUUAACUGGCUAUAUUGUUGAAAAGCGUGAUUUACCCAAAAAGACUUGGACAAAAGCUAAUCAUGUGAAUGUUCCAGACUGUGCAUUUACUGUAACUGACCUUACUGAAGGCUGCAAAUAUGAGUUCAGAAUUAGAGCAAAGAACACCGCUGGAGCUAUCAGUCCUCCAUCUGAAUCCACAGGAACCAUAAUAUGCAAGGAUGAGUAUGAGGCACCAAGCAUUGUUCUGGAUCCUACUUUGAAGGAAGGUUUAACAGUAAAAGCAGGGGAAACCAUCACACUGUCUGCUAUUAGUAUCCGUGGCAAGCCACCUCCAACUUCUGCAUGGUCAAAAGCUGGAAAAGAUUUUAGACCUUCAGAGCUUGUGCACAUUGAAACCAAACCAACUUCUUCUACUCUAAGUGUCAAAUAUGCAGCCAGAAAAGAUUCUGGAGAAUACACAAUCACUGCAACCAAUCCUUUUGGCACUAAGCAGGAGAGUGUACAUGUGAAAGUUUUAGAUAUUCCAGGACCUCCAGGGCCUAUUGAGAUCAGCAAUGUUUCAGCAGAAAAAGCGACUCUUACAUGGACACCUCCUGAAGAAGAUGGUGGAUCACCAGUGAAAUCAUAUGUUCUUGAAAAGAGAGAAACUAGUCGACUGCUCUGGACAUUGGUUGCUGAAAACAUUGAGAGCUGUAGGCAUGUUGUUAGCAAGCUCAUUCAAGGAAAUGAAUAUGUUUUCCGUGUCUCAGCAGUAAAUCAGUAUGGCAAGGGUGAACCAGUACAAUCAGAACCAGUUAAAAUGGUGGAUAGAUUUGGUCCUCCAGGUCCUCCUGGAAAACCAGAAGUAACAAAUGUGACUAAAAAUACUGUCACAGUUACCUGGAAAAGGCCAGUCGAUGAUGGUGGAAGUGAAAUCACAGGUUACCAUGUGGAGCGAAGAGAAAAGAAAGGUUUAAGAUGGGUCAGAGCAACAAAGAAACCAGUUUCAGAUCUUAGAUGCAAAGUAACUGGUCUUCUGGAAGGAAAUGAAUAUGAAUUCCGUGUCAGUGCAGAAAAUAGAGCUGGAGUUGGACCACCAAGCGAUACUUCAAACUCAGUCCUUUGCAAAGAUGUUGCUUACCCACCAGGUCCACCUGCAAAUCCAAGAGUGACUGAUACUACAAAGACAAGUGCAUCUUUAGCCUGGGGAAAGCCUCACUAUGAUGGCGGUCUUGAAAUCACUGGCUAUAUAGUUGAGCAUCAAAAAGAAGGGGAAGAUGAAUGGGUGAAAGACACAAUAGGGACUGCUUUAAGAAUCACUCAGUUUGUUGUAGCUCAUCUGCAGACAGGGGCCAAGUAUAAUUUCAGAAUCUCUGCCAUGAAUGCUGCAGGUGUCGGUGAACCAGCCAUAAUUCCAAGUGUGGAAAUCACUGACCGAGAAGAGAUUCCUGACUUUGAACUGGAUGCUGAGCUAAGAAGAACACUUGUUGUUAGAGCUGGAUUAACUAUUCGGAUUUUUGUACCAAUUAAAGGACGUCCAACUCCAGAAGUUACAUGGACAAAAGAUGAUGUCUCGCUCAAAGGACGUGCCAGUAUUGAAAAUACCGACUCUUUUACACUCUUGAUUGUCACAGAGUGCACCAGAUAUGAUGCAGGAAAAUACGUAAUGACUCUUGAAAACGCUGCUGGUAAGAAGACUGGCUUUGUAAAUGUGAAAGUCUUGGAUACACCAGGUCCGCCAAUAAACCUUAAGCCUAGAGAAAUAACCAAAGACAGCAUCACCCUCCAAUGGGAUAUGCCUCUGGUAGAUGGAGGUUCACGUAUAACAAACUAUAUUGUUGAGAAACGUGAAUCAACUCGGAAGGCAUAUUCAACAGUCACAACCAACUGCCAGAAGUGUUCUUUCAGAAUUCCUAAUUUGGCUGAGGGGUGUGAAUAUUAUUUCAGAGUUCUGGCUGAAAAUGAGUACGGUAUUGGUGAACCAGCUGAAACUGCAGAACCAGUAAAAGCUUCUGAGGCCCCAUCCCCACCUGAGAGCCUUAAUAUUAUGGAUAUAACACGGAACUCAGUUAGCCUAGCUUGGCCAAAACCAGAACAUGAUGGUGGCAGCAAGAUCACUGGGUAUGUAAUUGAAGCACAGAGAAAAGGAACCAACCAGUGGGCACAUAUCACCACUGUAAAAACACUGGACUGCGUGGUAAAGAAUCUAACUGAAAAUGAAGAGUAUACUUUCCAGGUUAUGGCAGUUAACAGUGCUGGAAGAAGUGCCCCAAGAGAAAGCAGACCAGUUAUUAUCAAGGAGCAAACAAUGCUACCAGAGUUUGACCUCCGUGCUCUUUACCAGAAAACAGUCAUUGCCAAAGCUGGUGACAAUAUCAAGAUUGAAAUCCCUGUACUUGGUCAUCCAAGGCCUACUGUGACUUGGAAGAAAGAAGACCAGAUACUUAAGCAAACACAAAGGGUAAAUUACGAAAAUACAGCAACUGCAACCAUACUGACCAUCAAUGAAUGUAUUCGAAGUGAUAGUGGUCAAUAUCCACUGUCAGCUAAAAAUAUUGUUGGAGAAGUUAGUGAAGUAAUCACAGUUCAGGUUCAUGACAUACCCGGACCGCCUACUGGACCAAUCAAAUUUGAAGAAAUUUCAUGUGAUUUCCUGACAUUCUCGUGGGAGCCUCCUUUGAAUGAUGGUGGUGUACCAAUAAGUAACUACGUUGUAGAAAUGCGUCAGACUGACAGUACCACGUGGACUGAAUUGGCAACUACAGUGAUACGUACUACAUUUAAAGCCAUUCGUCUUACUACUGGAGUUGAGUAUCAGUUCCGCGUUAAAGCUCAAAACAGAUAUGGAAUUGGUCCAGCCAUUACUUCAGAGUCUGUAGUUGCCAACUACCCAUUUAAGGUACCUGGGCCUCCUGGCACUCCUCAGGUGAUUGCAGUCACCAAAGAAACCAUGACCAUUAGCUGGAAUGAGCCAGUUACUGAUGGUGGAAGCCCAAUACUGGGAUAUCACAUUGAAAGAAAAGAGCGAAACAGCAUUGUUUGGCAGACUGUAAGUAAAAUGUUGGUGUCAGGCAAUAUCUUUAAAUCAACUGGACUUACCGAUGGCAUUGCAUAUGAAUUCCGUGUUAUAGCAGAAAAUCUGGCUGGGAAGAGUAAGCCAAGCAAGCCAUCUGAGCCUGUGUUUGCCCUGGACCCAAUAGAUCCACCUGGUAAGCCGAUACCUCUGAACAUUACAAGACAUGCGGUUACACUGAAGUGGACUAAACCAGAAUAUAAUGGAGGCUUUAAGAUAACUGGCUACACUGUUGAAAAAAGAGACCUUCCUAAUGGCCGUUGGCUGAAGGCUAAUUUCAGCAAUAUACUAGAGACUGAAUUCACUGUAAGUGGUUUGACGGAAGAUGCUGCCUAUGAAUUCCGUGUCAUUGCUAGGAAUGCUGGUGGAGCUGUUAGUCAGCCCUCAGAGCCAUCAGAUGCAAUCACUUGUAGAGAUGACAUUGAAGCACCAAGGAUAAAGGUGGAUGCUAAAUACAAGGAGACCAUAGUGCUGAAAGCAGGUGAAGUUUUCAGACUUGAGGCCGAUGUUUCAGGUCGCCCUCCACCAACUAUGAUGUGGACAAAGGGAGAAAAAGAACUUGAAGACACAGCAAAAUUAGAAAUAAAAAUAGCAGAUUUCUCUACCAUUCUCAUCAAUAAAGAUUCCUCAAGAAGAGAUGGUGGUGCUUAUACACUUACUGCAACAAACCCUGGUGGCUUUGCCAAGCAUAUCUUCAAUGUUAAAGUUCUUGACAGACCUGGUCCCCCAGAGGGGCCUUUGGCUGUGUCUGAAGUCACUGCAGAAAAAUGUGUGCUGUCAUGGCUACCCCCACUGGAUGAUGGAGGAGCAAAGAUUGACCAUUAUGUGGUUGAAAAACGUGAAACAAGUAGAUUGGCAUGGACAUCUGUAGGCACAGAAGUUCCAGUGACUAAAUUGAAAGUUACUAAACUGUUGAAGGGCAAUGAGUACGUGUUCCGAGUUAUGGCUGUUAACAAAUAUGGAGUUGGUGAGCCUCUGGAAUCAGAGCCCAUUAUUGCAGUAAAUCCAUAUGUUCCACCUGAUCCACCUAAAACACCUGAAGUUACAGCAAUUACAAAGGAUUCUAUGGUUGUCUGUUGGGGCCAUCCUGAUUCUGAUGGUGGGAGCCCAAUAACUAACUAUAUUGUGGAACGUCGAGACAGGGCUGGUCUACGGUGGGUGAAAUGUAACAAAAGGGUUGUUACUGACUUGCGUUAUAAAGUGUCUGGACUGACAGAAGGCCACGAAUAUGAAUACAGAGUCAUGGCGGAAAACGCUGCUGGUGUCAGUGAGCCAAGCCCAGCCAGUCCAUUCUAUAAGGCCUGUGAUACUGUAUUUAAGCCUGGUCCCCCAGGAAAUCCUCGUGUUUUGGAUAGCAGCAAGUCCUCUAUUACAAUAGCAUGGAACAAACCAAUAUAUGAUGGUGGUUCAGAGAUCACAGGUUACAUGGUUGAGAUUGCCCUACCUGAAGAAGAUGAGUGGAAGAUUGUAACUCCACCAAUGGGUUUAAAGGCCACUUCUUUUACCAUCACUGACUUGAAAGAAAAUCAAGAGUAUAAAAUACGGAUAUAUGCGAUGAACUCUGAAGGUCUUGGGGAACCUGCUCUUGUUCCUGGCACUCCAAAAGCUGAAGAAAGAAUGCUACCUCCAGAGAUUGAACUUGAUGCAGAACUACGUAAAGUUGUAACUAUUAGAGCUUGCUGUACUCUAAGACUCUUUGUCCCAAUUAAAGGAAGACCAGCACCUGAAGUAAAAUGGACAAGGGAACAUGGGGAAUCUUUGGAUAGAGCGAGCAUUGAAUCAACAAGCUCUUAUACUUUACUUAUUGUUGAAAAUGUAAAUAGAUUUGAUAGUGGCAAAUACAUACUGACAAUUGAAAACAGCUCAGGUAGUAAGUCAGCAUUUGUGAAUGUCAGAGUUCUUGAUACUCCAGGGGCACCUCAAGAUUUGAAAAUAAAAGAAGUUACAAAAUCUUCAGUUACACUUACAUGGGAACCUCCUCUCAUAGAUGGUGGCUCUAAAAUAAAAAAUUACAUAGUUGAAAAGCGUGAAUCAACCAGAAAAGCUUAUUCAACUGUUAAUGCCAAUUGCCACAAGACCAGCUGGAAAGUUGAUUCACUGCAAGAAGGCUGCAACUACUACUUCAGAGUCCUAGCUGAAAAUGAGUAUGGAAUAGGCCUUCCAGUUGAAACUUCAGAAUCCAUAAAAGUAUCAGAAAGACCACUUCCACCAGGGAAAAUAACUUUGUUGGAUGUGACAAGAAAUAGCGUAUCCUUAUCUUGGGAAAAGCCCGAACAUGAUGGUGGUAGCAGAAUUCUGGGCUAUAUUGUAGAAAUGCAAAGUAAAGGCAGUGAAAAGUGGUCAACCUGUGCUACAGUAAAAGCUACUGAAGCCACUAUCACAGGAUUGAUCCAAGGUGAAGAAUACACCUUCCGUGUUUCAGCUCAGAAUGAGAAAGGUAUCAGUGAUCCUCGCCAGCUGGGUAUACCAGUUGUUGCAAAAGAUCUUGUGAUCUCACCAGCUUUCAAACUACUGUUUACCACUUUCAGCGUUCUAGCAGGAGAGGACUUAAAGGUUGAUGUUCCUUUUGUUGGUCGACCCAAACCAGCAGUGUCUUGGCAUAAAGACAAUGUGGCAUUGAAGCAGACUACAAGAGUAAAUGCAGAAAGCUCAGAAAACAGCACCGUAUUAACAAUAAAAGAAGCAUGCAGAGAAGAUGUGGGAUCAUAUUUAGUUAAACUUACAAACUCUGCUGGUGAAGCAGCUGAGACCCUAAAUAUUGUUGUCCUUGACAAACCAGGACCUCCAACUGGACCAGUAAAAGUAGAUGAAGUAACGGCAGAUAGUAUUACCAUUUCCUGGGAACCACCCAAGUAUGAUGGUGGUAGCUCUAUCAAUAACUACAUUGUAGAAAGAAGAGACACUUCCACCACUACUUGGCACAUUGUGUCAGCUACUGUUGCAAGAACAACUAUAAAAGCAUGUCGUUUAAAGACUGGGUGUGAAUAUCAAUUCAGAAUCGCAGCUGAGAACAGAUAUGGGAAGAGUACGUAUCUCACCUCAGAGUCAAUAAUAGCCCAAUACCCAUUUAAAGUUCCUGGUCCACCUGGAACUCCUUUUGUAACAAAUGUCUCAAAAGACAGCAUGGUGGUACAAUGGCAUGAACCAGUCAACGAUGGCGGCAGCAGGAUCAUUGGUUAUCACUUGGAGCGCAAAGAAAGAAACAGCAUUCUGUGGGCUAAACUGAAUAAAACACCUAUUCCGGAUACCAAAUUUAAGACAACUGGCCUUGAGGAAGGUCUUGAAUAUGAAUUCAGAGUCUAUGCAGAAAAUAUAGUAGGAAUUGGAAAGGCAAGUAGAACAUCUGAAUGCUUUACUGCACGUGACCCAUGUGACCCUCCAGGUCGUCCAGAACCUGUAAUUGUCACAAGAAACUCAGUAACACUUCAGUGGAAGAAACCUAUAUAUGAUGGUGGAAGUAAGAUCACAGGCUAUGUUGUUGAAAAGAAGGAAUUACCUGAUGGCCGUUGGAUGAAAGCAAGCUUUACAAAUGUCAUUGAUACUCAAUUUGAAGUAACUGGUCUGGUUGAAAACCAGAGAUAUGAGUUUCGUGUUAUAGCACGAAAUGCUGCAGGCACUUUCAGUGAACCAUCUGAGAGCUCAGGGGCAAUUACAGCAAGAGAUGAAGUAGAACCACCUCAAAUAAGUAUGGAUCCAAAAUACAAAGACACUAUUGUAGUGCAUGCUGGUGAGUCUUUCAAGCUUGAUGCUGAUGUUCAUGGCAAACCAAUACCUUCCAUUCAGUGGUUAAAAGGUGAUCGUGAGCUGACAAGCACUGCUCAUAUGGAAAUAAAAACUACUGAUUUUGCAACAAGCCUUAGUGUGAAGGAAGCCACGAGAGUUGACAGUGGGCAGUAUGUACUACUGGCAAAGAAUGUUGCAGGUGAAAAGAAGGUUCCUGUUAAUGUCAGAGUUCUUGACAGGCCUGGACCACCAGAAGGACCUGUUGAGAUUACAGGUGUUACAGCUGAAAAAUGCACACUGUCAUGGAAACCUCCACUACAAGAUGGUGGUAGUGAUAUUUCACACUACGUUGUAGAAAAAAGGGAAACCAGUCGCUUGGUGUGGACUGUUGUUGACUCAAAUGUGCAAACCUUGAGUUGUAAAGUUACAAAACUUCUCGAAGGAAAUGAGUACGUUUUCCGCAUCAUGGCAGUAAAUAAGUAUGGUAUUGGUGAACCUCUUGAGUCUGACCCAGUAGUCGCAAAGAACCCAUUUGUAGUGCCACUUGCUCCAAAGGCUCCAGAAGUCACAGCAGUUACCAAGGAUUCUAUGAUAGUUGUAUGGGAAAGGCCAGCCUCAGAUGGCGGAAGUGAAAUCCUAGGCUACGUCCUUGAAAAGCGAGAUAAGGAAGGCAUUCGCUGGACAAGAUGUAACAAACGCCUGAUAAGUGAACUGCGAUACAGAGUGACUGGUCUUAUAGAAAAUCAUGAUUAUGAGUACAGAGUUUCAGCUGAAAAUGCUGCUGGCCUAAGUGAACCAAGUCCACCUUCUACUUACUACAAAGCAUGUGAUCCUAUUUACAAGCCUGGUCCACCCAACAAUCCUAAAGUCACGGAUAUUACAAGAUCUUCAGUUUUUCUUUCAUGGGGUAAACCUAUCUAUGAUGGUGGCUCUGAAAUUCAGGGAUACAUUGUGGAAAAAUGUGAUGUAAGUGAUGGUGAAUGGGCAAUUUGUACCCCUCCAACUGGAAUUAAGAAUACUCACAUGGAAGUAGAAAAAUUAGUGGAAAAACACGAAUACAAAUUCCGCAUAUGUGCAGUAAAUAAAGCAGGAGUUGGAGAGCAUGCAGAUGUUCCUGGUUCUGUUAUUGUAGAAGAAAAGAUGGAGGCACCAGACCUUGACCUUGACAUGGAAUUAAGGAAGAUUGUAAAUGUGAGGGCAGGAGGUUCCUUAAGACUGUUUGUUCCCAUCAGAGGUCGUCCAACACCUGAAGUAAAAUGGGGUAAAGUGGAUGGUGACAUCAGAGAAGCAGCUAUUAUUGAUACCACUAGCAGCUUUACUUCCCUUGUUCUAGAUAAUGUUAACAGAUUUGAUAGCGGAAAGUAUACUCUGACCUUGGAAAACAGCAGUGGAACAAAGUCUGCCUUUGUCAGUGUAAGAGUACUGGAUACCCCAAGUGCACCUGUUAAUUUAAAAAUCAGAGAGAUCACUAAAGACUCUGUUUCACUUUCAUGGGAGCCUCCUCUCUUGGAUGGUGGAGCAAAAAUAAAGAAUUUCAUUAUUGAAAAGCGUGAAGCAACAAGAAAGGCAUAUGCAGCUGUUGUAACAAACUGCCACAAAACUUCAUGGAAAGUAGAUCAACUUCAGGAGGGCUGCUAUUACUUCUUCAGAAUCUCUGCUGAGAAUGAAUAUGGAAUUGGCCUCCCUGCAGAAACCAGUGACCCAAUUAAAGUUGCUGAAGUUCCACAGCCUCCUGGGAAAAUAACAGUGGAUGAUGUCACAAGAAACAGUGUCUCACUUAGCUGGGCAAAACCUGAACAUGAUGGUGGUAGCAAAAUCAUACAAUAUAUUGUUGAAAUGCAAGCAAAGGGGAGUGAAAAGUGGUCAGAGUGUGCUCGUGUUAAAACACUUGAAGCAGUUGUUACUAAUCUAACUCAAGGGGAAGAAUAUCUUUUUAGAGUAAUGGCUGUAAAUGAAAAGGGUAAGAGUGAUCCUAGAGCACUUGCAGUUCCAAUAGUUGCCAAAGAUCUGGUGAUUGAACCUGAUGUAAGACCUGCUUUCCACAGUUACAGUGUUCAGGUGGGACAGGAUUUGAAAGUAGAAAUACCAAUUGCAGGUCGACCUAAACCAACUGUUACCUGGGUUAAAGAUGGCCAGCCAUUAAGGCAGACAACAAGAGUCAAUGUUAGCGAUUCAGCUGAUCUCACUAUAUUGAAUCUUAAGGAAACUAGCAAAGAAGACAGUGGCACUUAUGAAAUCACUGUGGCUAAUGUUGUUGGACAAAAGUCUGCCUCUGUUGAAAUUAUUACUCUAGACAAACCUGACCCUCCAGUUGGACCUGUGAAGUUUGACGAAAUAAGUGCAGAAAGUAUUACCCUAUCAUGGAAUCCCCCAGUGUACACAGGCGGCUGCCAAAUCACCAACUAUGUUGUUCACAAGAGAGAUACAACAACCACUGUAUGGGAAACAGUUUCGGCUACUGUUGCAAGAACUACACUGAAGGUGACUAAACUGAAAACUGGUUCAGAAUACCAGUUCAGAAUAUUUGCUGAGAAUAGGUAUGGGCAGAGUUUUGCAUUGGAAUCUGCACCGGUUGUAGCACAGUAUCCCUACAAGGAACCAGGACCCCCUGGCACACCAUUUGUAACAACAGUUACAAAAGACUCCAUGGUCGUACAAUGGCAUGAGCCAAUAAAUGAUGGCGGCAGUAGAGUGUUGGGCUACCAUCUUGAGAGGAAGGAGAAAAACAGCAUUCUGUGGACUAAAGUAAACAAGACUAUUAUUCAGGACACAAGUUUUAAGACAAAUAACCUUGAAGAAGGAAUUGAAUAUGAGUUUCGAGUUUCUGCAGAAAAUAUUGUUGGUGUAGGCAGAACAAGUAAAGUUUCUGAGUGCUAUGUAGCUCGUGAUCCAUGUGAUCCUCCAGGUCGCCCAGAAGCUAUAAUAAUAAAAAGAAGCUCUAUUACUCUACAGUGGACCAAACCAGAAUACGAUGGUGGAAGUAAGGUUACUGGUUAUAUUGUAGAGAAACGUGACUUACCAGAUGGUCGCUGGAUGAAAGCUAGCUUCACAAAUGUCAUUGAAACUCAGUUCACUGUAACAGGACUUACUGAAGACCAAAGAUACGAAUUUAGAGUAAUUGCAAAGAACGCUGCAGGUGCAAUAAGCAAACCUUCUGACAGUACAGGACCAAUAACAGCAAGGGACGAAGUUGAACUUCCACGAAUUUCAAUGGAUCCAAAGUACAAAGACACUAUUGUUGUAAAUGCUGGUGAAACAUUCAGACUUGAGGCUGAUGUUCAUGGAAAGCCACUACCAACCAUUAAGUGGUACAAAGGAGAUAAAGAGCUCGAGGACACUGCUAGAUAUGAAGUAAAGAACACAGAUUUCAGUGCAUUAAUAAUUGUAAAAGAUGCUGUUAGAGUUGAUGGUGGACAGUACAUUCUAGAAGCCUCUAAUGUUGCAGGAACAAAGACAGUAACAGUAAACGUAAAAGUCUUGGACAGGCCAGGACCUCCGGAGGGCCCAGUCCAAGUGACAGGAGUUACAGCUGAAAAAUGUGCAUUGGCAUGGGGUCCUCCUCUUCAUGAUGGUGGCAGUGAUAUUUCUCAUUAUAUUGUAGAGAAGAGAGAAACUAGCCGCCUGGCAUGGACUGUGGUUGCUUCAGAGGUUUUGCCUACAAUGCUGAAAGUAACAAAACUCUUGGAAGGAAAUGAAUACGUCUUCCGGAUCAUGGCAGUUAACAAAUAUGGGGUUGGUGAACCGUUAGAAUCUGUGCCAGUAAUGAUGAAAAAUCCAUUUGUGGUUCCUGGACCACCAAAGGCCUUGGAAAUUACCAACAUCACAAAGGAUUCUAUGACUGUCUGCUGGACCCGGCCAGAUAGUGAUGGAGGUAGUGAAAUUGUAGGUUACAUUGUAGAAAAGAGAGACCGAGCAGGCAUCAGAUGGAUAAAAUGCAAUAAACGCCGCAUUACAGAUUUGCGAUUAAGAGUUACAGGAUUAACAGAGGAUCAUGAAUAUGAAUUCAGAGUUUCUGCUGAAAAUGCUGCUGGAGUUGGUGAACCAAGCCAGGUUUCUCCCUACUUUAAAGCUUGUGACCCGAUGUUCAAGCCUGGCCCACCUACAAAUGCCCAUGUUGUGGAUACCACCAAAAGUUCCAUUAUACUUGGUUGGAGUAAACCUAUUUAUGAUGGUGGUUGUGAAAUCCAGGGAUACCUUGUAGAAAUCUGUAAAGCAGAUGAAGAUGAAUGGUCACUUGUUACGCCACAGACAGGUAUACGUGCCACUCGAUUUGAGAUCAAAAAGCUUACUGAACAUCAAGAAUACAAACUACGAGUGUGUGCUCUCAACAAGAUUGGUGUGGGAGAGGCUGCAUCAGUUCCUGGUACUAUUAAACCAGAAGACAAACUUGAAGCUCCAGAACUUGAUAUUGAUUCAGAGCUAAGGAAAGGGAUAGUGGUUAGAGCUGGUGGAUCUGCUAGGAUUCACAUACCGUUCAGGGGACGACCAACACCCGACAUCACAUGGUCCCGAGAAGAAGGUGAAUUCUCAGAAAAAGUUCAGAUCGAUAAAGGCAUAAACUACACACAACUUUCAAUUGACAACUGUGAUAGAAAUGAUGCUGGAAAGUAUAUUCUUAAGUUAGAGAACAGUAGUGGUUCUAAAUCUGCAUUUGUUACAGUAAAAGUCUUGGACACACCGGGACCCCCUCAAAACUUAGUGGUAAAGGAUAUAAAGAAGGAUUCUGCUGUAUUAUCUUGGGAACCACCAGUUAUUGAUGGUGGUGCAAAGGUAAAGAACUACGUAAUAGACAAGCGUGAGUCAACCAGGAAGGCAUUUGCAAAUGUAAGUGCUAAGUGUGGCAAGACAAGUUUUAAAGUUGAAAAUCUUACAGAAGGAGCAAUUUAUUACUUCAGAGUUAUGGCUGAAAAUGAAUACGGAAUUGGUGUUCCAGUUGAAACCAGGGAUGCUGUCAAAGCCUCAGAGCCACCUCUGCCUCCUGGGAAAGUAACACUCACUGAUGUGACUCAGAGAAGUGCAUCAUUUACGUGGGAAAAACCUGAACAUGAUGGAGGUAGCAGAAUUUUGGGAUACCUUGUUGAAAUGCUGCCUAAAGGAACAGAAAAAUGGAGUGUUGUUAGUGAGACCAAAACAUGUAAUGCAGAGGUGUCUGGUUUGAGUCCAGGACAGGAAUAUCAAUUCCGUGUGAUUGCCUACAAUGAAAAAGGCAAAAGUGAUCCCAGAGCGCUUGGAAUUCCUGUGAUAGCUAAAGACUUGACUAUUGAGCCAAGUUUCAAACUCAUGUUUAAUACAUAUAGUGUACAAGCUGGAGAAGACCUGAAGGUAGAAGUACCAUUUAUAGGUAGACCCAAACCUACUAUUACUUGGACAAAAGAUGAGCAGCCACUGAAAGAGACAACCAGAUUAAAUAUUCAGAAUACAACAACAUCAACUAUUUUACAUAUUAAAGAAAGCAACAGGGAAGACUUUGGCAAAUAUACAGUAACAGCAACAAAUGCAGCAGGUACAGCAACAGAACACCUGAGCAUAAUUGUACUAGAAAAGCCUGGCCCACCACGAGGACCUGUCCGCUUUGAUGAAAUUAGUGCAGACUUUGUUGUUUUAUCAUGGGAUCCACCUGAUUAUACUGGUGGCUGUCAGAUAAGCAACUAUAUAGUAGAAAAGCGUGACACAAGCACUACCACAUGGAACAUUGUGUCAGCAACUGUUGCAAGAACAACCAUCAAAGCAACAAAGCUUAAAACAGGUUCUGAAUACCAGUUCAGGAUUUCUGCUGAAAAUAGAUAUGGAAAGAGCUCUCCUUUGGCUUCUAAAUCAGUUGUUGUGCAAUACCCCUACAAGGUGCCUGGACCACCUGGAACCCCAUUUGUCACAGCAGCUUCCAAGGACCAUAUGAUUGUACAAUGGCAUGAACCGGUUAAUGAUGGAGGAAGCAAAGUUCUUGGCUACCAUCUUGAGCGUAAAGAUAAGAACAGCAUUCUUUGGACAAAACAGAACAAGUCACUUAUUGUGGACACCAAAUAUAAAACAGACGGCCUUGAAGAAGGUCUUGAAUAUGAGUUCAGAGUUUCUGCUGAAAACAUUGUUGGCAUUGGCAAAGUCAGCAAAGUAUCAGAACUGUAUGUUGCCCGAGAUCCUUGUGACCCACCUGGCCGCCCAGAGGCCAUUGUUGUUACAAGAAGUAACAUCACACUGAAGUGGAAAAAGCCAGAAUAUGAUGGUGGAAGUAAAAUAACUGGUUAUAUUGUAGAAAAGAAAGAACUGCCAGAUGGUCGCUGGAUGAAAGCCAGCUUUACAAAUGUGUUGGAAACAGAAUUUACAGUAAGUGGUCUUGUUGAAAACCAACGAUAUGAAUUCAGAGUAAUUGCAAGAAAUGCAGCAGGUUGCUUGAGUGAACCAUCUGAAAGUUCAGGGCCUAUUACUGCCAGAGAUGAAAUUGAAGCACCAGGAGCUUCACUGGAUCCUAAAUACAGAGAUGUCAUUGUUGUUCAUGCUGGAGAAACCUUUGUUCUUGAAGCUGAUAUCCAUGGCAAACCUAUUCCUGAUAUUACAUGGUCAAAAGAUGGUAAAGACCUUGAAGAAACAACUGCAAGAAUGGAAAUUAAAUCUACCAUUGAGAAAACAAUUCUCACUGUCAAAGACUGUAUAAGAGUAGAUGGAGGUCACUAUACUCUUAACCUCAAAAAUGUUGGUGGCACCAAAUCUAUACCAAUCACUGUAAAAGUGCUUGACAGACCAGGACCUCCAGAAGGACCUUUGAACAUUACAGGUGUCACUGCAGAAAAAUGCUACUUGUCAUGGUCUCCACCUUUACAUGAUGGUGGUUCUAGUAUCUCACAUUAUAUCAUUGAGAAGAGAGAGACAAGUAGGCUUUCAUGGACACAAGUAGCAACAGACGUCCAGGCUCUUAACCACAAAGUAACCAAACUCCUUCCUGGCAAUGAAUACAUUUUCCGUGUAAUGGCAGUCAAUAAAUAUGGAAUUGGAGAGCCCUUGGAAUCUGAACCAGUUGUGGCUCGUAAUCCAUACAAACCCCCUGGUCCUCCUUCAACUCCUGAAGUUUCAGCAAUCACAAAAGAUUCUAUGGUGGUAACAUGGGGUCGCCCAGAAGACAACGGGGGAGCUGAAAUUGAAGGUUACAUACUUGAAAAACGAGACAAAGAUGGUAUCCGGUGGACCAAAUGCAAUAAGAAAAGGCUGACAGACUUGCGAUUCAGAGUAACAGGUCUAACUGAUGGGCAUUUCUAUGAAUUUAGAGUGUCUGCUGAAAAUGCUGCAGGGGUAGGGGAACCCAGUGGGCCAUCCAUUUUCUAUCGUGCUUGUGAUGUUUUAUAUCCUCCAGGUCCACCUAGCAAUCCAAAGGUUACAGAUACUUCCAGGUCAUCAGUUUCCCUUGCCUGGAGUAAGCCCAUUUAUGAUGGUGGUGCUCCUGUUAAAGGAUAUGUAGUAGAAGUAAAAGAAGCUGCUGCUGAUGAAUGGACUACCUGCACCCCACCAACAGGCCUACAAGCAAAACAGUUCACUGUGACAAAACUGAAAGAGAACCAGGAGUAUAACUUCCGCAUCUGUGCCAUCAACUCAGAAGGAGUAGGAGAACCUGUGACUAUACCUGGUGCAGUCUUAGCAGAGGACAAGAUUGAACCUCCUGAAAUUGAACUUGGUGCAGAUCUCAGAAAAGUAGUCACUGUACGUGCUAGUGGUACUUUACGCCUGUUUGUCACCAUCAAAGGAAGACCAGAACCUGAAGUUAAAUGGGAGAAAGCAGAAGGAACGAUUAGUGAGCGAGCUCAGAUUGAAGUCACCAGUUCCUACACAAUGCUGGUCAUUGACAAUGUCAAUAGAUUUGAUAGUGGUAGAUACAAUCUUACUUUAGAGAACAACAGUGGCAAAAAAUCAGCUUUUGUUAAUGUCAGAGUGCUUGAUACACCUAGUGCACCUCUAAACCUCACAAUCAGAGAAGUGAAAAAAGAUUCUGUAACUUUAGCCUGGGAACCACCACUUAUUGAUGGUGGAGCUAAAAUUACCAACUACGUAGUUGAAAAGCGAGAAUCCACAAGAAAGGCAUAUGCCACAGUUACAAGCAACUGUACUAAGAAUUCCUUCAAGAUUACUCAACUACAAGAAGGAUGUAGUUACUACUUCCGUGUUCUAGCUGUAAAUGAAUAUGGGGCUGGUUUACCAGCAGAAACUGCUGAUCCAGUUAAGGUAUCUGAACCACCUGCUCCACCUUCAAAGGUCAUUCUUGUUGAUGUGACUCGCAAUUCUGCUUCAAUUAAAUGGGAAAAGCCAGAGAGCGAUGGUGGCAGUAAAAUUACUGGUUAUGUAGUAGAAAUGCAAACUAAAGGAAGUACAAAAUGGAGUGCAUGUACACAGGUGAAAACAUUGGAAGCAACAAUAACAGGCUUAAGUAUGGGAGAAGAGUACAGUUUCAGAGUGCUUGCUGUUAAUGAAAAAGGAAAAAGUGAUCCAAGAGAACUUGGUGUCCCAGUCAUUGCAAAAGAUAUUGAAAUCCAGCCGUCUGUUGAGCUCCUUUUUAACACAUUCACAGUGAAAGCUGGAGAUGAUCUUAAGAUUGACAUUCCAUUCAGAGGGCGACCUCUUCCCACUGCUAGCUGGAAGAAGGAUGGGAAUCCCUUAAAAGAGACAACCAGGGUAAAUGUUCAGACAUCAAAGACUUUAACUUCACUGUCCAUCAAGGAAGCUACAAACGAAGAUCUGGGACAUUAUGAAUUACAUCUUUCAAAUACUGCUGGGUCAACAACAGCUUCUUUAACUGUAGUUGUCCUUGACAGACCAGGACCACCAACUGAUGUUAAAAUUGAUGAAGUUAGUGCUGAUAGUGUAACUCUGUCUUGGAAACCUCCAGCAUAUGAUGGUGGAUGUCAUAUUAGCAAUUACAUUGUGGAGAAGAGAGAUACUACCACAACAACAUGGGAGGUAGUGUCUGCAGCAGUUGCAAGAACAGCAAUUAAAGUAUCUCGACUCAUCACUGGAUCUGAAUAUCAGUUCCGUGUUUGUGCAGAAAACCGCUAUGGGAAAAGCACUUAUACUAAUUCUCCUUCUGUUGUGGCAGAGUAUCCAUUUAAGCCUCCAGGUCCACCUGGAACGCCUCGUGUGGCACAUGCAACUAAAUCUUUCAUGAUUGUAACUUGGCAGGUGCCAGUUAAUGAUGGAGGUAGCGUAGUACUAGGAUAUCAUUUGGAGCAUAAAGAAAGAAGCAGCAUUCUUUGGACAAAAGUCAACAAGAGCCUUAUUACUGAUACACAAAUGAAAGUUACAGGUCUUGAUGAAGGACUGAUGUACGAAUACCGCGUGUAUGCAGAAAACAUUGCUGGAAUAGGCAAAUGCAGUAAAGCAUGUGAACCAGUUGCUGCAAGAGAUCCAUGUGAUCCUCCUGGUCAACCAGAAGUUACUAAUAUUACAAGAACAUCUGUCUCAUUGAAAUGGACUAAACCAGAAUACGAUGGUGGAGCUAAAGUAACAGGAUAUAUUAUUGAACGCAGAGAACUACCAGAUGGUCGUUGGCUAAAAUGCAAUUUUACUAAUGUGCAAGAAACAUACUUUGAUGUAGGUGGACUUACAGAAGACCAGCGUUAUGAAUUCCAUGUGAUUGCAAAGAAUGCUGCUGGACUCUUCAGUCAGCCAUCUGAAUCAACUGGACCCGUGACCGUAAAAGAUGAUGUGGAGGCUCCAAGAAUUAUGAUGGAUGCCAAAUUCAGGGAUGUUGUAGUUGUGAAAGCUGGAGAAGUGUUUAAAGUAAAUGCUGAUGUUGCAGGACGGCCAAUACCAGUGAUUUCAUGGACAAAGGAUGGCAAAGAGCUCGAAGGAAAAGCUAGAGUUGAAAUAGUCUCAACAGAUUUCACUACUGCAAUAACCAUUAAGGACUGUAUCCGAGGUGAUUCAGGACAGUAUGUAUUGACAUUACAGAAUGUUGCAGGAACAAAAUCUUUGGCAAUUAAUUGCAAAGUACUUGACAGACCUGGCCCACCUGCAGGUCCACUAGAAAUAAAUGGACUUACUGCUGAAAAGUGCCAUUUAUCAUGGGGACCCCCUCAAGAAAAUGGCGGUGCAGAUAUUGAUCAUUAUAUUGUGGAAAAACGUGAGACCAGCAGAAUUGCAUGGACACUUUGUGAAGGAGAGCUUAAAACAACAUCUUGUAAAGUGACAAAAUUACUGAAAGGUAAUGAGUAUAUUUUCAGAGUGAUGGGAGUUAACAAAUAUGGUGUUGGGGAGCCUCUAGAAAGUGUUGCUGUCAAAGCCCUAGACCCAUUUACAGUUCCAAGUCCACCUACAUCUUUGGAGAUCACCAGUGUGAGCAAAGAUUCAAUAACUCUUUGCUGGGCAAGACCUGAGUCUGAUGGAGGCAAUGAGAUCUCUGGCUAUGUAAUUGAAAGGCGUGAGAAAACCAGCCUAAGAUGGAUUCGUGUAAACAAAAAGCCGGUUUAUGAUUUAAGAGUGAAAUCAUCGGGUCUCCGUGAAGGAUGUGAAUAUGAAUUUCGGGUUUAUGCAGAAAAUGCUGCUGGCCUCAGUCUCCCAAGUGAAACCACACCAUUGAUUAAGGCAGAAGAUCCAAUCUUCCUGCCAUCGCCCCCAUCUAAACCUAAGAUUAUGGAUUCUACAAGGUCAAAUAUCACAAUUGGUUGGACAAAGCCACUGUUUGAUGGAGGUGCUCCAGUAACAGGAUACACAGUUGAAUACAAGAAAACUGAUGAAACUGACUGGACAACAGCUAUUCAGAAUUUAAGAGGCACAGAAUAUACCAUAACUGGAUUAACAUCGGGCUCUGAGUACGUUUUUAGAGUGAAAUCCAUUAACAAAAUGGGUGUCAGUGAACCAAGUGAUGUCUCAGAACCUCAGGUGGCAAAAGAAAGAGAGGAAGAACCUGCCUUUGAAAUUGACAGUGAAAUGCGGAAGACUUUAAUUGUAAAGGCUGGUGAAUCAUUCACAAUGACUGUUCCUUUCAGAGGCAAACCAGUCCCAAAUGUAACAUGGAACAAACCAGACACUGAUCUCCGUACACGUGCAAGCAUUGACACUUCAAGUAAUUGUACAUCUCUUACUGUUGAAAAAGCAACUAGAAACGAUUCUGGAAAAUACACAUUAACAUUGCAAAACAUCCUGAAUACUACCACCUUGACUUUAAUUGUCAAAGUUCUUGAUACACCUGGCCCACCAUCUAAUAUUGCUACAAAAGAAGUAACUAAAGAAUCUGCUGUGUUAUCUUGGGAUGUUCCUGAAAAUGAUGGUGGAGCACCUGUAAAGAACUAUGUAAUUGAAAAACGAGAAGCUAGCAAAAAAGCGUGGGUCACUGUGACAAACAACUGUCAUCGCCUGUCCUACAAAGUGACUGGUUUGCAAGAAGGCGCCAUUUACUACUUCCGUGUCUCUGGAGAAAAUGAAUAUGGUGUUGGAGUGCCUUCUGAGACCAAAGAGGGAACAAAAAUAACAGAAAAACCCAGCCCACCAGAAAAGCUAGGAGUAACAAAUGUCACAAAGGACAGUGUUUCUCUUUCAUGGCUAAAACCAGAACAUGAUGGUGGAAGCAGAAUUGUGAGCUACGUCCUUGAAGCUCUUGAGAAAGGACAGCAAAAAUGGGUUAAGUGUGCAGUUGUAAAGACAACUCAUCAUGUUGUCCAUGGUCUUAAGGAAAACGUCGACUACUUCUUCAGGGUGUCUGCAGAAAACCAAGCUGGUUUAAGUGAUCCUAAGGAACUACUGCUCCCUGUUACAGUUAAAGAACAAUUAGAAUCUCCCGAGAUUGACAUGAAGGGCUUCCCUCAUAACACUGUAUAUGUUCGAGCAGGAUCAAACCUAAAAGUUGAAAUUCCAGUUUCUGGAAAACCAGUGCCAAAGGUGACAUUGUCUAGAGAUGGUGUUGCACUGAAGCCUACCAUGAGAUUUCACACAGAAACCACUGCAGAAAGUCUCAUCAUUAACCUUAAAGAAAGUGUGGCUGCUGACGCUGGCAGAUACGACAUUACUGCUGCGAAUUCAAGUGGCACCACAAAAUCAUUUGUUAAUAUUGUUGUGCUGGAUAGACCUGGUCCUCCUGUUGGUCCUGUUGUCCUUAGCGAUGUCACUGAAGAGAGUGUAACACUCAGAUGGCAACCACCAGCUUAUGAUGGCGGAAGUCAGGUUACCAACUAUAUUGUACUGAAAAGAGAAACAAGUACUGCUGCUUGGUCUGAAGUGUCUGCCACUGUUGCUAGAACUGUUAUCAAAGUUAUGAGGCUCACAACAGGGGAAGAAUACCAAUUCCGUAUCAAAGCUGAGAACCGCUUCGGCAUCAGCGAUCACAUAGACUCGCAAUGUGUGGUUGUCAAGCUUCCUUACACUACCCCGGGCCCUCCUUCUACACCAUGGGUCACUAAUGUUACCCGAGAGAGUAUUACUGUCGGAUGGCAUGAACCAGUCACUAAUGGGGGCAAUGCUAUCAUUGGAUAUCACCUGGAAAUGAAAGACAGAAAUAGCAUACUAUGGCAGAAGGCUAACAAGACCCUUAUUCGUACCACUCAUUUCAAAGUCACCACAAUCAGCGCUGGCCUUAUCUAUGAAUUUAGAGUUUAUGCAGAAAAUGCAGCUGGCAUUGGAAAAGCAAGUCGUCCUUCUGAUCCAGUCCUUGCAAUUGAUGCUUGUGAACCACCAAGAAAUGUUCGUGCCUCAGAUAUUUCCAAGACCUCUAUCACUCUCUCCUGGCAGAAGCCAGCAUUUGAUGGUGGUAGCAAAAUCACUGGAUACAUCGUAGAAAAACGUGAUCUUCCAGAUGGCAGAUGGACAAAAGCUAGCUUCACCAAUGUUAUUGAGACUCAAUUCACAGUAUCUGGCCUGACACAGAAUUCCAAGUAUGAAUUCCGGGUCUUUGCGAAGAAUGCUGUCGGUUCCAUUAGUAAUCCCUCAGAUGUUGUGGGUCCUAUCACAUGUGUUGAUACAUACGGUGCACCUGAAAUCGAUGUGCCACCAGAAUACACAGAAGUGGUGAAGUACAAAGCAGGCACUUCAGUUAAGCUAAAACUAGGCAUCUCAGGCAAGCCUAUACCCACAAUUGAAUGGUUCAAAAAUGGCAAUGAGGUACUGACCAGUGCACUAGUGUCUUUUGAAAACACAACAGAAUUUGCUUCUAUACUCAUCAAGGAUGCCAAUCGACUCGACAGUGGCACCUAUGAAUUAAAAUUGAAGAAUGCCAUGGGUUCAGCAUCAGCCCACGUUAGAGUACAGAUACUUGACAAGCCAGGACCCCCAAGUGGACCUAUACAGUUUAAGACAGUCACUGCUGAAAAGAUUACAAUAAUGUGGGACCCACCAGCAGAUGAUGGUGGUGCACCUGUAACACACUAUGUUGUUGAAAAGCGGGAAACAAGUCGGGUUGUAUGGUCUUUAAUUUCUGAAAAACUGGAGGGAUGCAUUAUAACUACAACAAAACUCAUCAAAGGAAAUGAAUAUGUGUUCCGUGUCCGUGGUGUGAACAAGUUUGGAAUUGGUGAUCCACUGGAAUCUGAACCCGUUAUAGCCAAAAAUUCAUUUGUUACACCUGGACCACCUAGUACACCAGAAGUCACAAAGAUAACCAAGAAUUCUAUGACGGUUGUCUGGAAUAGGCCCACUGUUGAUGGAGGCAGUGAAAUAUCAGGAUAUUUUCUGGAGAAACGUGACAAGAAGAGUCUGAGUUGGUUCAAGGUCUCUAAGGAAACCAUUCGGGACACCAGACAGAAAGUAACUGGUCUGACUGAAAACAGCGAAUAUCAUUUCCGCGUUUGUGCUGUCAAUGCAGCUGGACCAGGUCCAUUCUCUGAGGCUUCUGACUUCUACAAAGCUGCAGAUCCUGUUGAUAAGCCAGGCUCACCAACAAAGCUGAAAGUUGUGGAUACAACCAAGACAUCUGUUACCCUUGGCUGGAUUAAACCUGCUUAUGAUGGAGGAAGUCCAAUUACCCACUAUGUGGUGGAGAAGAGGGAAGGUGAAGAGCAAGAAUGGACUGUAGUCAGUACUAAGGGAGAAGUGAGAACAACUGAGUAUGUUGUAUCCCACCUUCAGCCAAGUGUUAAUUAUUAUUUCCGUGUAUCUGCCAUGAAUUGUGCUGGACAAGGAGAGCCUAUUGAAAUGAUGGAACCCGUUCAAGCUAAAGAUAUUCUUGUGGCACCAGAGAUUGAUCUGGAUGUUGCUCUUCGGACAUCUAUUGUUGCUAAAGCAGGUGAAGAUGUGGAAAUAAUGAUUCCAUUCAAGGGAAGACCUCCUCCAACAGUCACAUGGAGAAAGGGUGACAAGAAUCUUGGGACUGAUGAAAGAUACAUCAUCCAGAACACAGAAUCAUCUACACUACUUAGUAUUGCUCAAGUUACACGAAAUGAUACAGGAAAAUACGUUCUUACAAUUGAAAAUGGAGUUGGAGAAGCAAAAUCAUCAUUUGUGAAUGUAAAAGUACUUGACACACCUUCUGCAUGCCAGAAGCUGCAGCUUAAGCAUGUUUCUCGUGGCACAGUUACACUGGUAUGGGAGCCACCUCUCAUCAAUGGUGGUUCUGAAAUAACAAAUUAUGUUGUUGAAAAAAGAGAUGCUACAAAGAGGGCCUGGUCAACUGUUACAACAAAGUGUUCUCAUACCACCUUUAAACUAACUAACCUGUCAGAAAAGACUGCAUUCUUCUUCCGUGUUCUUGCUGAAAAUGAAAUCGGUCUGGGUGAACCUUGUGAGACAUCUGAACCAGUGAAAGCUGCAGACGUACCUGGACCUGUAAAAGACCUAGCCAUGAAAGACUCUACAAAGAGUUCUGUUAAAUUGCAGUGGAGCAAACCUGACUACGAUGGUGGUAGCAUUAUAUCAGACUAUGUUAUUGAAAAGAAACUUCAGGGAGAGAAAGAAUGGACAUACGCAGGCACAAGCAAGAGCUGUGAAUUUGUAGCUGACAAACUUAAGGAGCUUUCUGUUGUGGAAUUCAGAGUCUUUGCUAAAAAUGAAAAAGGCAUGAGUGAUUCUGUUACUGUUGGACCCAUUACAGUGAAAGAACUUAUAAUAACACCUGAGGCUGACCUUUCUGAUAUUCCUGGAGGACAGAUUGCAGUAAGAAUUGGACACAACCUGCACGCUGAACUGCCCUAUAAAGGUAAACCUAAUCCAUCAAUGAGCUGGCUCAAGGACAACCUCCCUCUUAAAGAAACAGAACAUCUUCGUUACAAGAAAACUGAAAACAAGAUAAGCUUAAGUAUCAAGAAUGUGAAAAAGGAGCAUGGUGGCAAAUAUACUUUAAUUCUUGAUAAUGUAGUCUGCAGAAAGUCAUUCACAAUCACUGUAAUCACUCUUGGUCCUCCAUCCAGGCCAAAAGCACCUUUAAGAAUAGAUGAAAUCAAAGCAGAUAGUGUAGUUUUGUCAUGGGACGCUCCUGAGGAUGACGGAGGAGGAGAAAUCAGUGGCUACAGUAUUGAGAAGAGAGAAACCUCACAAAUGAACUGGAAGCUGGUGUGUUCAAGUGCUGCAAGAACAACCUUCAAAGUACCAAACCUUGUUAAAGAUACUGAAUAUCAGUUUAGAGUUCGUGCAGAAAACAGAUAUGGAGUGAGCCCACCUCUUGUCUCAGCUGAUGUUGUGGCAAAGCAUCAGUUUAAACCACCAGGUGCCCCAGGCAAGCCUGUUGUAUACAAUGUAACUGCUGAUGGAAUGAGCAUUUCCUGGGAUGCUCCCGUUUAUGACGGUGGUUCAGAGAUUGUGGGAUACCAUGUUGAAAAGAAGGAAAGAAACAGUAUUUUGUGGCAGAAGGUUAAUGUUGCAUUAAUAUCUAACAGAGAGUACAGGAUUACUGGACUGCUUGAGGGCCUGGAUUACCAGUUCCAAGUAUAUGCUGAAAACGCUGCAGGCCUAAGCCGAGCGAGUGAGCCAAGCAAAUUUACUUUGGCAGUCUCUCCAGUGGACCCACCUGGUACUCCUGAUUACAUUGAUGUCACUAGGGAAACAAUCACCCUGAAAUGGAACCCCCCUCUGCGUGAUGGAGGCAGCAAGAUUGUUGCUUACAGCAUUGAGAAACGGCAAGGAAGUGCAGACCGUUGGCUCAGGUGUAACUUUACUGAUGUGAGUGAGUGCCAAUAUACAGUUACAGGGCUCAGUCCAGGUGACCGAUACGAAUUCCGAGUGCUUGCAAGAAAUGCUGUUGGUACAAUCAGCCCGCCUUCACAGUCUUCAGGCUAUAUUAUGACCAGAGAUGAAAACGUUGCUCCAACAAUUGAAUUUGGUGCUGAGCACUUUGAAGGCCUUACUGUUAAAGCUGGAGAGAGCAUUAGACUUAAAGCUCUAAUCAAAGGACGUCCAGUACCUAAAGUGACAUGGUUUAAGGAUGGGAAAGAGAUUGAUAAAUUAAUGAAUAUAGAAAUAACUACAGCUAUUGGAUAUAGUACACUCUUCAUUAGAGAUGCUAUCCGGGAACAUCGUGGAGUGUACACAGUAGAAGCCAAAAACGCAUCAGGCACUAAACGGGAAGAUAUUACCAUCAGAGUACAAGACACACCAGGAAAAGUUGGUGGACCAAUACGAUUCACAAACAUCACUGGAGAAAAAGUCACAUUAUGGUGGGAGCCUCCAGCAAAUGAUGGUUGUGCUUCUAUUUCUCACUACAUAAUUGAAAAACGUGAAACCAGCAGGAUUGCUUGGGCAUUAGUUGAAGAUAAAUGUGAAGCUUGCACCUAUACAGCACUUAAAUUAAUUAAGGGCAAUGAAUAUCAGUUCCGUGUCUCUGCAGUGAACAAAUUUGGAGUUGGCAGACCAUUGGAGUCUGAUCCAGUUAUCGCACAAAUACCUUACACUCUCCCUGAUGCACCAGGAACUCCAGAGCCUACCAAUGUAACAGGAGACAGUAUCACACUCACAUGGGCAAGACCAGAGUCAGAUGGUGGAAGUGAGAUAAAUGAGUACAUUCUUGAAAGGAGAGAAAAGAAGAGCAUGCGCUGGGUUAAAGUAUCCAGUAAGAGGCCCAUUACUGAGAACAGAUACAGAGUAACUGGCCUUAUUGAAGGCAAUGAGUAUGAGUUCCAUGUCAUGGCUGAAAACGCUGCAGGAGUUGGACCUCCAAGUGACGUUUCAAAGCUGAUUAAAUGCAGAGAACCAGUCAGCCCACCAAGUGCUCCUAAUGUUGUAAAGGUGACAGAUACAUCAAAGACUAGCGUAACCUUAGAGUGGACAAAGCCGGUUUUUGAUGGAGGCAUGGAAAUAAUUGGGUACAUCAUUGAAAUGUGCAAAGCUGAUCUUGAAGCAUGGCAGAAAGUCAAUGCAGAGACUGUUAUUGCUACUAAAUAUACCGUUGUUGAUUUGGAGGCAGGAGAACACUAUAAAUUCAGAGUUAGUGCUGUCAAUGCUGCUGGCAGAGGAGAAAGUUGCGAAGUUCCUGCUUCAGUCCAAACCGUGGACAGACUUUCUGCUCCUGAAAUUGAUAUUGAUGCGAAUUUCAAGCAGACUCAUAUUGUAAGAGCAGGUGCAAGCAUUCGUCUAUUUAUUGCCUUCUCUGGAAGGCCUGUUCCUACUGCGGUGUGGUCCAAAGCAGAUGUUAAUCUUAGUUUGCGUGCUGACAUUCAAACAACUGAUUCAUUCAGCACAUUGACUGUGGAGGAAUGCAAUAGAAAUGAUGCUGGCAAGUAUGUCUUUACUGUGGAAAACAACAGUGGAAGCAAGUCUAUUACAUUUACUGUCAAGGUUUUGGACACACCUGGUCCACCAGGUCCUAUUACAUUUAAAGAUGUGACUCGAACAUCUAUUACUUUAAUGUGGGAUGCUCCUAUUCUGGAUGGAGGUUCUCGUAUCCACCACUACGUUGUGGAAAAACGCGAAGCAAGUCGUCGUAGCUGGCAAGUAGUGAGUUCAAAAUGCACUCGACAAAUCCUUAAGGUCACAGAUCUAGCAGAAGGUAUGCCAUAUUAUUACCGAGUAUCAGCAGAAAAUGAAUAUGGUGUAGGUGAACCCUGUGAAUUAACAGAACCAGUUGUAGCCACAGAAGAACCUGCUCCACCUAAGAGACUAGAUAUUGUUGAUACAACCAAAUCUUCUGUAGUUUUAGCUUGGCUUAAACCUGAUCAUGAUGGUGGUAGCCGUAUUACUGGAUACCUUCUUGAAAUGAAACAAAAAGGAUCUGACUUCUGGACUGCAGCUGGACAAACCAAGCAACUUACUUUCACCGUUGAAGGCCUUGUGGAGAACACGGAAUAUGAGUUCCGGGUCAAGGCAAAGAAUGAUGCUGGCUACAGUGAGCCAAGGGAGGCUUUCUCUUCUGUUAUUGUUAAGGAGCCACAGAUUGAACCAACAGCAGAUCUCAGUGACAUAAGCAGACAGCUUAUAACAUGCAAGGCUGGAAGCACCUUUACUAUUGAUAUACCAAUCAGUGGACGCCCAGCUCCAAAAGUGACAUGGAAACUUGAGGAGAUGAGGCUGAAGGAAACUGAAAGAGUGACCAUCAAGACAACAAAAGACCGAACCACGCUGACUGUAAAAGACAGUAUGAGAGGUGACUCUGGUAAAUACUACCUUACACUUGAGAACACUGCUGGUGUGAAAACAUUUACUGUCACAGUGGUAGUCAUAGGAAGGCCAGGUCCCGUCACUGGCCCAAUUGAAAUAUCAUCUGUAUCUUCUGAGUCCUGUGUGUUGACCUGGAAAGAACCUGAAGAUGAUGGUGGCAGUGACAUUACAAACUACAUUGUAGAGAAACGUGAAUCUGGCACAACAGCAUGGCAGCUGGUAAAUUCCAGUGUGAAACGCACACAGAUCAAAGUCAGUCAUCUCACAAAAUAUCAAGAGUACAGUUUCCGAGUAAGCUCAGAAAAUAGAUUUGGUGUCAGCAAGCCAGUUGAAUCAAAACCAGUAGUUGCUGAGCAUCCAUUUGUCCCACCAAGCCCACCUUCAAGGCCAGAAGUCUAUUCUGUGUCUGCAAGUGCCAUGGCCAUUCGCUGGGAGGAACCCUAUCAUGAUGGUGGCAGCAAAGUCAUUGGAUAUUGGGUGGAAAAGAAGGAGCGCAACACCAUCCUUUGGGUGAAGGAGAACAAAGUACCAUGCUGUGAAUGCAACUAUAAAGUCACAGGGUUGGUGGAAGGCCUAGAAUAUCAAUUCAGAACCUAUGCUCUAAAUGCUGCAGGUGUUAGCAAAGCUAGUGAAGCUUCCAGACCUGUAGUGGCUCAAAAUCCAGUUGAUCCACCAGGAAGACCAGAGGUAACAGAUGUCACCAGAUCUACAGUGUCGCUGAGCUGGUCACCUCCACUUUAUGAUGGUGGAAGCAAAAUUGUCGGAUAUAUUAUUGAGCGCAAACCAUAUAAUGAAUCUGGUGAUGGACGUUGGCUGAAAUGCAAUUAUACCAUUGUCUCAGAAAACUUUUUUACUGUGACAGCUCUUAGUGAAGAUGAAGCCUAUGAAUUCCGUGUACUAGCAAAGAAUGCUGCUGGUGUGAUUAGCAAAGGAUCUGAAUCAACUGGUGCUGUCAUUUGCAAAGAUGAAUACACACCACCAAAGGCUGAACUUGAUGCCAGACUUCAGGGAGAAGUUUUGAGCAUUAGGGCUGGAUCAGAUCUUGUUCUGGAUGCAGCUAUUGGUGGAAAACCAGAACCAAAAGUCUUCUGGUCCAAAGGUGACAGGGAACUGGAGCUAUGUGAAAAGAUAUCUCUGCAAUACACCAGCAAACGAGCUAUUGCAAUUAUCAAGUUCUGUGACAGAAGUGAUAGUGGAAAAUAUAUCCUAACUGUUAAAAAUGCCAGUGGGAUGAAACAAGUUUCUGUUCUUGUCAAAGUGCUUGAUUCACCAGGCCCAUGUGCAGGCAAAAUCACAGUUAGCAGAGUAACAGAAGAGAAAUGUACUCUGGCAUGGAAUAUUCCUGAGGAAGAUGGCGGUGCAGAAAUCACUCACUAUAUGAUAGAAAGGCGUGAAACCAGCAGACUUCACUGGGUUAUUGUUGAGGCUGAAUGCCAGACUUUAUCAACUGUGGUAACAAAACUUAUUAAAAAUAAUGAAUAUAUCUUCCGUGUGAGAGCUGUCAACAAAUAUGGACCGGGUGUUCCACUUGAAACAGAACCUGUGAUUGCCAAAAAUGCUUUCACUAUUCCAACACAGCCUGGUGCUCCUGAAGAAGUGAGUGUCGGCAAGGAACAUAUCAUCAUUCAGUGGUCGAAACCAGAAUCAGAUGGUGGCAGUGAGAUUAAGGACUAUCUUGUGGACAAACGUGAAAGAAAAAGUCUGCGCUGGACACGAGUGAAUAGAGAUUACACCAUUUAUGAUACUAGACUGAAAGUCACCGGUCUCAUGGAAGGGAGCCAGUACCAAUUCCGUGUCACUGCAGUGAAUGCUGCUGGAAACAGUGAACCUAGUGAAGCUUCACAAUACAUGUUAUGUAAAGAACCAUCAUAUACUCCUGCAUCACCUUCAGUUCCAAGAGUUGUGGAUACUACAAAGCACAGCAUAAGUUUAGCAUGGUCAAAGCCCACAUAUGAUGGUGGUGCUGACCUCUUAGGCUAUGUUCUUGAAAUGAAAGAAGAAGGUAGUGAACAGUGGUAUCGACCACAUACAACUGCCACUCUGAGGAAUGCUGAGUUCACCGUGACUGGUCUUAAAACAAACCAGAAAUACCAAUUCAGAGUCGCUGCAACAAAUGUGAAUGGUAUGAGCGAAUUUAGUGAAUCAUCAGCAGAAAUAGAACCUGUGGAAAGAAUAGAAAUACCUGAACUUGAGCUUGCUGAUGAUCUGAAGAAGACAGUUACAGUCAGAGCUGGUGGUUCCCUGCGCCUAAUGGUCUCUGUAUCUGGCAGACCUGCUCCUGUAAUCACAUGGAGCAAGCAGGGUGUUGACCUUGUAAGUCGAGGCAUUAUUGAUACUACCGACAGCUACACUCUACUUAUUGUGGAUAAAGUUAAUCGAUAUGACGCUGGAAAAUACAUCAUUGAGGCUGAAAAUCAAUCAGGAAAAAAAUCUGCAACUAUUUCUGUGAAAGUGUAUGAUACACCUGGUCCACCACCUGCAGUGAGAGUUAAGGAAGCAUCAAAAGAUUCUGUGACACUUACUUGGGACAUUCCAGUCAUUGACGGUGGAGCCCCAGUCAACAAUUACAUAAUUGAGAAACGUGAAGCUUCCAUGAGAGCUUAUAAGACUGUCACUAUCAAAUGCAGUAAGACACUUCAUAGAGUUACUGGACUUCUGGAAGGAGCUUUGUAUUAUUUCAGAGUACUACCAGAAAAUAUUUAUGGCAUUGGUGAAGGCUGUGAAACAUCUGAUGCAGUACUGGUAUCUGAUGUCCCCAUGGUACCACAAAAACUCGAAGUGAUUGACACCACUAAGUCAACUGUUACACUUGCUUGGGAGAAACCACUGCACGAUGGCGGCAGCAGAUUGACUGGCUAUGUUAUUGAGGCCAGCAAAGCUGGAACAGAAAGAUGGUUGAAGGUAGUGACAUUGAAGCCUACCGUCUAUGAACAUACCAUUAUCUCUCUCAAUGAAGGUGAACAGUACUUGUUCAGGGUCAGAGCACAGAAUCAGAAGGGCGUGUCGGAACCACGAGAGACUGUCACAGCAGUGACAGUUCAAGACCAAAAAGUUCUACCAACAAUUGACUUUACUGGAAUACCUCAGAAGACAAUCCACGUACCUGCUGGCAAGCCCAUCGAAUUAGCCAUUCCAAUUGAAGGACGACCACCUCCAGCUGCAUCUUGGUUCUUUGCUGGUUCUAAACUAAAAGAAUCAGAACGCAUCAAAAUGGAGACUGCUGCCAAAAUUGCCAAAUUAACUGUGCGUGAGACCACCAUACAUGACACUGGGGAGUAUACACUUGAACUGAAGAACACAACUGGAACAGUUACUGAUACAGUAAAGGUUAUAAUCCUUGACAAGCCUGGACCACCUGUUGGACCUAUCAGAAUUGAUGAAAUUGAUUCAAAUUAUGUAACCAUCUCCUGGGAGCCACCUGAGCUGGAUGGUGGAGCUACCCUUAGUGGGUAUGUGGUAGAACAGCGUGAUGCUCAUCGUCCUGGAUGGUUGCCAGUUUCAGAGUCAGUAACCAGGACAACAUUUAAGUUCACCAGACUUGUUGAAGGUGCAGAAUAUGUGUUCCGUGUAGCUGCUACAAAUCGCUUUGGAAUUGGAUCUUACCUGCAGUCUGAAAUCAUAGAAUGCAAGAGCAGAAUCCGUAUUCCUGGUCCUCCUGGCACUCCAGAAGUGUUUGAUAUCUCUCGAGACGGCAUGACAUUGACUUGGUAUCCUCCAGAAGACGAUGGUGACUCACAGAUUACUGGUUAUAUUGUGGAACGCAAAGAAGUUAGAGCAGAUAGAUGGAUCCGUGCAAAUAAAGUUCCAGUCACCAUGACUCGUUACCGUUCCACUGGGUUGGUCGAAGGAUUAGAAUAUGAACACCGGGUCACAGCAAUCAAUGCCAGAGGCACUGGGAAACCCAGCCGUCCUUCCAAGUCUGCUGUUGCCAGAGAUCCAAUUGCUCCUCCAGGUAAACCUCAGAAUCCAAGAGUCACUGAUACUACAAGAACAUCUGUCUCCCUGGCUUGGAGUCCACCAGAAGAUGAAGGUGGUUCUAAAGUUACUGGCUACUUAAUUGAGAUGCAGAAGGUUGAUCAAUUUGAAUGGACCAAAUGCAAUACUACGCCAACCAAGAUUCGGGAAUACACCUUGACACAUCUUCCCCAGGGUGCAGAGUACAGAUUCCGUGUGCUAGCCUGUAAUGCUGGUGGGCCAGGAGAACCUGCUGAAGUGCCAGGAACAGUCAAAAUAACAGAAAUGCUUGAAUAUCCGGACUAUGAACUUGAUGAAAAAUACCAAGAAGGUCUCAUGGUGAGACAAGGAGGAGUAAUCAGGCUUACAAUACCCAUUAAGGGUAAGCCCAUCCCAGUAUGCAAAUGGACAAAAGAAGGACAGGACAUCAGCAAGAGGGCCAUGAUUGCGACUUCUGACACUCACACAGAACUUGUGAUCAAAGAUGCAGAAAGAGAAGAUUCAGGCACCUAUGAUUUGGUACUUGAAAACAAGUGCGGCAAGAAAGCCGUGUAUAUUAAAGUCAGAGUGAUUGGCAUUCCAAAUCCACCAGAAGGACCACUUGAGUAUGAUGAUUUACAAGCUCGUUCUGUCAGAGUAAGCUGGAGACCUCCUACAGAUGACGGUGGUGCAGAUAUCCUGGGUUAUAUCGUUGAGAGAAGAGAAGUGCCGAAGACUGCCUGGUACACUGUUGACUCUAGAGUGAAAGGGACAUCACUGGUGGUGAAAGGGCUCAAAGAAAAUGUGGAAUAUCACUUCCGUGUUUCUGCUGAAAACCAUUUCGGUAUUAGCAAAUCUCUCAAAUCUGAAGAACCAGCAGUACCAAAGACACCUCUAAAUCCUCCAGAGCCUCCAAACAACCCACCUGAAGUGCUUGAUGUUACAAAGAGUUCUGUCAACUUGUCCUGGUCCAGACCUAAAGAUGAUGGUGGUUCUCGUGUAACUGGCUACUAUAUUGAACGUAAAGAGACAUCUACAGAAAAAUGGGUCCGGCAUAAUAAGACACAGAUUACCACUACAAUGUACACAGUCACAGGACUUGUUCCAGAUGCUGAAUAUCAAUUCCGUGUCAUUGCUCAAAAUGACAUUGGUGAAAGUGAAGCAAGUCCUGCUUCUGAACCAGUUGCAUGCAAAGAUCCAUUUGACAAACCAAGCCAACCUGGAGAAAUUGAGAUCACUUCUAUAUCUAAGGACAGCAUUACAUUAGAAUGGGAACGACCUGAAAGUGAUGGUGGCAAAGAGAUCCUUGGCUAUUGGGUUGAAUAUCGCCAGUCUGGAGAAAGCACCUGGAAAAAAUGCAAUAAGGAACGCAUCAAGGACAGGCAGUUUACAGUAGGAGGUUUACUAGAGGCCACAGAAUAUGAGUUCCGUGUUUUUGCAGAAAAUCAGACUGGUCUCAGCAGACCUCGAAGGACUGCUAUGGCAGUGAAAACUAAAUUAACAUCUGGAGAAGCACCUGCCAUAAAAAAAGAAAUGCAGGAUGUUACAACUAAACUGGGUGAGGCAGCUCAGCUGACAUGCCAGAUUGUUGGAAGACCUUUGCCUGAUAUUAAAUGGUACCGCUUCGGCAAAGAGCUGGUACAAAGCAGAAAAUACAAAAUGUCAUCUGAUGGACGCAAUCAUACACUGACAGUAAUGACAGAUGAACAGGAGGAUGAAGGUCUCUACACUUGUAUGGCUACCAAUGAUGUUGGAGAAACUGAAACUAGUGGCAAGCUAUUAUUGCAGGCUCCUCCUCAGUUCCAUCCUGGCUUCCCAUUGAAAGAGAAAUACUAUGCAGGUGCAGGUGGCACCCUCCGCCUUCACGUUGUGUAUAUUGGCCGGCCAGUACCAGCAAUAACUUGGUUCCACGGCAACAAACCUUUGAGAGGAUCAGAAACAAUUACUAUUGAGAACACAGAACAGUAUACUCAUCUUGCUAUUAAAAAUGUCCAGCACAAAACUCAUGCUGGGAAGUACAAAGUACAACUCAGUAACACAUUUGGAACAGUUGACACUGCACUUAAUGUGGAAAUACAAGAUAAACCAGAUAAACCAGUAGGGCCAAUUGUUAUAGAGUCUAUACUGAAGAAUUCUGUGGUAAUAAGCUGGAAACCACCAGAGGAUGAUGGAGGUGUUAUGAUAACCAAUUACAUCAUAGAGAAACGUGAAGCCAAGGAAGGAGCAGAAUGGCAACUUGUAUCUUCAAGUAUUUCAGGCACAACGUGUAGAAUUGUUAACCUAACUGAAAAUGCAGGCUAUUAUUUCCGUGUUUCUGCUCAGAAUAUGUACGGCAUUAGUGAAGCACUGGAGGUCUCAUCAGUAGUUUUUAUAAAGCCUCCGUUUGAAAAACCAGGACAACCUGGCCAGCCAGUAGCAAGUGCUGUCACAAAGGAUUCUUGUGUUGUCUCAUGGAAGCCACCCACAAGUGAUGGCGGUGCAAAGAUUAGAACUUACUAUCUUGAGAAGCGUGAGAAAAAACAAAACAAGUGGAUUUCUGUAACAACAGAUGAAAUUCGUGAAACAGUCUACUCUGUGAAAGAUCUUAUUGAAGGUCUUGAAUAUGAGUUCCGUGUAAAAUGCGAAAAUCUUGGUGGUGAAAGUGAGUGGAGUGAGGUAUCCCAACCAGUCAUUCCAAAAUCUGAUGUACCAAUUAAAGCUCCACAUUUCAAGGAAGAAAUAAGGAAUCUGAAUGUGAAAUUUCAAGCUAAUGCCACAUUUGUCUGCAAAGUCACUGGUCAUCCUAAGCCAAUCGUCAAGUGGUACAGACAGGGCAAAGAAAUCAUGCCAGAUGGGGAGAAGAUCAAGAUCCAGGAAUUCAAGGGUGGAUAUUACCAGCUGAUCAUCACGAAGGUAACAGAUGAUGAUGCCACGGUAUAUCAAGUUAGAGCUACCAACCAAGGAGGAUCUGUGUCUGGCACUGCCUCUCUGGAUGUUGAAGUUCCUGCAAAGAUUCAUUUGCCCAAAAACCUGGAAGGCAUGGGAGCUGUUCAUGCCCUCCGAGGGGAAGUGGUGAGCAUCAAGAUUCCAUUCAGUGGCAAGCCUCCCCCUGUGAUCACAUGGCAGAAGGGACAAGAUCUCAUCGAUACUAAUGGGCACUACCAAGUCAUUGUUACACGAUCAUUCACAUCUCUUGUUUUCCCAAAUGGUGUUGACAGAAAAGAUGCAGGGUUUUACAUUGUUUGUGCCAAAAACAGAUUUGGAAUCGAUCAAAAAACAGUUGAAUUAGAUGUGGCUGAUGUGCCUGAUCCACCAAGAGGUCUGAAGGUAACUGACGUUUCAAGGGAUUCAGUAAACCUAACCUGGAGUGAACCAGCUACUGAUGGUGGAAGCAGGAUCAUAAACUACAUUAUUGAGAAACGUGCUACAACAGCAGAGCGAUGGAUUCGUGUUGCACAAGCUCGUGAUACACGAUACACAGUGGUGAACCUGUUUGGCAAGACCACCUACCAGUUCCGUGUAAUUGCGGAGAAUAAGUUUGGCCAAAGUCAGCCUUCAGAACCUACUGAUCCAAUUAUAACGAAGGAAGAUAAGACCAGGGUAAUGAACUAUGAUGAAGAAGUUGAUGAAACCAGAGAAGUUACGGCAGCUAAAGCAGCUCACUAUUCUACAAAGGAACUCUAUGACAAAUAUAUGAUUGCAGAAGAGCUUGGACGUGGGCAAUUUGGCAUUGCACACCGCUGUGUUGAGGCAGUUUCGAAAAAGACUUACUUGGCCAAGUUUGUCAAAGUAAAGGGUGCUGACCAAGUUUUGGUAAAGAAAGAAAUUUCCAUCCUAAACAUUGCUAGGCACCAAAAUAUCCUGUAUCUUCAUGAAUCAUUUGAGAGCCUAGAAGAAUUGGUCAUGAUCUUUGAAUUCAUUUCCGGGGUUGACAUCUUUGAAAAAAUCAGCACAGCUUCAUUUGAACUUAAUGAAAGAGAAAUAGUAAGUUAUGUACGCCAGGUCUGUGAUGCACUAGAAUUUUUACAUCGUCAUAGCAUUGGACAUUUUGAUAUUAAACCAGACAAUAUUAUUUACCUCACAAGAAGAAGCUCUGUAAUUAAAAUUGUUGAAUUUGGUCAAGCUAGACAGUUGAGGCCUGGAGACAGCUUUAGACUGCAGUUCACUUCUCCUGAAUAUUAUGCACCUGAAGUACAUCACCAUGACUUAGUCAGCACAGCUACUGACAUGUGGUCAGUUGGUGCUCUAACAUACAUACUUCUCAGUGGCCUUAACCCUUUCAUUGCUGAAACAAACCAGCAAGUUAUUGAAAAUAUUCUAAAUGCUGAAUACCUCUUCGAUGAUGAAGCAUUCAAAGACAUAAGCAUCGAGGCCAUGGACUUCAUUGAUCGCCUACUAGUAAAGGAAAGAAAAUCUCGGAUGACAGCUGCUGAAGCGCUUAAUCAUGUGUGGCUAAAACAGCAGACGGAAAAGACCAGCACUAAAACCAUUAAGACCUUGAGGCACAGGCGUUACUAUCAAACUCUAGUAAAGAAGGAGUGGAACACAGUUGUGUCAGUAGCCCGCAUUUCCUGUGGAGGCGCAAUUAGAUCCCAGAAAGGCAUAACAGUGGCUAAAGUUAAAGUUGCCCCAAUAGACAUUGGGCCUAUUGCUGGGCAGAUAAAGCAUAAUGUUGUAGAAGAAGGAGGCCAUGCCAAGUAUGUAUGUAGGAUUGAAAACUAUGAUGAGUCAACACAAGUCACAUGGUACUUUGGUAUGAGGCAAUUAGAAAGCAAUGAGAAAUAUGAAAUAAAAUAUGAAGAUGGUGUGGCAACCAUGUAUGUCAAAGAUGUCUCCAAAUCAGAUGAUGGUACCUACAGAUGCAAGGUAGUAAAUGAUUAUGGUGAAGACAGCUCUUAUGCAGAACUUUUUGUUAAAGGUGUGAGAGAAAUUUCUGAGCACUACAGAUGCAGAACUGUUAGAAAAGUGAAACGACGGGUUGAUACUAUGAGACUAUUAGAGCAUCCCCCAGAAUUUACUCUGCCUUUGUAUAACCGCACUGCAUAUGUUGGAGAAAAUGUCAGGUUUGGAGUAACUAUAACAGUUCACCCAGAACCUCGCUUAACAUGGUACAAAUCAGGCCAGAAAAUAAAACCUGGGGAUGAUGAUAAGAAGUAUACUUUUGAAUCAGACAAGGGUCUUUAUCAACUUCUCAUCAAUAAUGUCACUGAAGAGGAUGAUGCUGAAUACAGUAUUGUGGCACGCAAUAAAUAUGGUGAGGAUAGCUGCAAAGCUAAGCUGACUGUGAUUCCACAUCCACCUCCACCAGAUGCCACACUCAGGCCAAUGUUUAAAAGACUGCUGGCAAAUGCUGAAUGUCAAGAAGGCCAAAAUGUCAGUUUUGAGAUCAGGGUAUCUGGUGUUCCAAAACCAACGCUGACAUGGGAGAAAGAUGGUCAACCUCUAUCCUUUGGUCCCAACUUUGAUAUAAUUCAUGAAGGUUUAGAUUAUUAUGCUUUGCAUAUCAGAGAUACUUUACCAGAAGACAGUGGCUAUUACAGAGUUACUGCUACAAACAGUGCUGGAUCUACAAGCUGUCAGGCUUAUCUAAAAGUUGAACGCUUGAAAUAUGUCAAGCGUGAGUACAAGACGGAAGAAGAACGGGAGAAGCAUGUACAAAGGCAAAUUGACAAGACUUUACGAAUGGCAGAAAUCCUUUCUGGGGUUGAAGCUGUUCCACUGACACAAACUGCACAAGAGGCUCUCAGAGAAGCUGCUAUCUUAUAUAAACCAGCUGUUAGCUCAAAGACCGUCAAAGGUGAAUAUGAAAUUAAGGAAGAAGAAAAGAAGGAGAAGGAGGAAAGAAGACUUCGUAUGCCAUAUGAGAUCCCAGAGCCUCGCAAACAUGUGCGCGCUGCUCUUGAGGAAGAUCAGCAUAUUAAACACUUUGUGCCUCUCUCAGACAUGAAGUGGUACAAGAAGCUGCGAGACCAGUAUGAAAUGCCAGGAAAACUUGAGAGGACUGUUCAGAAACGCCAGAAACGCAUACGUCUUUCCAGGUGGGAGCAAUUCUAUGUGAUGCCACUGCCACGCAUUUCUGAUCAGUACAAGCCUAAAUGGCGCAUACCAAAGCUGACACAAGAUGAUCUUGAAAUUGUGAGACCAGCACGCCGGCGGACCCCAUCUCCAGAGUAUGAAUAUUACUAUAGACCAAGAAGGCGAUCACUUGGUGAUUUGUCUGAUGAGGAAUUGCUCAUGCCUAUAGAUGACUACUUAGCCAUGAAGAGAACCGAAGAGGAAAGACUGCGCCUUGAAGAAGAGCUGGAGUUAGGCUUUUCUGCUUCUCCACCAAGUAGAAGCCCCCCACGCUUUGAACUAUCUGCCCUUCGGUAUUCUACUGCAGGAGCACAGGCCAGUUCAGAGGAAGAAAGAAAAAGAGAGCUGAGGUAUUCAAGCUAUCACAUCCCAGCUAAAGCUGACACCAGUGCAAGCUAUGCAGAGCUUCGUCAACGUCACGACAGGGCUGCCUACAGACCGCCUAAACAGAAGCAAAGAAUAAUGGAUGAGAGGGAGGAUGAGGAAUUGCUCCGUCCUGUUGGCACUGAUCAACGACUUUCUGAAUACAGGAGUGAGCUCAAAUAUAUGGCAGAGGAAGAAAAGAGUAGACUCAGGAGAAGGAGGGAAAGAGAAAAAACUGAGAUCACAUCAGAAGAAGAAGAAGAAAUAGAAAUGGUGCAAUAUGCUCACAGGGAAUUUUCACCUCCCUCUAGAUUACUAAGGAGAAGAAGAUCCCUUUCUCCAACUUACAUUGAGUUGAUGCGUCCUGUAUCUGAAUUAAUUCGACCUCGCUCACGGCCUCCUGAAGAAAGUGAGAGAAGAUCCCCAACACCAGAGAGAACUCGACCACGCUCACCUAGCCCAGUCUCUAGUGAAAGAUCUCUCUCCCGGUUUGAGAGGAUGGCAAGAUUUGAUAUCUUUUCUAGAUAUGAGUCCAUGAAAUCUGCUCUGAAAACUCAAAAAAUGAUGGAAAGGAAAUAUGAAGUUCUGACUCAGCAGCCUUUCACUCUUGACCAUGCUCCUCGCAUUACCCUGAGAAUGCGCUCACACCGGGUACCAUGUGGCCAUAAUACUAGGUUCAUUCUAAAUGUCCAAUCAAAACCAACUGCUGAAGUUAAGUGGUACCACAAUGGUAUUGAGCUCCAAGAGAGCAGGAAGAUACACUUUACUAAUACGAGUGGUGUAUUAACUCUGGAGAUUCUCGACUGCCACAUUGAUGACAGUGGAACAUACCGAGCUGUGUGCACAAACUACAAAGGGGAAUGCUCUGAUUAUGCAACGCUAGAUGUUACGGGAGGAGAUUACACUACGUACUCUUCCCAGAGGAGAGAUGAAGAAGUACCAAGGUCAAUUUUACCUGACUUGACAAAAACAGAGGCAUAUGCAAUCUCCUCAUUUAAGAAAGCAUCUGCAACAGAAUCAAGUUCCUCAGUAAGAGAGGUCAAAUCAGAAGUGUCAGCAACAAGAGAAUCACUUUUAUCCUAUGAACACUAUGCUGCUGCUGAAGAAAAAGUCACUGCAGCUGAAGAAAAAUCGUUGGAAGAGAGGACUGUACGCAAGGCAUUUAAAAGCACUCUACCAGCAACAAUCCUUACAAAGCCACGGUCAGUCACAGUUUCUGAAGGGGAGGCUGCAAGAUUUUCCUGUGAUGUUGAUGGUGAACCAGCACCAACAAUAACAUGGCUCCGUACAGGUCAACCUAUUGUUUCUUCAAGGCGCUUCCAAGUAACACGAACACAGUACAAGUCUGUCUUUGAAAUUUCUUCAGUCCAGAUGUCAGAUGAAGGAAGUUACACUGUUGUGGUGGAAAACUCUGAAGGAAGACAGGAAGCACAUUUUACUUUGACCAUUCAAAGAACAAAAAUUCCUGAAAAAACAAUUACUUCACCUCCAAGGAUCAAAUCUCCUGAGCCUCGUGUAAAGUCACCAGAGCCAGUUAAGUCUCCUAAACGAGUGAAAUCUCCUGAACCCAUCAGCGGUCCCCCAAAAGCUAAGUCACCACCUGGAGACAAAAUGGUACCAGCAAAGAAAGUACAAUUACCAACUGCUUCUCCACCAAAGAUAAAACAGCAUCUGAAAGCAGAAACUCUUGGAGAUAAGGUAAAGUUAUCCUGUGCAGUUGAAAGCAAUGUUUUAAGUGUCAGAGAAGUGGCUUGGUAUAAGGAUGGUAAAAAACUGAAAGAAGACCAUCAUUUCAAGUUUCAUUAUGCAGCAGAUGGCACUUAUGAGCUCAAAAUCCAUGAGCUCAUGGAAUCUGAUAAAGGAGAAUACACCUGUGAAAUUAUUGGGGAAGGAGGCGUUUCAAAAACUAACUUCCAGUUUACUGGCCAAGUAUUUAAAAAUAUCCAUUCCCAGGUAAGAGGUGUAUCUGAAUCUCAUAAAAGAGUUCAGAAAGAAGAUGAGUUGCUUAUGGUUUCCACCCAGAAGAAAUCAGCAGUGGCAACUGAAGAGAAAUCUGCAAUUCAAGAAGUCAUUAAAAAGUCAGUUGUUACGGAAGAUGUCAAACAACUGAAAGCAGAAAUUACAGCUUCUUCUACUAAAAUGACAGUGUCUGAAGGGCAGAAAGUGACAUUGAAAGCCAACAUUCCUGGUGCCUCUGAAGUAAAAUGGGUGCUGAAUGGAAUGGAGCUGAGAAAUUCAGAUGAUUACAGAUACGGUGUUUCUGGAAGUGAUCACACGCUAACUAUCAAAAAGGCCAGUAAUAAGGAUGAAGGUAUACUCACCUGUGAGGGUAAAACUGACAAAGGCAUUAUUAAAUGCCAGUAUGUUAUGACUCUUUCUAAAGAGCGCUCCAGUGAACCAGCAUUCGUCAUUCAGCCUAAGUCUCAAAAUGUCAAUGAAGGACAAGACGUGUUGUUCACCUGUGAAGUUUCUGGGGAUCCUUCUCCUGAAGUUGAGUGGUUAAAGAAUAAUCAACCUAUUGCAGUUUCAUCACACCUCAGAGUAUCUCGCUCUAAAAAUAUAUAUUCUCUUGAGAUUCGAAAUGCAGCACUGAGUGACACUGGAAAAUACACUGUCAAGGCAAAAAAUUACCAUGGGCAGUGCUCUGCUACAGCAUCUUUGACCGUACUCCCUCUAGUUGAAGAACCUCCGAAAGAGGUAGUAUUGAAGACCAGUGGCGACGCAAGCAUGCACGAAAGUUUUUCUUCUCAGUCCUUUCAAAUGGCUUCUUCUAAACAAGAGGCUUCAUUCAGCAGUUUCAGCAGUAGCAGCAUGACUGAAAUGAAAUUUGAAAGCAUGUCUGCCAAAAGCAUGUCCUCCAUGAAAGAAUCCUUUGUAGAGAUGAGCUCCAGCAGUAUUAUGGGGAAAUCUAGUAUGGCUCAACUGGAGAGUUCAACUAGUAAAAUGCUUAAAUCAGGUCUGAGAGGAGUACCACCCAAAAUUGAAGCUCUCCCAUCUGAUAUCAGCAUUGAUGAAGGAAAAGUUCUCACACUAUCCUGUGCCUUUUCGGGUGAACCUGCUCCUGAAAUAACAUGGUACUGCAAAGGGAGAAAAAUUACCAGUCAGGACCAGCAAGGCAGAUUCCACAUCGAAACAAGUGAAGAUCUAACCACCCUGAUCAUCAUGGAUGUCCAGAAGAACGACGGUGGACUUUAUACUCUGAAUUUAGGGAAUGAGUUUGGUACCGAUUCUGCCACUGUGAAUAUAAAUAUCCGAUCACCUUAGAGAGCUUAAUCUGUAUUAUUUACACUUGUAUUUUUACAAGUGACUCAUAUAUGGACUGAAAUAUCUGAUAUGUAAAUAUAAAAGAAAAAUAUUUUUUUACCUACCUGAACGAGACAAAGUCCAGAGCUAUACAUUAUGACUUAUAGUCAUUAUUGACCUAAGAUUUUAAACCACUUUUUUCACUGACAUGUACAUACUGUAUAUAGCCGAAGUUAACGGUUAUGAAGUUUUGUACCAUUUAUUUUAUGACAUUUUGAAACGUAACUUUUGGAACUAACAGUUGGCAGGGGAAAGUUUCCUAGCAAACGACUACCCUGCUCAACAUUUAACUAAUUUUUGUGCCUCAACUCAUUGUUGAUGUCUAAGAAUGCCUCAACAGGUAGAGAGGCUCCCUGUUGAAGAUUACCUACACCUAAGACAUGAUACUGUGCACAGUAUUUCAUACGUGCACAAUUAUUUAUGUUGAAUCAGAAAUGUAAGGCACUGGUGAUGUUUGCAAUUACCCUCCUGUAAGCAUUGCUUUAAUGUUUUACAUUGGAUCUGAUUAUGUCAUAAUUUUCAUACUUGACUGACAAUUUCUGGACAAAGUGUGAGCGGCCAGCACUUUGUUCACCCACUGUCUGUGUACUGUUUCUGACAUAUUGACUGCCUGAAUAGCUUUUUAAAAAGUAACAUCACCUGGCCAUCCCCUUAAUCAACAAAGCUAUUUAGGUACUCAAGUGCAGCAGCAGUACCCCAUCUCGGAGGUUCUUAGGGUGCAGUGAUUGAGUUUGUGUGGUAGUAUUAGACACCCAGUAGUCACUUCCAGGCAACUAAGCAAUGAACCACAGUUUGAAAACAAACUGUUGCUACAACAUCAAAUACCAGCCUGCACUUCAAUUUGCUUUAGUUCUCCUAAUGUAGUAAUAGAGCUUGGUAGCUGUUGAACCUCCUUGAGAUAGAAUUGUUCAUUUGAAAUAAAGCAUGCUUUCUGCAUCAUAAA